AUGAAGAAGCAAUUCAACCGCAUGCGGCAGCUCGCCAACCAGACCGUGGGCAGGUAAGGGAGGAAAGUGGUUUGGGGCUGGGGGGUCCGAGGUAAAAGCACAUCGCCUCGGCUUCCAACGCCCCUUUCUGCCCCAGCGGACGCUGGUGCGCCAAGGAGCGGUGCGCGGGAGGGUGUGGGUUAGGUACCGAGUGCAAAUCAUCCCCCUCCCCGUCUCUAAACUCGGUUUGUUUCGAGGGCUGUUUUGGUGAAGCUGCCUCCAUUACAUGUUUUGGUUUCUAUAUUCCUUCGGUCACAGCUUGUGCAUUCCCCUCCUCCAAUUUCCUAUGGUUCUUCCCGCCUCUCUCUCUCUCUCUCUCUCUCUCUCUCGUUUACACACCCGCUGAGAGGCUGCUGUGGUUAUAUUGGGAAAGAGAUCUUCAUCCUUUGACUGCUAGCCUAUGCUUAGAAAAUGGAAGGGCUUCUUUCUGCUACCCCAAAGCCCUUACCUGAGGCUUCAAGGUGCUUCCUAUGCUGCCUGGCCUCUGCUGGGUUUGUUCCCCAAGUAGUUUUAUUCGGGAAGCUCUCGCGGUAUGAAAACUCUACCAGUUCCCCUCUACUUGUAUAGGUUUUAUCAGAACCAGCUGCUGACAGGCAGGAGGGACAGGUAAGCAAGCUAACAGAAACCACUGGAAGGCAUAAAAAGUCUGGCAAGGGGCAGUAAUGGCAUUUAGCAGACUUUGCCUUCCGAGUUAAGACUGUGGUCCUAACAUCACUUAGCUGGGAGUAAGCCCUAUUGGUUACAGCUGGACUUAGUUCUGAGUAGACAUGGUUAGGCUUGCAGCCUCAAGCUGGCAGAAAAAUCUCCCUGGAGAGUCAGCUGCUCAGACUAUAGCUAUGGGGUGUCCUUUUCACCUCAGUUAUUGCUUAUCUCAGAAUUUCUCUCUCUCUUCUCACCUCAGGAUUUAUUGCUGUUUAUGCUAGCGAAAAUCAGCUGUUAUUGGUUGGGGAGCUGGCCUAGCCGGCUUUCGCUCAGCAGCUGGCUUUUGAAGGAAGGAAAGGCCGGUGAGCCCUGCUCCUGCAUGAUAAGGGAGACUUGCUUUUGGAUAUUGCAAAUCUGAGCAUCUUUCUUCUGCCCUUGCUGUGGCGGCCAGGAUCAGUCUGGACCUGUGAGAGUGCUGUGCAGGCUCUGAUAUGCUGGCUGGGCCUUCUGUUCACAGCAUUUGCUUGCUUUAAUGGGAAUGCUUGCUGCAAAACCUUUUGAGAAUUAUACCGUGUCUAGAUAGAGGUUCUCUACCCCCCUCCCCAAUCUUAUUCCUGAGUUAUGUCCCAAUUUUUGGAUAGAGGUAUGAGGCAGAUGGAAGGGUCAGUGGGAGAGGGAGGAGCUAUGUGGCUUUCAUGGAAUGCUAUAACACAGGGGGCAAAAAUUGUCUGGGGAGAAAUCUCGCUGUGCUUUGCAACCUAUUUGUUUGAUUUCUUUUCUUCUCCUGACAGCCUUAAUGGGGGGAACAGGGGAUGCGCUGAGCAGCUCUUCCAGUGUUAUGCCUGCGGACUGUCCAGAUGGGCAGUGCAUCAUUCAUUUGCGCCAAUCUAUCCAGCUGACAUGUGUCCAUCUUUGCAUCGCUUCCUCUAAGCAGCUGUGAGCACUGGCUUUCCCUACAGCCUCCGGGGAUGGCUAGCCAAAUGGGUCUGCCUCUAUCUAUGGCUUGCAGUAUUAGGGAAGUUUUUAUUCUUCAUUUCUCCGGAUAUUGCAGCCUGGCCCUGUGCUAAGGCUCCAUUGCUAGCAUGCCUUUCUGGUAGUUGACUCAGUCCUUGUUGAGAAAUCCGAUCACGUCAAACUUGGGUUUAAUUGUGGUAGCAGAGGUGGCCCUGCUGUGCAGGCUGCUUUUGAUAAGUGUGGUGAAAAAGCUCUUCUGCACAGGCAGCAACAAUCCCACCCCCAAUUUAGUGGUCCAUUUCGAAUCCCCAGGAAAAAAAUGACUCUGCCUCUGAAACAAUGAGGUGGGGUUGGCUUGUUUUCCUUUCUCGGCAAUCAGUUGGUGUAAGAAACCAAAUGCCUUAUUGGUCAGUGACUUGGCUGUGAAAGCAGGCGGCUAGGCUGUUUAGCCGAGGGCAUGUGUGCUACUUGAUGGGGAGACGGCUUAAGGCAUUGGUUCUGCUGUUGCAAAGCCUGUCAAUGGGACUGGGGAGCCAACAGGCAUAAUAGCAGCCAAUUUGCUGAACAAAUGACCUACAUUAGACAUUGUAGUGGGAGGUGGCUUGGUUGGGGAGGAAACCGAUGGGCAUAGAUGUAAUUGUACGAUGUGCAAAGGUAAUGUGACAGGAGUCAUGUGAUGGGUUGAAGCUCUAUCUCUUUUGCUUGUUGUCUGAAUAAAGGUACUACUUCGACCAGCACUAAAAAGGGGGGGGGCAUCCAUUGUGAGCCAGAAGGAUGCACCUAGUUUUCAUGUUAGUUGCAUAUAAUAACAUUUGUGUGCACGCAGUUGGUGACCUCAGGCCUAGAUGUAUUAUGCAUUUGUGUAGAGUCCUUUGUCUAACUUUCAGCAUGAAUAGCUGCUUUUAGAUAAGCAGCAAUUAAUUGCCCUGAUCCAGCUUAUCCACAUGAGCCAUGCAUAUUUUGGCUGUCCCCAGUGUGACAACCUCUCGUUAAUUUUGGGUGGGGGCGGUGGCCGGGGGGAGGGCAGUUGAGAAGAACAGAUAUUUGACAGACCUGCUGAAACUUCCAGCCAGCUGAUGUGACCAAAAGGUUCUGUUAUUGACUAUCCCUGGGUUUCAAAACCAUGACUCAGAUCUUUAAAAUCACAUAAUAGGUUUAGAACCAGUGAGAUUAUAUAAAUCCUAGUUCACUUUUGUGCAUUUUCCCAUUUGUGGGAAACAAAAUUGCUCUUUCUGGGAGCUUUUCUGCUGUCAGUGUUAACUUCCACUCCUUCUGUUCCUAUUUCUAUUAGUAAGCUGUUAUUUCUGAUUAAGUAUCUGUCAGUUCUUAGUCACUUUGGUGCCAUUCACUAUAGUUAAACAGGAUGCCUCAUAGACAAUAUCCCUUAUCUUGUUUUGAGUAUGUUUGUGUGCACAUGUGGUAACAGAUCUUGGGCAUUGGCUAUGUUGGAGCCUGGCCACAUGGCAGCAUUGCAUGCAUAGAGACUGCACUGUCCCUCAGUUACUUUGUUUGGAGUCUGUGAGUUUUAUAUUUAUUUUCCAUGGAAAUAGGAUGUAUGAUAGAUAACCUUAUGGCCUUUGUUCUGCUUGGGAUUCAAAGAUAUUGAGAAAGAAUUGCCGUUGAGUUCACAAGGCAACUUAGCUUGUGUUGGAGACAGUGAGAGAAUUUCAGGUUCAGGUUCAUUUUGCUACCUUUCUACUCAAGGCAGUUUACAAGCUGAAGAAACAACAACAUAUACAACAAAGAUCAUACAUCAUAUAACAAUGCAAUCCAAUACAAAUAAGCCAUAAUAAGAUAUGACUUUAAAAUAAACAAUUUAUAUUAAUUAAUGUAAUAUUCAACAAUCCAUUAGCAUAUAAUAAUACACAACAGCGUUAACUCUCAAAAUAUCAGCAAACAAUAAUUAAGCAGAAAUUCACUCUCAACAAUUACAUUGAAUAAUUACUAAACUACAAUCAAUAAAAAUAACAGCAAGUCACAAUACCAAAUACAUAAAAUGCAUUACACAAUACAAUACAUUUAAAAAACAUUGACUUGAGCAACUAUUAUGAAAUUAUUUUUGAGAGGCUGAGAUGUUUUGUGGUUGUUAGAACACUAGUUUGAAUUAGGUGGUCAUUAGAUGGAUAAACCAUGUUAGUUUUGCUCUCUGUAAUACAGAACAAGAGAUAAUAAAAUCAUAGAAUUAUAAAGUUGGAGGGGAUCACAAGGGUCAUCUAGUCCAAGCCCCUUCAAUGCAGGAAUCUUUUACCCAGCGUGGAGCUCAUGCUCUACCAACUGAGCUAUCCCUUCACUUGGCAAACUUCUUUUGCACUGUAUAUAUAAAGGAAAUUUGGUUCCACUCAUAAUGGUUGGAUGGGAGGUUGCUGGAGCCAGCGAUUGCAGACCUAGAAGGGAACAGUUGUGGGGAGGAUGUCAUUAGAGGCCUCGGUCUUGCAAAAAGUGUCCACCUUCAAAUUAUAUUCAGACUUUGGUGUUCAAGGCGGCAGUAUACAGUGGUGCUUCGCAAGACGAAAUUAAUUCGUUCUGCGAGUUUUUUCGUCUUGCGAAUUUUUCGUCUUGCGAAGCACGGUUACCCUGGGUAUUAACGGUUUUAAGAAAAAGGAAACAAACUUGCAAGACAUUUUUGUCUUGCGAAGCAAGCCCAUAGGGAAAUUCGUCUUGCGAAGCAACUCAAAAAACGAAAAACUCUUUCGUCUUGCGAGGCAUUCGUCUUGCGAGGUACCACUGUAUACAGGCUCUUUUUCAUUAAGGCUCUGAAGUGCAGGCAGAAAAUGCAGCAGAAAGUGGAAUUGCUUAUGGCUUCCUAUUGUACUCUUUUCCAUCUCUGUGCAUGUCCUCAGUGGCAAAUGGAAUGGGUUCUUUCCAUUUCUCUACUGCAUUCUGAUGCCUCAUAUGGAAAAUGAGGUUGCUGGGUGCUGCCCAUGAUGACAAUAAGCUAGAGAGGAAAGGGCUUCCCCUUGCACCUCUUCAUUUACACAGUGCGGUGGCCUUUGUUCCCAGGAAGCACUGAGAGGGAUAGGGAACCUGGCCUUCUAGAUGUUCUUCACCCCAGCCAGCAUAGCCAGUGAUGAAGGAUGAUGGGAGCUAUAGGUCAAACAGUAUCUUGAGAGCCAUAGGUUCCCCAUCUCCGAUGUAGGGUGUGGAUGUGGUUUAUGGAGUCUCCUUAGAUCUUAACAAACCUUGCUAUCUUGCAUGACUGCCAUUGCCUGGUGACAGUUCAUCCUUUCCUCACUUUCUCGGUUGGGGGGUGUUCAUCCAUCUUAUUUUCCUUAAUAUUCAAAUUUCAGGAUAAAAUGAGGGAGGAGACACAAGGGUGUGACAACAGCACAUCUUGCGGGCCUCUGGUACCACUGAGGAGAUCUCCUUUCCCCUUACUUUGCCUCCAUGUAUUACCUGCUUCAGGAAAGCCUCCAACACCAUAUGCUGUAACACAUGCUCUAGCUGAGUGGACAUCUGAGUGGACAUCUCCACUGAGCUGUGAAAUAAAGGAGGCACUGGGUGAUUAUUUCUUUCCUUUGCAUUCUAACCAGCUUGGAUCUGAGGCUUCUGCUUCCUUGACCAUCACAAAAAUCUAUAAGAACUAUGGCCCAUGCCUAGCAUCCUCUUCUCACAGUGGUUGACCAGAUGCUUGUGGAAAGCCAGCAAGCAGGAUUCAUGCGCAAGAACACUCUGCCUUCCUGUGGCUUCCAGCAACUGGUAUUAAGAAGCAUUGCAAAUAGCCAUCGAUAGCCGUCUCUUUCAUCAUACCAGGUUGCCAAGGGAACCUUCCUUUAACAAGGGUGAGCCAAGGAGCCAAGGUAAUCUUUCUCUCAGUUAGACAGACAGACAGACACACACACAAACACACACACUUUCCUGGAUUGGCAUAGUAGAUACUGUUUUCCCCCCUCUUGCAUUUCAUUAGAACUUCCUUCUUUGAUUGGACAGAUUAAGGCUGUCACUUGCUCUGCAAAAAAGAGAUGGAGAGAUGAAGGCAGAGGAGACCAUGUUAAGUUAAUUUGCAUCCUUUCAGCUAUGUGUGUUCCAACCCUCUCCCCUUCCACAAGUUCAUCCUUCUGGAAGGAUGGUGUUCCUCCCUCCCUCUGCCAGAGUAUAAGAGCAGUAAUGGCUAAUCUGCAUUGCAAUCUCUGCCUCUGCCUGUCAGAUCUUGACCUUUUCUGUAUAAAACAGAGGUGAAAAGCAUAAUAAACAACUUCCUGGCAAUUUACUGUGGAUAGCUUUUCUAUCAAACUCCUUUUUUUUUAGUGGUAUGAAGCUGGUUUCAAUCCAGAUGCAGCAGAAACCCUGGUUAGUCUUAGUGGGUGAGGUGGGUGUUUGCUUUGAAGAAGAACUGAGACAAAAGCAGUCCCACAGACCACAGUUAAUUCCUUAUUGGGCUCUUUCAUAUGAGCGUACAGAAUUCAGGUUGGAGUAUUUGUCCACUUAGUCCUGUAGUGUCUACUCUGACUAGCAGAGUUUAGCUUCUCAAGAAAGAUGUUUCACAUCACCUGAUCCUUCUAACUGGAGAGGCCAUGCAUGCAAAAUGUGUGCUCCGUGACUGAACUAUGGUCCCUGCUCCUUUUUUAACAUUUGCAUUAGCCUUCUGAACAGGGUUAUGGAAGUGGAUCCAGCCAGCGGGCCAGGUUAUUGAGUCCCCCCCCCCCCUUGGCAGGCUGUUUUGAUUGGUGGGUGGAGCCUAAUGACCUGUCAGUCAUAGUGAUGCCAGGUGAUCCGUGCCACAAACCAAGCCCAGCCAAGCGAGCCUGGAAGUUACCACCAAUCAGCUAACUGGCACAAUCUUCAAGCUCUACUACCUGCAGGGGUCAGCUACGCUAUUGAGUUCCAGAACUUUAUGGCAUAGCCAAUCCCAGCUGCCUUGCUCUGGCCACUGACAGCUACACUGGCAACCUCACCUCCACUUGCCCCAUAUCUGCCAUCAUACAUAUGGGUGGGUGUGCUUUGAGGAAAGUGGCCUCACAAGCCAAACAGAGACUUGUGCCAGCCCUAAUUAGACUCAUGGGUCCCAGUUCCCACUGGCACGCUAUAGAGUUUGUAUGCCUCUGGCUAGCAUAUGUUGGGGGAUUAACAAAUAGCUGUAUCAAUCUCAGUAUCAUUCCCCAUUUAUGAAUUUCUCAGUAGCAUCUGUCUGGCCUUUGUGGACUCACAGCACGCUGAGGCACAUGGACCAUUGAUCUGACCCCACAUGGCAAUUCUUAAUGUCUAUGACAUUGCCCUGUUCAUCUCUUGUAGCAACCUUAGAAAAUAACAUUUUUUAAAUGGCACAAAUUUUCAUGGACCACAGGCCACUUCUUUGGAUGCAUGGCUGUUUUCCUGGAUUACAGGUACACACAUAAUUCUUUGUAAGGCUGGAUGGGAGAGGAAUAAUAAAUGGUGAGGUCAGAAGGAAAUGGAAUGCAGGAAUUACCAACAAUGAUAAUUGCAUUAUUAAUGGUAACUUCUCUCUCUCUCUCUCUCUCUCUCUCUCACACACACACACACACACACACACACGAUAACAUAGACAUCCUGGCAUUGAUAAGCUGAUUAACACAUGCAGCAUGGCUAGAAUGGAUUGUGUCAAUGACACAAUCCAAUUAUUGGAUGCCUUCUGAGGUCUGUCACUUGUGGUGGUGCAUUGAAAACAGGUGUGGGCAAUAAGCAUGGUUAGCUGGAGGUUCAGGAAGAGAGCAAUAUUCUCCUUCCCUCUAUCCCUCUCUCUCCUGCUCCCCUCUCCCCUUGAAACACACCAUAUGCAGGUUUAAAGCCUACACCACUAUGACUCUAAGCAAAGAUUAGAUUCCACUGAAACUUGGGAAGCGUUUCGUCUUCCUCGAUUCCUACAUUUUUGUGUUUCAUUUACUAAGACUCCAGGCAAUAAAAUGCUGAAACUGUAUGCUAAAGGAACACCAAAAGGAGAUGUAGAUGACAGAGGAAAUGGGCUAUUAGGGGAUGGUUCAGAUGGUUGGAAAGGAGCUUUGUGCAGCAGAGAGGCUCCCUCCACUCCUUUAAGCAGGUGGUUGCCCAAAGACCGUCAAAUACAUUACGUGGUAACAUUCCUGCAUGCACCAACUAUAUUCUUGAAGAGCUUUCAGCCAUGAUGGUGGUUCACAUGCAGAAUGUCCUGUGUGUUUGGAGCAGGGACUGAGAUACUAGGCACCAGCACUGGGCAGAAAUGUUUUGUGCAUGCACAACACUUAGGUGUAGGAGAAAUGAUGAAAACCUCAUGUAGGUUUUUGUGUGUGCCACAUACAGCUCUUGCACCAUGUAUGUAUAAAUGCAUGCUGAAGAGCCACAGCUAGUUACAAACUCCUAAAUGCAUGAAUGUGCAUUGGAUUAGAUGCAUGUUUAUGCAGCUUGUGCAAUGAUCUACCACGUGAUUUUCCUGUUGCUGUUAUUUCCUCCUUUUUAUAUGCUUGAAGCAGUCCAGCCCCUCAGUUGCGUCCAAAGUACAACUUUCCAGCUUAAGUGUUAGGGCUUGUUACUGCCCUCGGCUCCUUUGGGAGGAAAGGCAGGAAAUAGACUGAAUAAGUAAUUGGCAAGAUAGAGCUGGGUUUGAGUUUUUAAACCCUAAGCUACAACUUGGGGUUUGUAACCAAUAAGAAGCAGGCCAUUCAGGAAUUCAAAACUGGUCAUGAAAUGAUAUAAUAUGUGUGAAAUGAUAUGCAUGCCCUUACCCCAAACAGCAUACAUUUCAUAGAAUCAUGGAGUUGGAAGAGACCACAAGGGCCAUCGAGUCCAACCCCCUGCCAAGCAGGAAACACCAUCAGAGCACUCCUGACAUAUGGUUGUCAAGCCUCUGCUUAAAGACCUCCAAAGAAGGAGACUCCACCACACUCCUUGGCAGCAAAUUCCACUGUCGAACAGCUCUUACUGUCAGGAAGUUCUUCCUAAUGUUUAGGUGGAAUCUUCUUUCUUAUAGUUUGGAUCCAUUGCUCCGUGUCCGCUUCUCUGGAGCAGCAGAAAACAACCUUUCUCCCUCCUCUAUGUGACAUCCUUUUAUAUAUUUGAACAUGGCUAUCAUACCACCCCUUAACCUCCUCUUCUCCAGGCUAAACAUGCCCAGCUCCCUUAGCCGUUCCUCAUAAGGCAUCGUUUCCAGGCCUUUGACCAUUUUGGUUGCCCUCCUCUGGACCCGUUCCAGUUUGUCAGUGUCCUUCUUGAACUGUGGUGCCCAGAACUGGACACAGUACUCCAGGUGAGGUCUGACCAGAGCAGAAUACAGUGGCACUAUUACUUCCCUUGAUCUAGAUGCUAUACUCCUAUUGAUGCAGCCCAGAAUUGCAUUGGCUUUUUUAGCUGUCGCGUCACACUGUUGGCUCAUGUCAAGUUUGUGGUCAACCAAGACUCCUAGAUCCUUUUCACAUGUACUGCUCUCAAGCCAGGUGUCACCCUUCUUGUAUUUGUGCCUCUCAUUUUUUUUGCCCAAGUGUAAUACUUUACAUUUCUCCCUGUUAAAAUUCAUCUUGUUUGUUUUGGCCCAGUUCUCUAAUCUGUCAAGGUUGUUUUGAAGUGUGAUCCUGUCCUCUGGGGUGUUAGCCACCUCUCCCAAUUUGGUGUCAUCUGCAAAUUUGAUCAGGAUGCCCUUGAGUCCAUCAUCCAAGUCGUUGAUAAAGAUGUUGAAUAAGACCGGGCCCAAGACAGAACCCUGUGGCACCCCACUAGUCACUCUUCUCCAGGAUGAAGAGGAACCAUUGAUGAGCACCCUUUGGGUUCGGUCAGUCAACCAGUUACAAAUCCACUGAGUGGUAGCAUAGUCAAGACUGCAUUUUACCAGCUUCUUUACAAGAAUAUCAUGGGGCACCUUGUCAAAUGCCUUGCUGAAAUCAAGGUAGGCUACAUCCACUGCGUUCCCUUCAUCUACCAGGCUUGUAAUUCUGUCAAAAAACGAGAUCAGGUUAGUCUGACAUGACUUAUUUUUCAGAAAUCCAUGCUGACUAUUGAUGAUCACAGCAUUCCUUUCCAGGUGCUCACAGACUGUUUGCUUAAUGAUCUGCUCCAGAAUCUUCCCUGGUAUUGAUGUCAGACUGACUGGGCGGUAAUUAUUUGGGUCCUCUCUUUUCCCCUUUUUGAAAAUAGGGACAACAUUUGCCCUCCUCCAGUCUGCCGGGACUUCGCCUGUUCUCCAGGAAUUCUCAAAGAUGACUGCCAGUGGUUCUGAGAUCACAUCUGCCAGUUCUUUUAAUACUCUUGGAUGCAGUUCAUCUGGCCCUGGAGACUUCAAUACAUCUAAACUAGCCAAGUAUUCUUGUACUAUCUCCUUAGUUAUUCUGGGCUGUGUUUCCUUUGCUGAAUCAUUUGCUCUAAAUUCUUCAGGUCGGGCAUUGUUUUCUUUAUCGGAGAAGACUGAGGCAAAGAAGGCAUUGAGGAGUUCAGCCCUUUCUGUGUCCCCUGUUUGCAUUUCACCAUCUUCUCCUCUGAGUGACCCCACUGUUUCUUUGUUCUUCCUUUUGCUACGAACAUACCCAUAAAAACCUUUUUGUUGCUUUUAACCUCUCUAGCAAGCCUGAGUUCAUUCUGUGCUUUAGCUUUUCUGACUUUGUGUCUACACGUGCUGGCUAUUUGUUUGAAUUCCUCUUUGGUGGUUUCCCCCCUUUUCCAUUUUUUGUACACAUCCUUUUUUAAUCUUAACUCAGUUAAAAGUUAUUUAGAUAGCCACCAUUUGAUUACUUCCAUUUGCCUGGCUCUUAAGGCUUUCUGCUUGCAGCAAUGCAUUUUAAAAGCAAAAAUAGUCAAUUAAAAAGCAAUAAAUAAAUGACCAGUUAAAACAUACAUCAUCAUCCUUUGUCAAACCUUUGCCAGUUGGCUUAACUCCUGCUGUCGAAAGCUGUCUCCUAAUAUCAAAGUCUUGCAAUGUGUUCAGAAGAUGCACAGACUCAAUCUUAGCCAAAUCUCCCGGGGGGGGGGGAGGGGGAAAGUUAUGGAACAGCUUCUGUUAGAAAACCUUUCCCCCCUACAUGGAGUACAGGAAUAUAGGAAGCUGCCCUCUACCAAGUACUGGUCCAUCUAGCUCAGUACUGACUGGCAGUGCCCCUACAGGAUUUCAGACAGAAGUCAUUCUCUGCAGUUUGCCUGGCCAAAAAACUCACACCCAGAAUGUAUGCGAAGGGUCAUUGUGGGUCACAGUCUGUAAUGGCAGCAUUCAUGUGAAUUCCUAUAGGGUUAGGGUCUCUUCUGUUUCUUAAUUUUAUAGGGUGCGGUGUUGCCCUAAAUAGUGUUUUUUUAAUACCAUAAAGCAGAAUUUAAUUAGUGAUCCCAUUGAUGACCUUCUUUCACAUGCACUUUGGGAGGACUUGGGAUGCUGCAAAGGACAUUUAGCUCCCUCAAAAAGAAUUCAAUAUUUUGACUGAUUCUGGUGAUGUAGGUCAAUCAGUGUGUGUGUCCUGGUCUGCAUCAUGCCAUCUGAGCAGGUCAAUGUUUAGCAGAAAUCACAAGGAGCAUUUUCUUAAUUUUGUUAUGACUUCACUGUUUGUUUAAUAUUACAUUUAUAACACACUUUUCCUCUAGUGAGCACCAGUAGCCCCUUUUAUCUUCACAGCAACCCUACCAGGUAGGUCAUUCUCAGAGAUAGUGGUGGUUUGUCCAAGACUGUCCAGAGAGGCUCUAUGAUUUUCUCUCUCCAUUAGUAUCCUCAUUAGUGCUGCCAGAUCUUCUUGUUUUCAUACUCCAGAAAAUAAAAUUCAUGCUCCUAAUGGCAGCUGAGCAGCUGAAAAGCUCCUCUUGAGAUGAGAAAGGAAACCCUGGAGCAGAAUUUAACUGUUCCACAGGUUGAGCCUGCAUUACACAGGUUCCCAAGGUCAUCUGGGUGUAAAAAGGGCACACCAUAAUAACCUUCAGCCCAGACUUCCAAACAGAGGCUCUGUGUCACUUAGGGCUGCUUGUGCAACUGAGCGAUUGUGCAUCUAUGUGCACACAGGCAAAGUUAUGAGAAGCUUGUUUUGAAGCUGGACUUGACUGUAUUUUCCCGGGUAACUUUUUACAGACAGCAUGCGAGUUCUGGUACUGGACACAAUUUGAAUAUGUGCUGCUACACAUAGCGGUUGGAGGGGGGGAGAGAGAAUGAAUCAUUUACCUACUGAACAGAUUAAUUUGGAGGCUAUGUAUUUUCUAUAAAGCGUUGCUGCCUCAAUUGCACUGCUUUCUUUCCUCCUCGUACUCUGGUAUCUCCUUUAGCUGAGAUUCCUGCAUUGCAGGGAGUUGGAGCAGAUUGCCCUCAGAAUCCCUUCCAACUCUAUAAUACUGUGAUUCUAUGAUUAAGACUCCUCCCCCCCUUAUUUAUCUAUUAGGAAAAGUGUUCUGAUCAUACCAAUUUCAUCGUCGGAGAUGGCUGGAAUCGGCUUUGUCUAGCAAGGAGGAAGUAUAAAUUAAUUCAGCCAGAUCCUCUUCCAUAUUGCAACCUGCUUGUGAAUUUCUCAAAUUAUGAACAUUUAUUAGAGUAAUUAGUCUUGGGGAAUAAGUAGUUGGGCUUUUUCCAGCUGUGAGAAUCAGUAUAAAUGUGCUUGAGAAGUAAGGGCUGCUUCUUAUAUAGCCCCCCCCUUUUUUUUCAAAAUGAAGAUGACAAAUCUAAUGAUCAAAUAUUAAUGGCUAAAUGUGAUGAGGAUUUUGCUUUUGGAUUUGAAUAUAAGACACACAAGCACUUUCUGCCUGCCUUGGGGAAAUGGGAAACACAGUUGCAGUAAGCAUGUACAAAUUAGCAGCUGUUUUAGAGUAUGUAGACAGGGAGUAAACAAGAACCCCUCAGGGAUACUUCCAGGCAAAGAGCUUUUCCCAGAAAUUGCAGCAGGGAAACCUGCCCUAACUUUGGAGGGAACUCCUGCAGUUCAUUCGCAAUUCUGACAGCCAUCUGAAUCAGCUUUCCCCAUCUCCAUCCUCCGUCUGUUGACCCCUGAUAUUUUAGGACUCCGGCUCCCAUUAGUUAUAGCCAGAAUGGCCUGUGGUCAGAGAUGAUGAGAGUCCAACCACAUCUGGAAGGCACCAGGUUGGGAAAGAGGCAUGGAGUGGUGAGAGGUCAAGUCCAUUGCCGCUUGGUAGCUGUCUUCCAAGGAACUAGAUCAACCUUGUCCAAUCUGGUGCCCUCCAGAUACUUUGGAUCAUCCCUGAUCAUUGGCCAAUCUGGCUGGUCCAAAACAUCUAGGAAGCAUCAAGCUGGGAAAGACUCAACUGCAUGGAUCAACGGCCUCCAUCAGCCCUUUUCAUGUGCUGUUGCAGACAGCACAUCUGCCACAGCUUUGAGGAAGACUAAAGAAACAGGCAACCGCUACACAACACAUCAAGCCAACAGCUUGUUGGAACAUGAGGCUGGUCCAUACUUUGUAUCUGAGUCUGCGGUUGCACAGUAGAGGUGUUUUGUGACAUGCCAAGCAAGGCUCUUUGCCAAGGAGCCUGCGAUGUGUGGACUGAGUAUAGAAAAGGUUCUGCAAGGAACCUGAUUUCAUAGCACCUACAUGUUGCACCAAAUGAGGAUAACUUGCAGCCGUUGGCCAUUAGCUGCAGAGCCCACCAAGCCCCAGGAGAGACCUUUCCAAUCCCCUGCUGCCCAGCUUAUCAGCCAUCAGCUGAGUGCUGAGGAGAACAUUACUGUUCCUGUGCUGUGGGCACAGCAAUCUCUGCUGCCCAGGGAUUGCUGAGGAAUGAAGGUUUCAUACUCCCCCCGCCACACACACACAUCAACCCUGAUACAGCCUAAGUGAGGGGGGCAGAGAAGGGAAGAUAUAUGUUGAAAGGGGAAGGUGAAUAGUACUAGACACAACCACUGCUGCAUGUGGUUCUUGGGAACAAAAAGCCUGCCUCAAAAUCCAGCAAGCAGAGGAUGGAGAGGAAAUGUUGGCCAGAUAGGGGUGGGUGGCUGAUGUGGCCAGAGAACAAACAGGGGUCAGAACUGUGAUUUGCUCAUCCUUCCUGCUGACCAGGAGAGCACACUUCAAUGUGACUAGCCCCAGUUCUCAAUUUAAUGUCAUCCGAUUGGCACAGAGUGAAGUUCAGGACCCUUCCACCCACCCUGGGUAAUGCCGUGUGCCAGGGCAGCUUUGCUCCCUUCUCUUUGACUCUCCCCACCCCCACCCACCUCCUCUUUCUUUUUCGUCUGUGCAAGCAAGUUCAUUCCAUUCAUCACAUGAGCAGCACUGCAGAUAUUAAUUUAAUGUCACACGUGGCUGCAAAAAAAAAAAUGGCUCUAGACCCACAGGAGUUUCCUUGGCAAAUGCGGCAUACAUUGAAGAGUGGAGAGGCGCUCCUUUAAAUAAAUCAUCCACUUCAAUAAUUGAUGUGAGGAAACCAUGGUGAAAACUUUGUGCAGGGAGCUGGGGGCAGAGAGGAGAGGCCUGCAAAUGGGUCUUUCUUUAUGAUGACAAUAACAGAAGCAGGUGGGACCUGGUUCAUAUUAGUAGGACUGUGUUGAGAAGAUGCAAGUUCAGCCCUUUGGGAGGUCCAUACUUCUGGGGAGAUAUUGGAUAUGGUUAAUGAUGAUAUAAAUGAGUUUUCUGAGAAGCUGUUAAUUUAAUGCUUCCUUCCCCAAAGGCAGGUUAAAGGCUUUUGGACCCGACGUCUGAAAUGAGAAUAGCUGGCUCCCUCGUAUGGAUGGGGGAAUUGAGAUCCAUUUUGUUUGCAUUGGUUCUGUGUCUUUCCUUGAGAAUGAAGUUUUUAAUAAAUAAAUAAAAACUGCCAGAAGUAUGACAGCAAGAGUCCCACUAGUGAUAACCAAGUGUACUUGCACUUACAGAAAUUAAUAAUGUCCAUGCUGGUAUAUAUAAUGCCAGUGGCAGUCAUCUUAUUCCUAUUAUUUAUAGAACACCAUCAAAGUGCAUAGUGUUCUACAGAGCAAUACAAACAAAAAGGGAGAUCGUUACCCAAAGUAGCUUGCAAUCUAAAGAUUGACGGUGAGGGAGACAAUAAAUAGGGAAGGGAGGGAGGCAAGGUGGAGGAGACCAGAAUAGGGAGGGAUGGAUGUGAAUGGAGGCACAGGGUAGAAUCCAACAUGGCACUGAGGCCAACGUUCUGUCAGCACAAUGAUUUUAUUAGGAGGAGGACUCAUUAGUAGAAGACAUGUGCAUGAGCCUCUGCUUUUUCAGCGGAGGACUAGGGGCUUAUCAGUUGAAGUAUUCAAUGGAAAAGGUGAAGUCUGAGAAGGGAAUUUGAAGGAAGGUGGAGGCAAGAGGUUGUUCAGCAGCAGAGGUGUUCUGGGAAUGAGUUCCUGGCAAGUCAGGACCAAGUUGGGCUGCCCCCAGGUGCACAAGUAUCUUACUGUCAAGGGAUCAAGCCAAGGCUUUCUGGUUACUUUUCCUUGGGCAGCUUGCCCAAGGGGAAGGCAUUGCUCCUGCCCAGUGCAGUGCUCCAUAGUGAGGCUUUAAGGGGGUGCAGAGAUGAUACGUGUGAGCUUCUAUGACGGAGCAUAUUGCAUCAACUUAGGUGUGGGGAAGUCCCUGGGUAAACUGGUUGCCUGAGACUCCUAAUGUGCAAGGGAUGCCCUGUACUUCACAGUAUCAGAAUUCCUUUGUUGACAGCCCCUUGCUGACAUGUGAUGUUUGUAGACUGCAGUAGAAGGACUUUUAUCUCUUGCUGACUUGGCACUUCCCUCUUUGGUUCUGUGAAAAGCAGGAGGAGAGUGUUAUGAGGUCCCGUCAUACCUUGGAAGUCAAACGGAAUCUGUUCUGGAAGUCCGUUUAACUCCCAAAAUCUUAGGAACCCAAAGCGUGGCUUCUGAUUGUCUGCAGGAAGCUCCUGCAGCCAAUUGGAAGCUGUGGAAGCCCCGUCGGACAUUCAGCUUCCAAAAAUAGUUUGCAAACCGGAACAGUCACUUCUGGAUUUGCGGCAUUCGGGAGCCAAAACAUUUGGGAAUUAAGCUGUUCCAAAACCAAGGUACAACUGUACUUUGGAAAAGUGAUGUGGCAGGGAAGGAAUUGUGCCAAUGCCAUUCCAGCCCCGUGAUUAUGGCUUUAGCAGAGUUGCACCAGUGAUCACCUCAGCCUUUUCUCUGGAUCUCUGGCUUGUUGCUUAGGUCCUUGUUUCAGCUUCAGCCUGAAGCAGUCAUUUGCUGCACAUCCCAUGGAGUUCUUGUGAAGCAGCAUGGAAUCAAUCUUGCUACCUCAGGAAAAUUGCCUUCUCUCUUACUGUGGACAUUUUUCAGGGCACACUGAAUUGAGUAUGUGCCAUAUGCCAGACAUUGGGCUGGUACAAGUAGAAGCAGAGCAUAGCACUUUGAGGAAAGAUUUUUGUGAAUUAUGUUCCUCUUGAACCUUAUAAGAGGAAACAAUAUGCCUCUAAGGACAUGCAGAUAUGCCUCUCUUGGUGGGUGUGGGAACCUCAUGCCUAGGUGCUGAAUGUGGCCCUCAAUAUCUCUCUGCUUGGCCCUCAGAGAUCUCCCCAGACAUGUGCCCUCCCCAGACCACACCCCUCACAACUGCUGCUCUGCAAUUUCCUUAAGUGCUUCUGCCUAGCUAGAAUAUGGUUAUGAACUGUGAUUAAGCCUCUUUGUUUGCCUGGAUGGAGAGACGUGAGUGUGUUUGAGUGAGAAAAAUCGGCUUUUGUAUGGCAGGAGUCUAGACUACUGUGCAAAAGUAAGAAUCACAUCUGGUGCUAUUCCCCCCCCCCUGUUUUUUGCAUUGGGACCCACCUACCUCUGGCAAGUGGCCCCCAGAAGGCAAUGUGGCCCUCAGGCUGAAAAAGGUCCCCCAGCCCUGGUCUCAGACCAGUUGCUGCCUGACAUAAGUAGCAUGCAGGCCUGGAAGUCUGUCUUUGCCCUGUUGCCUCUUGUUACAUUUUAUUUAUUUCUUGGAUAAUCCCUCCUUGUUUCCCAUUAUUCCAUCCUUUGUUGCUUUCUUGCACAUUUUGUAACAUGCACUGAGAUUGCAAGGGAGUUUCCGGGGAAUUGAGUAAUGCAUUAAUGAGCUAACAGAUUUUCCAGAAGAUGCCUGAAAAGUGAGCCCACAAUUGGCAAAUCCACUUAGGGUGAAGUGCGAGCUGCCCCACUUUCCCCAGCAUGUCCUGGGGAGAACAGCUGGCGCUCUCAUUUCUGAAGCUGGAGCUUUUUCUUUCUUUCUUUCUAGUAUUUCUUAACAGAGAGUGGAUGUGCUUCUUGAGCCCCGGGGAAUGUCAUGUUCCAGAAACAAAAGAGUGUGUUUUGCAUUCUUUCCAUCUAUUCGGUGCCUGCCUGAAAUUUGCCCCCUCAUCUGCUCAGCUUUUCAAGCUCUGCCUUCCUCUUGUAUCCAAAGGCUGCUGUAAGUGUUUUGAAGCAAUGUCAACAAUUAUCCAAAACAAUGGAUUUAUUUCCAAAGCAUUUUGGGCACCCAGCAAUCUUAAUUUCCUUACCUGGAGUCUAUGUGGAACUUUGGACUAGACAGUGGUUUUUGAUUGUCUGAUUGGCAUGCACUGCACUUUACAUAUCUUUAACCAACUCUGCCCCGAGGACCUGGUGACUAUAUCAGAAUCUAAACCAGGUCUAUAGUACAGAAAUGGAAUGAACCAUGUCAAAUGUAAAACUGUCCAGCAAUUGCCUGUAGCCUGGACUGUAAAAGCUGGCCCAUAUAGAAAGAUGCUAAAGUGCUUUGACUCAAUUCUGAGAAAACAGAGUAGUUGCCAAGAACAGGAACAUAAAAAGCUUCCUUAUGCCAGGUAAAACUAUUGGUCCAUCUAGGUCAGAAUAUUAUCUAUGCUGAGUUGCAUUUCUCUAUGGGUUUCAGGCAGGGUUCUUUCUCAGCCACGGAUUGAGAUGCUGGGACUUUCUACAUGCAAAGUAUUUGCUCUAAAUCCCCCAGAAUGCUGUUCUGUUUGGUUUCAUCCCAGUGUCUUGAUAAGAAAAUUAGGUAGAGAUGAGAAGGUACACUUAGACUACAGUCCUUCACACAUUGUAAAGGUAAAGGGACCCCUGACCAUUAGGUCUAGUCGUGACCGACUCUGGGGUUGGCCGAGGGAGCCGGCGUACAGCUUCCGGGUUAUGUGGCCAGCAUAACUAAACCAUUUCUGGUGAACCAGAGCAGCACACGGAAACGCCAUUUACCUUCCUGCCAGAGUGGUACCUAUUUAUCUACUUGCACUUUGGCGUGCUUUCGAACUGCUAGGUUGGCAGGAGCAGAGACUGAGCAACGGAAGCUCACCCCGUCGUGGGGAUUUGAACCGCCGACCUUCCGAUCAGCAAGUCCUAGGCUCUGUGGUUUAACCCACAGCGCCACCUGCGUCCCUCUUUACACAUUGAAGGAGUAGUAAAACCAGUGGCCUGCUCAAUGGUUUUAGCCUUGAAUUUUGGGAGGAAGGAGAAGCAACAGCAGCAAUGAAACACUAGGGACUGAGCUGUCCUCAGCCAGUUCUGCUUGCCUGUAACAAUGAGAACGACAGAUCAUGCCCAGAAUUCCAGCAAACUCUUCUCUCUGGUUCAAAUUAGCAGCUGAAGCUCAUCCAAUUAGAUUCCUCCCCGCCCCCAAAGUACCAGGCAGAUGUGUUCUUACAAUAGGACAUUCCCAGCCUUUCCGAAUUGCUAGCCCUUAUGGCUGCAGAAGGGCUAGAAAUCCCACUGAAAUCCCAGAAGCCAGAGAGAUGGCUUAAUAACGAUGCACAAUUAAAAACCCAACAAUCAAUUUCUGAACAAAUGAUGCAAAAUGAGGAAGCACAUAGUUUAUUUUAUUUAUAGAGGUUGCACAAUUUGGGGUUUUCUUGGGGCAGAAUUUGAAUGGCUGUGGCACAGAAUUAUAAUUUUUGUUCAGCAUGGAAUAUACGUAGUCUUGCCUGUUCAGGAGUUUUGGCAGCAUCAAGCUUAGAGAUGGAGGAGCAAUGCUCCUAGAAUUUUCUUUGUGGAAAAAAAAAUCAUUCCUGAUCCUGUUCUGCAUAAAAAAUUUAAUGUACCGCUACAUCCAGCUACAUCCCUGUCAGAGCUUUGCUGGCAAUGUGCAUGCAGAGUUGCAGCCGCUGGGGACGAAAGCAGCAAUUUAUGACUGCGAUGUAUAUUUCAUGUGGCUUUAGUGCUUUUCCUAGUAAGAGGCACACUACACAAGGAAAAACUUGAGUGCUAAAACAUUUUCUUGCGUCAGAGGAGCAGGCUUCAGCCAGCCAAUCUGAGCCAGAAAUCCCUACAAUGUUUGUUCAAUACUCUAGCUGCUGUGUUUACUACUCAGAGUCUUAGAAAUCAGAAAUGUCAGAGCCGCCAUCUUCACUGCCUUGCCCAGCAGUGGCUUUCCCUCGUUGCUUCAGGGGUUAAAAGCUUUUGUGAUGACAAGUAAAAUAAAUAAAUAAAAUGGGUCUGCUAGGGAGGAUUAUCCUUGCCCCUGGUGGCUUGUUACUGCUCAAAAGAUGGAUGAGUGUCUUUCACUGUAAUAUGUAUUCCAGCUUGUGGGAUGGGGAACAAGAAUCUUUGCCUUCUUCCUUCUAUUGUUGCCUCGUAAUUUUAUUCCUCUAAAUGUCACAGGAACUUCCUCUUCUGUUGCAACCCUCAGCUUUUGUCCACUGGAAAAUGAUAAAUAUUAAUCAGAGAAUUAUAGAGUUGGAAGCGAUCCCAAGGGUCAUCUACUGAAGUUUGGUGAGUGGAAGGGAGUCCAGGAAAAGCUGCAACAUUUUGUUCUAAUGAGGGUUCUCUCAGACUGCAAUUCUAGACAGGCUCGCUUGGGAUAAAGUUUUAUUGGACAUGCUGGGACUUGCAGAGGAUUGUACCAGGUGUGGAGAAUUUGUGGCACUCCGGAUAUUGGUUUACAACUGCCCUUGUGGCUGACCACAAGUUAUGCUGGCUGGGACUGAGGGGAGUUAUGGCCUUCCAAAUGCUGUUGUACUGCAAGUUCCCCAUCCCUUCUCAGUACCAAUGAUGACUUCUGCAGGUGGAGUUCAGAAGAGAGAACAAAGUCUGGAAGACUGGUGUUCUUAGGAACUGGUUUCCUCAAAUAAGCUUUGGUUGCAGAGUUAACCAGCACUUGCAUAUGAAUAUUGCAUUUAGCUGUAUUUGGUCCCCAGCUGAGAGUCCAGAGGGAAGUUUGUUUGUUUGUUUUAACCUGCUGCUGUUUUGUUUUGUUUUUGUUUUUGUUUUGUUUAAAAAAAACUAUUGUUAUGGCAUUAGCAGAUACAAACACAUGCCAGGAGGCUGUGGAACUUUAAAACCACAAUAUGCAGUAAACUCUGUGGGUUGCCUGGAGAUGUGUUAAUGGUAUAAGUGGAAAAACACACAUAAGACAUCAGGAAGCACCCAUCCAAUGAGCCACCCAAAAGAGAGACAAUGUCUCAUGAUGCUGAUGAGUUUUUAUUAUUAGUUAAAUGGCCUUCUACAGAGGCUUUCUACCAGAGACAGUAUAUGUAUAAUAUAUUUAUCUGUCUCUGAUAGAGAGCCGCUGCAGAAGGUCUUUUGGCUGAAAUGCCUAGGGCUAUUAAUAGAAAUUGAUCGGUGUCUGGAGACACUGUCUCUCUUUUUAGCAUAACUGUAUAUAAGUUCUGUGUCUGCUUGCCUGCUGCCCUGGAACCUCUGCCCUUGUUAAAACUGUGCUUGCCUGUUAAUGGGUUUGUGACCGCAAUGAAGCCAUUGGGGGUCAGCUGGAUAUCCAUCGGACAACUUUCUUUCUUAGGCUUCUCCAUGAGGCGUUUCCAAACUGUAGCCCACGAGUUUCACUCAGGUCAUCUGCAGCACAUCUGUGGAUUUGUGGCAAAAGAAGGCAUUGAAUAUUCAUAUUGAUUUUUAAUAGGCAUUUUUGUUGCUUCUUCUAAUGAUUGUACUACAUUUGGAAUUCUGUGGAAUUCAAUCUGUUACAGCGAUGAAAUACAAUAUGUAAGAAGCAAUAAAAGUACAAUUAAUAAUCACGCAGCAGCUACAGCAGGUAGAAAGAUCAUCAGGGCAGCAGCUGAAGAAGGAGCAAAAAGGGUUUUCUUGUGUGUGUGUUUCUUUGUGGCAGUUUGAUCCAGCUUUUAGAUUUAGGGGAGCUAGUCUCAAACGUUUGUUGGGGGAGACCUAGGUUUUUUUGUGGGGGAGUUAUUUGUCCUGUCUUCACGCUUUUUAUGAUGGAGGACCGCUGUAGCCACCCCCAACGACACGUUCUUAAGAUGGAGGGGGAGGGAACAGCUGCAGUCACCUGCGGUUCCUGCGCAAUGUUUGUCAUCUUGCCAAAGGUUGCAGGCAGCUUUACCUGCAGCAAUUGCAUGUUGAUUGCCCUCUUAGAAGACAAAGUCCAGCAACUGGAGGAACGUGUAGCUGCGCUCCAAAGAAUUAGAGAGCUGGAGCUCUUCUUGGAAGCAAUAGAGCAAACCGUCUCCACCAAGGAGGAGACAGGGGACUCCCCUGAGAAGGAGGCUAGUUCACCAACACAGGAGCCAGAUAUAUGGAGAAACGUGACUCAAAGAAGUAGGAGGCCCAGGGUUCGCUCUGAUUGUUUAGAAAUACACAAUCGCUUUGAGGUCCUCUCCCCUAGCAUGGAAGACGAAGAGCAGACUCCAUUUGAGGAUCGCUCCCUCAUUACAGUCGAUCAGGUAUAUGAAGAUGAGCAGCAAAGUCAGUCCUCAGGGAAUGUGCAGGCGACCUUGGAACGGACAGCUCACGGAAGAACCCCGACCAAACCUAAGAGGAGGCGUGUAGUGGUGAUAGGGGAUUCCCUACUGAGGGGAACAGAAGCAGUGAUCUGUGGGCCUGACAAGAUGUCUCGGGAAGUGUGCUGUCUCCACGGGGCUAAGAUCCAAGAUGUAACUGAAUGACUGCAAGGAAUCAUAAAACCCACUGACAAAUACCCCUUCCUCUUGGUUCAUGUGGGAACCAAUGACACUGCAAGCAAUAGCCUCCAGAAGAUCAAAAGAGACUACGAGGCUCUGGGCAGGAAAUUGAAGCAAUUAAAUGCACAAAUUGUCAUCUCAUCUGUCCUCCCAGUUGAACGACAUGGCCCAGGGAGAGAGGGAAAAAUAGUGGAAGUGAACAGCUGGCUUCGCAAAUGGUGUAAACAGGAACGGUUUGGAUUCUUAGAUCACGGACUGCAGUUUCUUGAAGAUGGACUUCUGGCAAGCGAUGGGCUGCACCUCACAACGGUUGGGAGAAAUGUUUUUGCCAAAAAUCUCAGAAACCUCAUCAGGAGGGCUUUAAACUGACUAAUGUGGGAGAGGGAGACAGUGCUCCUGAAGGUAGGAGUCUAUCAAUUGAUGAAGAUGAUCAUCCAAAUGUCAUAGACCAAAUGGAGCAAACAGCACGCAGACCUAGUGGUGGGAGGAAAAAAUCCUUAAAUAAGAGACACGGGGGAAUGAUUAAUGGACUUCAAUGUCUGUACACUAAUGCGCAAAGCAUGGGAAAUAAACAAGAUGACAUAAUAGGCAUCACUGAAACCUGGUGGGAUAAGUCCCACUAUUGGAAUGUAAUAAUGGAGGGAUACAAUCUAUUUCAGAGAAACAGACCAGACAAGAAAGGAGGAGGAGUGGCGUUAUAUGUCAGGGAUGUGUAUACCUGUGAAGAGAUCCGAGAUUUAGAACCUCAAAGCCAAAGUGAGAGUAUUUGGGUCAAAAUUAAGGGAGAGAAGAAUAACAGUGACCUCAUUGUGGGAGUUUACUAUAGAUCCCCAAGCCAAACGGAGGACAUAGAUGAUGCCUUCCUGGAACAGAUGGCCAAGCAUGCAAAAGGAAGGAGAUAGUAGUAAUGGGGGACUUCAAUUACCCGGAUAUUUGUUGGAUGUCAAACUCAGCCAAGAGCAUAAGGUCAAACAGAUUCCUCACUGGCCUUGCAGACAACUUCAUUGUCCAGAAAGUGGGAGAAGCAACAAGAGGAACAGUCAUUUUAGAUCUGGUCCUAACCAAUGUUGAUGACCUGGUUAGUGGGGUAGAAGUGGAAGGCUCAUUAGGCGCGAGUGAUCAUGCUCUUCUGAAGUUUACUAUAUAGCGGAAAGGAGCAGCCAAGCAUACUAGGACUCAAUUUCUUGACUUUAAGAAAGCCGACUUCAUAAAACUUAGGGAAGUGCUGGGUGAGAUCCCAUGGACAGUAAUACUAAAAGGAAAGGGAGUUCAUGAUGGCUGGGAGUUUGUUAAGAGGGAGAUAGUAAAAGCACAACUUCAGGCAAUACCAAUGAGACGGAAACAUGGAAGGUGCCUAAAGAAGCCAGGGUGGCUAUCUAAAGAACUUUUAACUGAGUUAAGAUUAAAAAGGAUGUGUACAAAAAAUGGAAAAGGGGGAAACCACCAAAGAGGAAUUCAAACAAAUAGCCAGCACGUGUAGACACAAAGUCAGAAAAGCUAAAGCACAGAAUGAACUCAGGCUUGCUAGAGAGGUUAAAAGCAACAAAAAAGGCUUUUAUGGGUAUGUUCGUAGCAAAAGGAAGAACAAAGAAACAGUGGGGUCACUCAGUCUCAGGGAGAAGAUGGUGAAAUGCAAACAGGGGACACAGAAAGGGCUGAACUCCUCAAUGCCUUCUUUGCCUCAGUCUUCUCUGAUAAAGAAAACAAUGCCCGACCUGAAGAAUUUGGAGCAAAUGAUUCAGCAGAGGAAACACAGCCCAGAAUAACUGAGGAGAUAGUACAAGAAUACUUGGCUAGUUUAGAUGUAUUGAAGUCUCCAGGGCCAGAUGAACUGCAUCCAAGAGUAUUAAAAGAACUGGCAGAUGUGAUCUCAGAACCACUGGCAGUCAUCUUUGAGAAUUUCUGGAGAACAGGCGAAGUCCCGGCAGACUGGAGGAGGGCAAAUGUUGUCCCUAUUUUCAAAAAGGGGAAAGAGAGGACCCAAAUAAUUACCGCCCAGUCAGUCUGACAUCAAUACCAGGGAAGAUUCUGGAGCAGAUCAUUAAGCAAACAGUCUGUGAGCACCUAGAAAGGAAUGCUGUGAUCACCAAUAGUCAGCAUGGAUUUCUGAAAAAUAAGUCAUGUCAGACUAACCUGAUCUCGUUUUUGACAGAAUUACAAGCCUGGUAGAUGAAGGGAAUGCAGUGGAUGUAGCCUACCUUGAUUUCAGCAAGGCAUUUGACAAGGUGCCCCAUGAUAUUCUUGUAAAGAAGCUGGUAAAAUGCAGUCUUGACUAUGCUACCACUCAGUGGAUUUGUAACUGGUUGACUGACCGAACCCAAAGGGUGCUCAUCAAUGGUUCCUCUUCAUCCUGGAGAAGAGUGACUAGUGGGGUGCCACAGGGUUCUGUCUUGGGCCCGGUCUUAUUCAACAUCUUUAUCAACGACUUGGAUGAUGGACUCAAGGGCAUCCUGAUCAAAUUUGCAGAUGACACCAAACUGGAGGGGUGGCUAACACCCCAGAGGACAGGAUCACACUUCAAAACGACCUUGACAGAUUAGAGAACUGGGCCAAAACAAACAAGAUGAAUUUUAACAGGGAGAAAUGUAAAGUAUUACACUUGGGCAAAAAAAAUGAGAGGCACAAAUACAAGAAGGGUGACACCUGGCUUGAGAGCAGUACAUGUGAAAAGGAUCUAGGAGUCUUGGUUGACCACAAACUUGACAUGAGCCAACAGUGUGACGCGACAGCUAAAAAAGCCAAUGCAAUUCUGGGCUGCAUCAAUAGGAGUAUAGCAUCUAGAUCAAGGGAAGUAAUAGUGCCACUGUAUUCUGCUCCGGUCAGACCUCACCUGGAGUACUGUGUCCAGUUCUGGGCACCACAGUUCAAGAAGGACAUUGACAAACUGGAACGGGUCCAGAGGAGGGCAACCAAAAUGGUCAAAGGCCUGGAAACGAUGCCUUAUGAGGAACGGCUAAGGGAGCUGGGCAUGUUUAGCCUGGAGAAGAGGAGGUUAAGGGGUGAUAUGAUAGCCAUGUUCAAAUACAUAAAAGGGUGUCACAUAGAGGAGGGAGAAAGGUUGUUUUCUGCUGCUCCAGAGAAGCGGACACGGAGCAAUGGAUCCAAACUACAAGAAAGAAGAUUCCACCUAAACAUUAGGAAGAACUUCCUGACAGUAAGAGCUGUUCGACAGUGGAAUUUGCUGCCAAGGAGUGUGGUGGAGUCUCCUUCUUUGGAGGUCUUUAAGCAGAGGCUUGAUAUAUGUCAGGAGUGCUCUGAUGGUGUUUCCUGCUUGGCAGGGGGUUGGACUCGAUGGCCCUUGUGGUCUCUUCCAACUCUAUGAUUCUAUGAUUCUAUUAUUAUGUACACCAAGCAAGUUUCAAGAGGCCCAUGGGCAAAAAAAUAAACAAAUUUGGGAACCACUGUUUUACAGAGUCUGUGGCCUUGACCUAAGUAUGUUUAUGCAUUAUACUUAUAUCCUACCUUUUAUGGGAGAGGCUAAGAUAGUAGUGAUUGGACAAAGGUUACCUCAGCUCCAUGGCUGAGUGGGGAUUUCAACCUGGAUCUCCCCAGUCCCAGCCACUCUCAUGACUGGCUCUAUGGUUAUACCUCAUUCUGUAUCUAGGAUCCUCCAUUCAAUCAUUCUCACUAUUGGCCUUUCAUGUUAAGUUGCCAUCCAAACAGCUGCCAAGUCUUUCUUCCCACAUACCCAGCUGUGUUGUUGGAUGCACACUAGUGACUAAUGUACCAACAGGGUAGACCAUCCUAGUUUUAGGCAUUGGCUCUGCUGUUGUAGUGUGGAGACUGUCCUGGAGCAUAUUCUUCCUUGGAAGUUCAUAUAAGGCUGCAUGGCUUAUUUGCUAUGGCUCAAUAUAUUUUGCACCUGGUCUCUUUUCUUACCAGCUGAACUGCUGAUAAAUUGAGCAAACCUGAGCAAAUGGCUCAGCUUCUCAGCUUCUCUCUGAAGCUGUUUUCUCCCUUCUCUACUCAGCCUCCCCUCCCCCCCUUGCCUCUUCAAAGUAUGCAGCUCCCCUCAAAUUGGAAGUGUUUGGCUGAGAACAUUUAGCUGAGCUCUGCGUCCUUAGAUUUAUUCUCUCCCAUCCGCGACUGAAGAAACAUAAUCUUCCUCCAUGCUGUUCUGUCCCCAGUCUUUACCAAGUCAUCAACCGCCUGCCUCCUCUUCUCCCCACCCACUGCCUUAAGGUCAUGAACCUUUUCAUUCCUGAAAUAUUUGAUUUUAAGUCUUUAGUUUUUAAAUAUCUCAUGAGAAUCUGUGAGGGGGAGGGAUUACGGAGCAGGCGAAGGAUGAUUCAGCUCAACAAUGUAGCUGUGGUCGGGUUUUACUGCUCUCGUGUGAUGUCUAGGAUUCAAGAGUUGCCAUGGCAUUUCUGAUUCUCAGAACCAUGGGGAACUGCUCUGGUAGGCCUGAAUUCUGUGAUUACUUUUAGCAAUUGCCCUCUCUUAAAGUCUCAUCACAUGAAUCAGCACCAUUUGUGUAGUUUUGACCCUGACUAGCCUCUUGGCUCUAUACCAUUAUACCCAGUUCCUUCAACUUUUCCUCACAGGAAUUGUUUUCCUGUGACCAUCUUUGUUGCUCUCCUCUGAACCUGUUUCUCUUCCACUAAACCUUUUCAAAAUUGUGGUGAUCAGAACUGGACACAAGGAGAAUAGCGUGCACUUGGAAAUUCAGAAGGCAAACGGCACAAUUCGCUUUUGUGGCUUGAAGAAAAGUCAGGAACUAUAGCAAUUGGUGGAGUAGAGCAAGAAGAAAUCCUAGAUAUUUUGUUGUUUCCUGUUUGGUAUUUGUGCUUAAAACUAAUAAAACAGAACUACAGAGAGAGAGAGAGAGAUGGUAUUGGUGUACAUAAAUGACUUGGGACCAAAGUACUUAAAAGAGCACCUCUCCCAAUAUCUACCAACCAAAGCCUUUAGGUCUUUGUGGGAGACCCACCUUGCAGUGCCACCUGCAGGUAUAGCUCACUGUGUAUUGAUGUAGGAUGGAGCCUUCUCUGCUAUGACACCCUGGGUGUGUCAUACCAUCCCUAUAAAGAUGCAGGUGGUCCUUGGGCAGACUUCUCAGCAUCAGUUGAAGAUGCACUUGUUCCUUCAAGCCUUUGGAGAGUAAAUAUUAUCUGGAGUACAACAGUUACUAUUCUGUUUACUUCUCUAUUGAAGAUUACUUACAGUAGUAACAUUUCUAUAUGCUCUUUUUAUGUUUUAAUAGUUGUUGUGUGAUACCUUGUAUCUCGUCUGAUUACUCUGCAAGUCACAUGGGAUGAAGGGUAGUUCCGAAAUGAAAUAAAUAAAUAAAUAAAUAAUGAAUGGUGGUGUCCAGAUCUGAUACCAGAAGCAUGACUUUCAUACUGUUUUGUGAAGAGCCAUUAUUUUGCACCUUCACAGUGCCCUGUCCAAGGUGCUGACAAAUGGACCACCUUGUUUAUACUGGACCCUGCAGUACUUGCCAUCACUUCUGUUUUACCUGCUGUGACCUGAACUUGACUCUGUCCUGCCUGUCUUGAACUCCCCUUACUAGAUGUGACUCUGCCUUAUCUGUUGUUAUGCUGCUCAUCCAGUAAGUGCCACUGUGCCAUUAUCACUCAGGUACUGUGCACACCCUAAGUUAGCUGUGCAAAUGCAAGACUGAGGGCAUGAAUAGUUAUAGCCAGAUGUAGACAUUUCAAAAUGUGUGCUUUCAAAACCAGGAUUGCAGGGGUUUAGUUGCUGGAAUUGAUGUCUUAAGCAGAAGAAAGUGUGGACCCUGGACCCUGAGAGGGCAGCAGGCAGAACUUUCUGCUUUAUGGACCAGGAAAGGACAGAGGGCCAGGAUUCAAGUGUUUGUUUCAUGUGUGGCUCCCUGCAUUGCCCUAACCUCUCUUCUCCUCCAGUACUUUAAACUGCCGUCAACCUUUCAGCUUAAUGGAUACUGUGGAAAGGCCCAUGGACUCUGUGGCCGUUUCCUUCACCAUCUCAUCAGGGAGCAAGCAACAGACCACUUACCUCCUUUUGGCUUAACUGUAGGGUUCUACCAUUGUUGGGCUUAUGUAUGAUGCUGCUCUCUGCUGCCAGCAUUCAUUAGAAGCAUGAGGACUGUGUGCAUAUGCAGUAUUUUCUGUCACAGCAGGUUAAGAGUGUGUGCAUGGGUGAUUUGUUUGUUCAAACACUACUUUCUUGCAUACCUCUAUGGGUAUGCUGGUAGGAAGGAUUUGACUGAAUGCUUCCUGCUGUUUUCUCACACUAGGCAUCUGCAUGUGGGACAUCCCAUUUGAAAAUAGGAUGCCCCCACUUGCUCCAUGGCAGCUGGGAUUCUCCCACCACCCAUCCUCAACCUAGAAUAUGAAUCCAACCCAUUUAGUGUAGAGAACAAAGAUCUUCCUGAACUGAGAAGCCACUUGGUCACAUGGAACAUGCUCAGCUUCUUUGUUUUCUUACCAUGGGGAAAACAGAGCAGAUGAGAGUAGGAGAUGAGAUGAAAAGCAAAGGCGGCAUGGGGGCGGGAAUGAGCCUCUCCAACAAGGAGAGAACAUUCUCCCUACUAAGCCACCUACAAAUAUAGCUCUUAAUAGAAAAGGCAGCUCAUUUGGAAGUGCUGUUUUAGCGACAUGUUUGCUGCAUGUGCCAUUGCCGAGUCUGGAUCUGCUGGAUCUGGCUCAGGAACCUCUUUUAUUAAAAGAAAGAGAGAGAGAGAGAGAGAGAGAGAGAGAGAGACUCUAAACCGUAAUUUGUUUGUGAACAGCAACCAGCAAACACUUAGAAAACUGGUCUUAGUGAUUGUACAGUACUUACCAUGAUUUAAUUGUCUUUGAAUGAAAUCUCAUUGUUAAAGGAGGACUCCAAAGAUGACCAAUCUAACAAGCUAUGUUAUAACUGUACCAUGGUUAAGAUCUAAUCAAAUGUGUGCAGGGGAGAGACAUGCUUUUAAAUGAACUGUUGUCUGUUGAAAGCUAAGCAAAACAAUCUACGAAGCUGGUUAAAAGUGGAGAGUAGAAGAGAAUCAUGCUGAGUUGGUGCAGUCUUAAUUGAAGUAAUAAUAAUAAUAAAUAGCAGUGUGCAUCAGAAUUGGAUGAAUCAUGAAGCAAGGCAGCUCAGGUGAAGCAGGAUCUGCAUGAGUCAAAAUGGGGGUUGGGGCUGAAGCGCUUCAUGGUCCCUCAGCAAUCCAGAUAUCAAAAAUUGCUGCAGACAAGCUCUGCUGAAAGCAAAAUUAAUGUGUCUCACCUUAUUACAAUGCCAGGGUAGUGAGAUGGAGCAAUUGAGAGCAAUCACUAGAGUGGUGGCAAGCCAGAUGACGAGCUCCAUUGACAGUGGGCAAGCCCCACUGACAGAUCAAGUUCAUAAUCCAGCAGUGGGGAACCUCUGCCCCACAAACCUAAUUAGGCCCACCAGCCUCCCAUUUUAACUUCCAGAUAUGAUGUCAGGUGUGGGGCAGGUAAAGAUGGGGUUUCCUGUCAAAAACAGGAUUUUCAGGCCCCACCAAUCAGCUGAUCUUCAGUGCCUGCAAAGUCCUGUGCCAUUGCAAGCACUGCUCUUUGCAAGCACUGCCAAUCUACUGAUUGUUGCCAUCUGCAAAGCCCUGCAGUUUGCAAGCAUCACCAAGCAAAUGAUCAAUGGAACAUGCAAAGUGCUGUGCUUUUUGCCCAUGUACUUUGAAUUCAAACUGCAUGGACUAAGGAAAGCAGGUCACCUGUCAUUGUGAUGUCAGGUGACUGACAGUAGGCGUGACCUUGCCUGCAACUUUCAUUGGAUUCCACCAAUUAUUAUUAUUUUUUAAAUCUAUAGAUGUUUAUGUAGAAAUAUAAAUAUAAAUAAAUAUAACGUAAAGGGUGCCCAACACAAAUAUUCCGUUAUUUGACAGGCUCUAGCAGUUCGAAAGCACGUCAAAGUGCAAGUAGAUAAAUAGGUACCACUCCAGUGGGAAGGUAAACGGCAUUUCCGUGCACUGCUCUGGUUCGCCAGAAGCGGCUUAGUCAUGCUGGCCACAUGACACGGAAGCUGUACACCGGCUCCCUCGGCCAAUAAAGCAAGAUGAGCGCCACAACCCCAGAGUCGGUCACGACUGGACCUAAUGGUCAGGGGUCCCUUUACCUUUACCUUUAUCCACUCUUCAGGGGCAAGUUUGCCUGCAAAUUUUGGCUACUUUGUCAAAAGUAGGGGUAUUACCACUAUUUAAAAAAAUCAGUAGUAAAUUGGGAAGAGGAACAAUGCAUACUUGAAGAGACACUGAGACAAGUUAGGCAGUGUACAAGAGCAAAGGUAGGCCAUUUUCUAAAAUGCCAGAUGGGGCUCUGAACCAAAUCUUGUGGUUGAUGCACUCCUCUAAUAAUAAUUCUUAAAAGCUCAACAAAUUUCAAAUACAGCUGUUCUCAGAGUUAUUGAGCUGUAACUUUCUGAGGAUUUUCUUUGAAAUUGUAGGAGGGAGGCACAAGGAAGCUAUUGCUCCUGUGGAUGGUUUUAAUUGGAACACACUGGGCAUUUUAUGACUUCAGUUUUCCAAGAAUAAGCUGCCUAGUACCAGCUUGUGACUCACGCACCCUCCCCUCUUUCUCGCACUUGCACACAUUUCACCAAAUUGCUGCUGUCUCUCCACUUUGAAGGAACAGGGGAAGAAUGUCUGGAGUAGGCAUUUAAGGAAGAUGAUGGGACAGGGAAGGUAGGAGCCAGUUUUUCGUUAACAGGUGAUUGAGUGCCAUGUAACUAAGCCUGUACUGGGGUGAGGAACCCGUGGCUCAUCUGAUGUCUCUGGACUGUCUCCCAUCAUCAUUAGUUAUUACCAUGUUGGUUGAAGCUGAUGGGAGUGGGAGUCAAAUAGUCCAGGUUCCCCAUCCCUGGCAUUUGCAAACUAGAGCAGCCUCCAAAGCAAUCUCCUUCCCCACUGUCUGGGAGAGGUGUGCCAGUAUGAGCACAAAAGAAAGUGCCAUGUGUGCUUCCCCAGCCUUUUCUUUUCUACUCCAGCUAAACAGCCCUUCAUAACCAAUAUGGUGUGCAAAGAGUUCUCAGUCCAACAGUGAUGUUAUAGUAAUGUCUGCAGUGUCUUGAGGAUGCGUUUAGUCUUCUUUGAAAAAUGUCCUUUCAAGAGCUGUAGCCCAUAGCUAUUCCCCACUCAUGUGCAGAGAGCAAUUUUAUUUUUCCCCAUCAUGAUGCAGCUGUAGUGACAACUUGUCGGACCGGCUUAGCAUCACUUUGGAAGUGCUAUGACAUCCUCUCCUGCUCUCAGAUGCAUUCUUCCCUCCAGGCACAAGAGCAUAUCGAGAAUGAUAUAUCUUAGGAGCACCGCCUGGCUUGGUUUCCUGGCCCCCACUCCCAUCAUCAUCAUGGCAGACCGUGGUUGGAAGUGACACGGCUUUGGAUUUGUAGAAUGUCAGGGUUCUUAGGAUGGAUGUAGCAAACUCCCUCCACCCACCCACUGUCAGAGUGAGAAACCACCCACCACCUUUCCAGAGGGCAGGAGCAAACUUUUGUUUCUUAAUAAUGCCACACAAUUCUCCUCCAGCCUGUACUUUCAGAAUGCUGUCAGUAUGCAGGCCUGUUGCUAGUGGGUGUUGUCAGCCUUCUGCCUAUUCUGUCCAAUGCCAUCUUGGAAGCAGAUUUAUAGUGGUGGACAACAGAAUGAGUUCCAUUCCCAUAUGGCUUGCAGUGCGCAGAUGGCUUUUCUGAGAAGUUGCUUCAGCUACUCAUACAUAUGUGGUUUCUGGUACAAAUUUCAAAACUGUGGCACCCAAUGAAAUGUAAAAUCCUACUAUCUGUCUCAAACCCGAGGGUGUGGGGCAUCACCAAAGAGAUCCCAUUUUAUGCCAUGCUAGGAUUGCACCUAUAACAGCGUUUGAAAUUCUCCAGGCGUCAGGCACAUUUUGCACCUGGCUAUCAGCCGCUUGCAAUCAAGUGAAGCUGCCCAGGUGCCAGGAUGGUGCCCGAUGUCUCCACCAUCUGGAGGUGCAUGCCUGAGGAACCUUGGAUCUUGACUGUUUUCACACAGUAGCAACAUACCCUGUAGAUUUCUUUUCAUAAUAUUUUAUCUGCACAGCCAGAAUGAAUUUCAACAACCAACUUGAAGCCAUUGAAAAAUAUGACUUUUGAGCUGCCUGGCCUCCAAAUGGCAACUAGGUAUAAUAAUAAUAAUAAUAAUAAUAAUAAUAAUAAUAAUAAUAAUAAUUUAUUAUUUAUACCCUGCCCAUCUGGCUGGGUUUCCGUUUUGGCAACUGUAACUCUGGUUUAAGGAGGCAUUUGGUACCUAGCUUAGCGACUCACUAAGCUAUAUCUGAGUUUCUAACACUAAUCUGUAAUAGCGAAAGUUUCCCAAAAUGCGUGUCAUGAUCUCAGUGAAAGAGGGGAAGGAAUUGGGUACCUGUGGUGACAUCCUGUAGUGGAAGAACCAGUCCAAACUUUUCCUUAAUCCAAACAUUUUGCAGUUUGGCACUAGCUUUGAGGUGGUUUGAAGCACAGAGAAAAAGAAACCACCCAAUUCUCAUUCACCACUCUCUCCUAGGGAACUUCCAUUCCUGGACUCAGAUACUCCAAAGGCUCUGCACUUGAAUCUGUUGCCAGGAUCAGUGAAUGGCCUUUGAAUGUGUGACAAAAUUGUCUGCUUCCUUAGCUGUUCUAUUAACCAGUGAAUGGUUGAUUGAGAGAUUGCCUGCCUAUUUCCUGCUCAUCUUCUUUUGGAUUUGACACAGGGCUCCCUGUUGUGACUUGGGGGGAGGUGUGGCAACAAGGUCUUCAAAGCCCUCUCACCCCAAAAGGAAUCUUGUACCUAUAUGUGGCUUUGAAGUGCAGCAGCCCAUGUCUAAUGACUUCCCUAUUCCUCUGACACUGAAUGUUCCAUUACCUCAUCAACACACUGGAGAUAAUUGGCAGGUUGUGAGGAAUCUAUUGCCUCUCUAAUUGGACCCAUACCUUUUAUGAAUGUACAGGGCAAGGUUGAUUCCAUCUCUCAGGAUAGCGUGAGUCGGUGUACCAACCUGACCCAUAUAUUGACAUCUGGUUUGUGUAGCCCUCUCAGUUCUUUGCCGGCAGCAGUUUCCACACAGGCUACGACAGGCUUCCGGCCAUGUCAUUUUGCCACAAGUGUAUUGCCAAUAUGUGCCAGAUUCAGCUCAGAUCCCUGUUUGACAUAUGCCACCACAAAUGUCGCUUUUUGAGUCCAGCUUGUGGCUGCAGCAUACCAAUGUCUUGUUGGGUCUGGCGUGGUUGGAAAUCCACAUGGACUGACUGAAAACCUGCUCUUAGAUACUGAAAUUGUGAAUUGGCCCAUAGGGAAUGGAAAGUAAGAGCAACUUUUUAUAGCUGGAAAGGGAAUUCUCAAUGGACACAGCUGAAAUAGAACAAAAAAUACCCUGCACUUAAAUAGAAUUCAGUAUUUAAUAUUUACUGGCUGUGGGGGCAAUGUGGGGUAGGGAGGAAAAGUUAGUGCUUCAGAAUUUAGAUGGAAAGUUUGCUUGGCAAGCAUGCAAAUGCUUCCAGCACUGAUUCGUUUUUUAAAAAAUUCCCCGUGCCAAAUAAACUUAGGGAUCAUUUCCCACUUCUAGAUAACAUGAAUAUGCACAAUAUAUGAGAAAGAUGCAUCUUUCCCCCAGGAAGAAUAUGCAGCCUGUUUCUGGAAGUUAGUUAGUUUGUAUGGGAUAGAUCAGGCAUCCUCAACCAACCUUUGGCCCUCCAGAUGUUUUGGACUACAAUUCCCAUCAUCCCUGACCACUGGUCCUGUUAGCUAGGGAUCAUGGGAGUUGUAGGCCAAAACAUCUGGAGGCCCACAGGCUGGGGAUGCCUGGAUAGAUCUAACUCUACAAUGUGAAUAUCACCACUUCCUAGGCACAUGCCUUUUUCUUGCUACCUCCUUGGGGAAGAGCAGAGAGAGAGAAUCUGAAGAGGCUUAGAACUGUGUCUUGUUAUAUGACUUUUAAUAAUGCUCCCCUCCCCUUUAACGUGCUUUUAAAAAACUAUGUGAAUUUGUUCUAAUGUAUCACGUAUCCAGGGAAACAGCCAUUUAUAGCUUGAUCCAUAGUCCCUGGAAAUCUGGUUGCUGAAUUUCAAGUGAUCUAGUGGAUAUGUGAUUUUCUUUCCUGUGUUCAUACCCAUUCUUAGCAAUGCUGUGAUUCUGCCAUAUUUGCUCUAGAGCAGCCUUCCCCAACCUGGUGCCCUCCAGAUGCUUUGGACUACAACUGGUAGGAGUUUUGGUCUAAAACAUCUGGAAGGCACCAGGUUGAGGAAGGCUACUCUAGAGAAACAACAUCUGGGCUCUUCAAGCGAGGGGGCACAUGCAUUGCCUCUGCCUUGUUUGAAAACAGUGGGACUGAAUAUAUAUGAAAUGGGGUGGGGUGGUUUAAUUAUGCAGAUUAGGGGAAAAUAAAAAAAACAUGUUGGGGUAUAUUUGUGUGCCUGCAUGGCACACCUAACUCUCAAAUGUUUUUUAAUAGCCCAUGUUACCUUACAAGCCUCCCCCUCUGUCUAAUCUCUGUCUACUUUGAUCUGCCCUUGGCAAUCAAGACAUUGCAAAUUUUUACCAAUGUCCAGUCAAACAGCAGUUCAGAAUUCCAAGAAUGAUUCCAAGUGGAAUAAGCAUAAGUAAAGUCCAUCCAUGCUGCCAUUUCAACGUUUGACCUUCUCACAUACUUACAUGUCUUUAUUUAUGGCAGAGCCUGAUGUUCCAAAGGGAAAAGGGGCCAUUAAACCAGUUUCAGAAUUUAAGGAUGAGAAACCCUUCCUGAUCCCAAGCAAGACAGUUUAAAGCCUUUUAUUCAUCCAGUUCUGUUUAGAUGCUAUUUCAUGUGUAUCUCAAAUUUUAUAUUCCUUACCUUCACCUCCCUGAUAACAGGGGAAUUGUCUUUUGAUCUUGAUCCUUAAUAUAUGAAUGAGUUGGCAAAAUGUCCAUCAUUGUCACCAAGGUAAAUGGAAGCAAAAAGAGCGCCUGCAAAUUGCAAGGCCCCCUGGAUUCAUUUGCUUCCAUCUGUGGUGGUGUCAAUCAGUGGAAGCUGGACCACCAAGUGUCAGGGGCAGCAGAGGGAAAGCUUUUCUCCCUGUGCAGUUGUAUCUUAUGUGCAGCCUUUUCCUUUUUCCUGUGGGAGAGGAUGGCAGCCAUUCACUUAUAUGCAAUCAGCUAAGGAGUCUGCUCAAUGACACUUAAUCACAGAAAGACUAUACCUGCCCCCUGAACACUCCAGUUGGCUUGGGAGCUCAUAUUUGGCCCAGCCUUCAAUGGUCUUGCAAAGUGCAUUCUACUUUUUGGCAGAUAGUAGCCAUUGAGACUCAAGCCUACACUUCUCUUUAUAGCCUGCUCCCUCAUUCCAUUUCUCGGCUACUGUAGAUGUCAGGGAAAUGCAUUAACUGCCUCUCUUUGUGACACAGAUUACUACAAGUACGCCUCCUCAGGUUCUAUGAAAAGUAAGGUACAAACAUAAGGGAAAAUAUUAAUAGCCAUUAUUGUACCCAUUCUUCCCUUUAGCUGAAAGAGGUGUGUUUGAUCAAGCUUUUCUUGUAACAUGAGUUCUUCACUUUUAAGAUUGUUCUAGCUUCUGUUCUUUGUAUUUUGUUCCAGUUCGUCUUUCUUUUCGGUUCAUCAUCGGUGCUCAGAAAUUUUGCGCCAAACUUUUGCAUGUGCCUACUUGUGUGCCAUUUAGCAGCACCCAGUUCUAACUUGGCUGACGCUGCAUUUCAUUGCUUCCCUCUUAAAGUGAAGCCCACUCAGGAUUAGGAACAGAAAAUAGGCAAAUGCAGAAUUUUUUGGCUCUGGGGUAAUUCAUCACUGCUUCCCCUCUUUCCUCUGAACAAAAGAGAAGCCAAGAAGCAUUAAAGGAGCUUAUUUCUGGGUGUCUAGUUCAGCCGAAACUUUCACACUGAGGAAACUUACCCAGCCUGUCUCAAUGCAGAAGCUGCUCCCCAUCUGUCACCAGCAUUGUCAGCACUGCUGGAGAAGGAAAACACUUCAGUUCAUUGACAGCUGGAGCUGUGACACGAGUGAUUUGGCGGCGGCAGAGCUGACAUAGGGAGCUGUGUUUUGCAAGGGCAAGCAAAGAGUUGCAAGAUGGUAAGCCACCAUCUUGCAGAACUCAUAUACCUCUUAAGCACAAGGCUUCCCCAAAGAAUCAUGGGAACUGUAGUUAAGGGUGCUGGGUAUUAUAGCUCUGUGGGGUGAACUACAGUUCCCAGGAUUCUUUGCGGGAAGCCGUGUACUUUACAUGUAUGAUGUGGCCGUGACUCUUUUUAUGUUUCUGAUGGAAGCAACUAAUGGAACCAAAUGACCACGAUUCUUAGGACCUGAGACACAUGGCUCUUGGGAGGUGUUUCCCCCUGCCACCCUCCACAAUCCCUUAUCUACACUGGCUCCAUGCUUGUGGUAAAUAGUCUGGUUGUUUCAACAGGUCUUUCUGAGCAGAAGCUGCAGUGUCUAGGGAGUCACAAAUUUUGACAGACCUCAGUACCCCCCAAAAAAAUUGUUGCCACAACCUACCCCUGCUCACUCCGGCAAAAAAGGGAAUGGCCUUUAUUUAUUCAUAUAUUUCUAGUAUUUCUUACCUGGGUUUUGUUUGACAUCAGCCUGUACUCAAGGCCUUGGUGACAGAGUGAGUGUUUGCCCUUUUUCCUAGCUCUGAACUGAGGAGAGGUCUCUGCUUUGUUGUGCCAAGUCUCAGAAACAAUCAGCAGCAGGAAAAGAGAAGAAGAAGAAACCUCACUGAUCUUUCAGGUGUCUCCAGGGCAUAACACACAUUCAGGGAGCCUGGGCUCCAUGUUCAGCAGGAGAAGGGUAAUUGUCCCUGAUGCUGCACUUUCCAGAUAAAAUGAUGUGAAGGGCAUUUGUAGACCCUUGGCACUGCAGUGUUGGGUUCUGCUGCAAACCUGAGCUGUAGUCAAAAACAGAGGGAUUUUCAUCCAAACACAGAUGGCAACUCACAGCAAAUAUAUGCUGAUAAAUUUAAACUGCAUAAUUUGUUCUAAUCACAGGACUUUGGUUCCUUUUUGAAAUUAUUAUACAUUUAAAGGUAUAGUUAACAUGAAUAAAACCCAUAUAAAUUGUAGCAUUAUCUAACAUGUUCUGCUUACCAGUGAACUUGGAAAACUGGGCAAUUCAGCUUGCUAUGUAUAUGGUUGUGGUUUUUGUAUAUAUUUGCUUUAAAUCAGUAACCAUCGCCUUGCAAAUCAAAUGACAAUCUUGAAAUUAAGGAUGAUUUCUGCUGAAAGUGGUUGGGAUUGCAUCGUAGUCCCAAUGGCUAUGGCAGCAUUUUUCAAUGGAGACUCGUUAAAGAGAAUUGGUUUCUAAAAUCCAAGCUGGAUUUAAUGUCCAAAGCUGCUUCUUUUUGUCAAAGUCAAAUGCUUAACAACCACAUCUAUGCCCAAGAAGAAACCCACCCUAGUAGAUACUAAUUUAGAAGGGUCCAAUGCAAAGGUCUAGAUGUAGCAAAUGAUUGAGGCCUUGGGAUUGAGCAGGAUGUCUAGGGGUAAGUCUUUUGACCAUUUAGGUUUUCAUAGGAGUUUAUAAAUGUCCUCAGGAAUCCAAUUUGUUUGCUUCUGGUCUAAGAUAAGAAAGAGGCUGAUAAUCCCACUUUCUAAGUAUGUUACAUGUUGGGAGAUUUGUGUUGAACCUUUUGACCAGUCUUGGAGAUGACUUUUUACAAUGGAAGAGGCAAACUCCAUGCCUGAUUUCUAACAUGGAUCAGAAGUGGGGGGCACACCUGUCUACAAAUUGCUCUGACCAGGAAGCCCAUACCCAGAGGUGUGGUGGGAAAGCAUUUUGCACAUGCUCAAGUGUAUGCUUAUCUCACCUCUUUCAGAGCUGAGCACUCGCUCUGGAAAUCUGUUUUGAAAUACGCUGGUUCAGGUUAUGCCUUGUUCACACAUCUUGGAAAGGGAGGUGCUACAAAGAAGCUCCCUAGCUUCCACAGCCCCCCCCCCACAAGGUAGGACCACUGAGAGGAGCCCUUUGUGUAGUUCACACAUGGGGGAGAACCACCACCACCUGCAUUCUGAUACCUCAGUCUGAACAUGGAGAAAUAUGAAUUUCAAAUAUAUGGCAGUUCAGUAGCUUUAGGCAGAAGAGUGAGCAUGGGUGAGAUCUUCCAAGUCAAGGCCUCAUACUUGACUUUGUGUUUCUAAUUUAGGUAUUUCAUUAAAGAGUUAGCAUAAAGCAAGACAGAAAGUAUAGGGUGCAAUGAAUAAAUAUAAGCAAUAUAGUCUGCUAACUCAAGGUCAGGGAACCUAUGGUCUUCCAGAUGUUUCUGGACAUAGACUCCCUUCGUUUCUGACCACUGGCCAAGCUGGUUUGCGUUGGUGUGAGUUAUAGUCCAAUAACAUUUGGAGGGCCACAAUCCCCAACCCUCACUGUUAGGCUCCAACUGACUGGUCACUUGCUUCCUCCUGGCCCAGAGCACCACAUAAAAUUUGCUAGCCCUUUGCUAGCCAUUGAAAGUUUGCUUGUUCCCUGCCAGAACAGAACCUAUGCCACUGGCAUGAAGAAUUGUGCUACACUGGAACUGAUUUUAGGGUUUGUCUAGCCUCAAGAGGUUAGACCACAAGACUGUCUCACUUGCUGCCCUACAGAGGUUGCUGCACUCCAACUCCCAUUGGCCCCAGUAAACAUGACUUAUAAGCAGGGGUGAUGGGAGUUGUAGCCCAGAAACAUCUAGAGGGCUGCCGAUUAGCCACUCCUGGUUCCACAGGUAUGCAGGAUGGCCAGACUUAGCACGUUUUGAGCCCGUGGAAAAAGUUAUUGGGAGGUGUAAAGGGAAACCAUCUACUCCUUGUUUACCAACAGGAUGGAACCAAGGGGAAAGUAUCCAGGUGUGCAUAUGUGUUUCUGAUAAGAUUGAGAAGGAGAAGAUUGGGGUUUUGCCUUGUUUCAGGUGGAAAGGAGGUCUUUGACUGUUUGAAGAAUCAAAACAUCCGUAUCAGGAUGAGAUUAUCAGGAAAGUUGACCCCAGAACUACUGCAAUACAGUGUUUUGCAUCAUUCUGGGUAGAUUCACAUAUAAAUGUCAUAUGAAUUAUAAAUUGCAUAUAAAUGCAUGUGUAUGUAGUCUUCCUCUGUUCUGCAGUGAUGGCUUGGAGCCUGCAAGGGUAGAAUCUGAACUGGUAUAUUGGACCACAUCUGCUCAUUAGGUGACUCACAGUUAGGGAACAUCAGAAGAUAAUUCUAGAGCUGUGUUUAAUGAACUAAUGAAAUUCGCACAGACACAUGGAGAGGGGGAGAGUAUGUUUUUUAAAAAAACAAAAAACCUAACAACAUAGACCGCAGCCUAGCAACAGCAUGAUGCACCAAUAGAGAAACUGGAACAGUCAAUUCCUCUGGGGGAAAACAAAUGUGUUUCCAGUUUGAUUUCCUUUGAAAACUGCACAAAGGAAAUAAGCAAGGAACUGUUCCUUCCACUCUUCCUGAUUUGUUAUAGAAGCAGAUAAAUGUUGUCUGUAAAUACAGCAUGCAAGUUAAUUCAGGAAGCCCCUUCUGUGCAGAAUGAUAAAUGCCCAUACAGCCAAUAUCCUUGCCUCUUGUGAUCUGGACUUGUUUGUAGAAAGCAUGUCCCAGAAGGAAGCACUAUGGAAUUACACUCUCCCCCCCAACUGCAUGCGCAUAGCAAGGUUGUACUGCAGUGGCCUCUUGUGGCACUUUUUUCCCCUUGGCAAAAGCAAGGAGAGGAGCUGGAUCUCCUUAGGAAGGUGAGGCCUAGGCACAUCUGAUAAUGGAAGGCCUUGGGUCAGUCAGUCUGUCGGUAGGUGGCAGUAGAGAGAUUCCUUUGGUAUAGUACGGUGGUAUCAAUUUGUAGGUCUCUGUAUCUUAGUUCUCUGGUUUAAAAUCUGUUGUCAGGGAACCAUCUGAGAGAAAUAAUCAUUGUGCUAUUGGCUCUUCUCUCCCAUGUUGUACAAAGCUCCAUCCUCUACAAAAGCACAUGUGUCACUUCCAAUUCAUCUAUCAUGGCUGUGAGGAAGGGAAGUAAUAUAUCAACACUCAGACCUGCCAGCCAGAUGGCAUCUGUCCAUGCCUCUGUGUUGUUCUAGUUAUUGCCAACACCUGUCUCCUAUCUCCCACCCAAACUGGAGGCUGAUGACCAUUCAGGGGUUGAAAAGGCAGCAAUGGCUUCAGCCCUUUAAGUAUCAAGUAGGCAAAGGGAAGCAUGAAUAUGGAAGUUGCCUGGUGGGUGAUUCCUGGCCAAGUGACUUACCUCAAGGGCUUAGUGCACGUGUCAUAUUCUCAAAGGGCCUGUGAUAGGCUUUGCCCAGAAAGACUCUCCAUCUCCUUUAGUAGGGCAUUCUGUUUGAAGAGUGGCAAAAGGAUAAAAUGGCUGCUAGCAAUUAAUUAAGUGUGUGUGUGUAAUUUAUAUGCUGCUUUUCAGGGCAAAGCUUACAAGAAUGAAAACUACAACUCUUCCCACCAGCCACUGGCAUUCAGAAGCAUACUGCCUCCAGCUGUGGAGGGAGUAGAUAGCCAUUGUGGCCAAUAGCUUUAGAUAGCCUCAUCCUCCACAAAUUUGUCUAAUCCUCUUUUAAAGUCAUCCAGGCUGGCAGCCAUCUCUACCUUUCAUGGGAGUGAAUUCUGUAACUUAACUUUGUCCUGUGUGAAGAAAUUCUCUCAUUUAUCAGGCCUUAAUCUUCAUUGGAUGACCCGAGUUCUAGUACAGUAUCUAUACUUCUAUAAUUUCUCCUUUUACUCAACCUUUAUGUAAAUUAUCCCCCCCUGCCACUGCUGCCAAAGGUUAUGCCCUUUCCUCAUUGGGGAGUUGAUCCCACCCCUGGUAAUUUUGGUUUUUCUCUGCCUUCUGAAAGGAGUGAGGCACACUGUCUUGCAACAACUUUGUAGAUUAUCUACCUGCAGCCGCUGCAUUGCUUCUGUUUGCUCUGUAUAAACUGAAUGAUUUUUUUGCAUUGUUUACUCUUGCUAACAUCCUGUCUGAUAUUUGAACCCUCUACUUUGCUCAUUUUCCUUCGCCUGAGCAACCACAGUGCAGGUAGAUGGCAGCAUAUGUCUGUUUUUAUACUCCUUCCCUUGUGCAGCAUGAGAUAUCAGCAUGGUAAACUUGCCUCCCACCUGUGCUAGCUCACCUACAGGUAGAAGGCCAACUCAGAAUGACACCCUUGGGGAAAUGAUCGCUGUACAACCUAUAGGGGAGCCUCUGCUGCUUCUCCGUCUGUGGCAAUGUGUGGAUUUUUAGGCCUUUCCUGUCCCAUUUUCUUCUUCUACGGAGCAUAAUUUGGAAGUGUGUGAGUGUUUUUGAUUCUUAUCAAUUCCAUAUGCAGUGUGCCAUCAUUGUCCCUCUAGCUGUCCUUUCCCACUGCACUCAAGCUGUCCCUGCAGACUGCUGGAGUGUAGUCACAUUCCCUUCAUGCCUUCUUGGUUGCUGUGUGCUCAUCCUGGCCACUCUGCUUUAGAGGAAAUGGAAGAGAGAGAGACUGAUUUGAUGCCAUUGCUUACAACUUCUUUAGAACCUGGGGAUCUGGGUAUGCAGUACAGGCGUUAUAGGAGCACAUUGUAAGCAUGUAGUUAUCCAGACUUAGUGGGGUCCUUGAUGGGACCAUUGACAAAUCUCUGCCCAACCGACCAUGUGAGGGGGGGGGACCGGGGGAGUGAAGAAAAGAGCGCUCAAUGAGCUUUUGAUAUUCCUGGCUUCUUUUUGUGAUGGAUUUGGCAGCUCUCCCCACCUCUCUUUCUCUCUAUCCCUCUCUCUCAUCCCUGCACCUGAAGUGACUGACUUACGGAAAUUAUGCUUGUGCGCAAUUCUGACUGUGAUUGCAAAACCAAGAGGUAUGUAAUGUGCAGCAAUUAUUUGAGAGAUUGCAGACCUUCCGCUUAUUUUUUGAGAUGAGUGUUGAGAUAUUUCAUUUCCUUUUACCUUGCCGGAACUAUUAUUCCCUUUGUCCCUUUCCAUAAUGUCCAUUCCUGAGACCAGCCAUGGCAUUCCAUGAAACCUGGCUUUGCUUGAGCUUGUUAGUGUUGGGGUGGAGGACAGGCUAGUUCCCUUCAUUCUCAGCUCCUCCCCACCCCUUCCUCCUGGGAGCACCAUUAUUUUCUGCUACUAGAAAUCCCUGUGCUCUCCAUGUCUGUCAUGUUGUGUUCUUCAGCAGAUGUUUUUGCCCACACAGUCUGGCUUAGGGUGAGGAGAGCAGAUUGCUGGCACACACUCAUCAAAGCCAUAAAGAUGCAGCAUCAAUGUUUUCUUAUCCUCAUUUCCUUCUUAAUGCUAAGUAACUGGAUCCAUUAGAGGAGCACCAGGAAGUUGAUACAGCAAACCCUUUACUAUUUGCCAACAGUGUAUUACGGAUGCACAAGCAUCUCUGAAGGUUUUAGCCAAUCCUUUUUAAUUGAUGUGUGCCAUGGAAUCUGGAUGCCCUGUGGCUGCUCCCAAGCUGAGGCUGAUUCCUAGUAUCUACAAGUGGUGAUUCCUUUGGGUGAGUUAUCUGUUCUGUUCUGGUCCUUCGGAGAAGCCCAUGGAGAAAGUCAGGUCAGUUGUCUCAGCACCAUGGAGAGCUCCGAGUGAGCAACUUGCACUGAUAAAGAUUGAAAGUGAACCGAGAGUUUUUGAGACAAUUUUCCCAAUCUGACACUCUCCUAUGUUCUUCCUCCCUUUGGAGAACUAGAGUCUUUUAAGAGUAUUAACCCUCAGGCCUGAAGAUGGUUACUUCUCCAACAUACACUACCCAUACCAUUGAGCUAGUAAGAUAACGUGAGAUGCGUUCAGUUCCUUAAGCCUGCAGGAAGGCACUCAUGGAGCUUUGGUUCUAUGGGCCAUUGUGCUGUGGCAUCAGGUUCGUUGGACUCCUGUCUGCCAAACUGGUUCAGUGGUACCCUGCUCACCAGCAUCAAGCUCAGAGCCAGAAGCCUGCCUGACUCCUUUCUCAAUGACACUAUAGCUACAGACUUUGUUUUCUGGUCACUGUUGGACUCCAUGGUCAUGACAUUAUGCAGCCAACUUUUUAUUUAACCCCCAUUUUCUCUUCUCCCCACUUCUACCCACCACACUGCAGCAUCCAACUGUACUUCCAUGUUUUCAUUCAGCUGAUGUAUACACAAAUGCAGAAUUUACAGAAACUUAACUGGUUGGGUGUGGAUUCCUCUCGUCAUUCAAUAGCUUUCCAAUGGGUGUUUAUCAGUCUCUAGUAUUUGGAUGCUGGAAAAGUUUGAGAAUGGAUAAUUCAGUAACCUGUCGACUCUGUGCAACAGUGUGUGCUUUGUGUUGUGCUGUUCUUCAUUAAAUAAAAUGGUUGUGCUUUGAUCAUGCAAAACCUGCUAAAGUCAAACAUUAGCCUUCAUUAAAUAAAAUGGUUGUGCUUUGAUCAUGCAAAACCUGCUGAAGUCAAACAUUCACCUUGCAGACUGAAAUGCACAUUCCUGGUAUAUGUGGGACCAUUGACAACUUGAUAUUUGACUGAGAUUCUUUUAAACGGAAUGCCUUCUGGUACACUAUGGGCAGGGGAAAUCUGUCACUUUUUGUCAGCCUCCAGUUGGGUUCAGAUCAUUUGUCCAAUUUCCAACAGUUUUGGGAUUGUUUCAAACCCACCAGUUUUCGUGAGAUCACCAGCUGUACCUCAAACUAGGAGUUUGUAAAGAUGGGUGUGGCUUGUUCAUGGGAGAGCAGCAAUUUUGGGGAGGAAUCCAGCUUGCCAGAUGCCGUGUGUGGGAGAGAUGCUUAUUUUGUUCUUGGAGAAGAACACCUACCUGCAGCAGAGUGGUAAUUCUUUAUUUAAGGAACCUUGUAAUGCAGCACUACCUUUAUCAUACUUUAGCAUAUCAUUUUGUCAUUUCUGGCUAAGUCAGGCUUUGUAGGUAAAGUUCUAUGCUAUUUUUGUUACUUGUUUUUCUGAUUUGUGUUCCUUUUUUUAAGCUCUUUAUUUGCAUGGCAGGGAUUUUUCUGAAGUUCUUGCUUUACAUGGAACAUUGAGCAGAAUUCAAUUUUGUGAUAUUUCAAGCAUUCCAUCUACAUAAACCUUUCAGCUUGGCAGACAGAACAACCCCCUUUCCUUUGUGCUGUUCUGAAAGUUCUCCUGAUGCCCAACCAAGCCAAUUGUGGGAGCAUGGGCGAGGAAAAAGAAGGACAAAAGCCCCAAUGUAUGAGCAGAAGCCCUUGGUGAUAUUGGAAAACCUUGGCCUUAAAAAUAAGGAAAUAGUGCAUUCCUGGUAUUCCUCAUUUGCUGUUACCAUUUAUCUCUGCCUUCUUGGAUAGAAAAAUGUGUUGGGAUGAUAGCCACUACCAUGGAUUAAGCAACCUGAUUAGCCUUUUCACGUCUAAAAAGUCACUCAGGGAUUGGUCCAAGUGUGAUCUUGGCAGGAUCAUUGCUUGAGACCAUAAUAAAGGCUGUCCUCAAAUACCUCAUUGUGAAGAUGGCACAAAAGGCGUAAGUCGCUCUCAAGACUUGGGAGAAAGUCCACUUCACUGGUUGGGAGAAUGAAUAGGGUGCUAGAAUGAGGGACAUGGAGUAUGCUUUCACUGUACUAAACUAUAGAGCAGCAUUCAACAGCCUCUGGUGAAAAUUGUUUUGGUCUGAAAUAGCUGUCUGAUGUAGUGCUGUGCUGUAAAUUCCUCAAGGACUAACUGUGAAGAGUGAAAAUGACAUCAAAGAUGUGCCAGUGGGGACUCAAAAAUAAUAAUAAUCUACAUAGGUAGAAAGAAAGACAUCCCAAUUUCCACAACGCUAACUCAUCUACGGCUUCUGAAUUGUGGCAAGUGUACCAGAGCCAUGCUGAACUUGCUUUCACGUCAGUUGUGUUAUGCUCAAUAACAUUUUCUUCCAAGCAACUGUUCUGCUUAUGUCUGGUACCAUAAGAGGUUGUUAGAAGCAGCCAAUCCCAGGAGGAAACAGAUAAGCUCUUCAAUAUUUAUGGGGCAAAGAUAUAUUCAGUAAUCCCACAGGGAAGGCACAAAACAGUGGGAAGAGUGUGUGUGUGUUUGUUUUAACCUUUCCAGUGAGUGGAAGCGUCAUUGUGGAGGAGGCUGUAUGCUACUCUUCUUCCUCCAUUUUUUAUUGUUUUCUCUCUCUGCCCCUGUUUGUGGAGCGUGUAGAACAGCUCAUUUUCUUAAGCCGUCUGGGAGCUUCUUGCUAAGCCUAUUUCUCGCUUUCUUUCCAGCUGGCACUUAGAACAUUCUGUUAAAAAUAAGCCAACUUGCACAGAAGCACGUUGGCUGGCCGUCCUUAGCUGCUUCAGAAUUUGACCAUUGUUCCAUCCUCCAUUCUUAUUGCUGCCAAUGCUUGGCUACGGUGCCUUGCUACCUUCCUUCCUUUAAAGAAAAGGGAAAAAAACAAGUUACAAUUUUAUUUGCUCAGGUUGACAUGUGCAAUUUGGGAACCACAGCUCAGUAAUGAUGGGAGAUGAUCUUCAUUGCUAGAGUGUUUGCUUUCUGAUUAAGACAGAACUUGUUUGAAGAUAGCAAGGCAAAGCCAAGGUUUGUUAUUCUGCUUAAAACAUAAUCCCCCCCACCCCACAAUUUCUUGCAUACUGCUCAUAAUAUUACAGAGUGCCCUAUUAUGAAAAGGAAAGGGCUCUAGCUUUUAAACCCAGAGGUGGAGAACCAGAAUCCAAAACCUAGAGGGCCACAGGUUCCGCAUACCUGUUUCGAGUGACUGCUACAUCUGUAUUUCCUUACUGCAGAGAACUCUUAAGUGGAGCACAUGAGGUAUCCAGAUAUCUGCCUUAAUGUCAAUAAGCAGGGAGUUCCAAGGCGUAAGUGCAGCUACGGUAAAAGAUCAACCCAACAAAUGAAUGUAGAGGAAGAGGGCAUCCACAAAUGAUGUAACAGUGCCGGCAACUUGGUGUGGGAAUCGCCAUUACUUUGGGCACAUUGUUGUAUGCGGAAAGGAGUAACCGAGAGAGUGAGAGGAGGAUAUUCGCUCAUGCAAGGAAUGAUGUUGGUUCAUACUGGCUGGUUUUAUUCCUCCACUGCCUUUUAUGAAAGGGGGAAUUGCUGUGCAGCAGCUGCUGCAGAUCGCUCUCCAGUCUUCUGCUCCUUUUAUUUGGCUUGCUGGCUCAUAAACCUCAUUGUGCUCUACAAGGCACAAACUGUAAAUAAAUAAAGAAUAUCACCGCCUUUUUGUCCAGACCUGAAAGGCUAUAUUUCCUGAGAAACCAGCUGGAAAAGGUUGCAGGCCCAAUAAAUUAAAGAAAUAUAAGAGAAGUUCUCAUGGAACCUGUCUAUUUAGCAGCUUCCUUCUGAUUCAGGGGCAGCCCAGCCCAGCCCAGCAUUAUACAUUCUGCUCAACUCAUGGUAUGCAGGUUUAUGAGCUAUGUCACAAUGAACGGUGGGUCCUCUUGAAAAACCAGGGAGAGCUAUAUGCAAAAGGGCACAAUUACUUUGUUGUAUGGUUGGUGGUGGUGGUGGUGGUCGUUGUUUGUUGGGUUCUAGUUUUGCCGCCUUCUUGCUAAAUUUUAAAGUGUGACAUUUGGGAGCAGCUGAAUGGGGAACCUUUAACUUGGCUCUUGAUGAAUGAACUGCAAUGUCAUUAUGGAGAGUCUCUCUAGGAGUCUCCCAGGUGCUCCCUCCAGGUCCAGAGGCAGUUGUUAUGCUCUGCAUUUCAGUUGCUGGGGGAGCAGCAGUGGGAGGAAGGCAGCUACUGCCUUUUAUGUCCAGCUUGUGGGCAUCUGGCUGGCUGCUUUGGAAAAUAGGAUGCUGGACUCGAUGAAACUUUUUGGUCUGAUCAGUGAGGUUCUUAUUUUCUUGUCAAGUGUCACCUGUGUUUGGAAGAUCUGAGAAUCGGUUGGCGCGCUGUAGCUGAGCUGUGGAGGCUUCUUUAAUUGCUCCUUUUGGUAGCUUUUAUCCUGUGUUAAGCAGUUGCUCUGUGGGGUUUGUCAUCUAAAAGACUGACCAUCCAAUCAAGCGAGAAGCUUUCUUCCAUACAAACUUGCAUCCUCUCACAGUCCUCAGUUCCUGCUGGAAGAAAUGCCUUAAAAGUUCCCCUUCUCCUCACAUUUUUGUUAAUUGUUUCAUCUGAGAUAGCGAGUAUAAUCCUUUAGAACUGCCUCAGAGAUACAUAACCAUAGUGUUGAUUGUAAUAGCUUUCUUGGUAAUAUGAAUGGUUCGUGAGAGUGGACGGGGAAUGGAUUAUUUUGAACCAUUUCAGAGGUUUCUAGGCAUAAUAGCAGCAGUAACACUGCAUAGUUUGAUCUAAUUCCCAUCAGCCUUACUCAUGCACAUUUAUUCUCCAGGGCAGAAUCACAUAAAUACUUAAAGCACCUACAGCACAUGCCUAUAAAGAUCUUUCUUUAAAUCCUUCAGUGAAUCACACUCCAAAGCUCCUUGUUGCUUAUCACUUGCUUUUUCCUGAUAUUUAACCCAUAUUCACUCUUUGGAUGAUUGGGCCUAUUUCUUCUUCUCCUUCCCUCCAUCCAAGUAGAUCUUCAUUUCAAAUACAGCUGGCAUUCUUGCACUGCAUCCUUGUGCCAUUUGUGUUUUUUUAGGCUAAACACAUGCUCAGCGACAUGCCUUCUGCUCCUGUUCUCAUCCUUGCAACAUUUCAGCAUUUUUAAUUUGUGAGAAGUACUGUGUUUUUGAACUGAGGUGUAUAGAGCUUGCUACUUGCUCUAGUAAUUCUUAUGAGUGCUAAGCAGCAGUAAUGAAUGCCCAGUGCAGUAACAGCUCAUGGAGAGAUGGGAAUCUUUGGCCUUAUUUAGGAUGAGGUGAUCAAUGGCUGCUAGCCACAAUGGCUAUGUUCUACCACCACUAUCCAAGGCUGCAUGCCUCUGAAUGCCAGUUGCUGGGAAUUAUAAGUGAAGAUCCUGCUUGUGGGUUUCCCAAAGGCAGUGGUUGUCCACCGUGAGAGUGGGAUGCUGGGCUAAAUGGACAUUUGGCCUGAUCCAGGAGGACUCUUCUUGUCUUCUUAGGUCCUCAUAGCCCUGUAAAUCUGCCCCCUACUUACGUGCUACGAAAUAAGUUCCUCUGUGCAUUACUAUAUGGCUCUUCCUACAGAGACUUAUUCUGCACCAUUGCUACAUUCCCUGAGGCUGCAUCUCUCCCUUCUUCCCUACCUGCCCCCUGCUUCUUGCAGUCUCCUGCAUGUACAACUUUAUUGGAAGGUUAGAGGGUUAGCCCAAGCUGUGACUUUUAGUUGUUCAGCUAGGCCAUUUUUUUAAUGCAGAUAUUGCAGGGGUCUUGGGGACCACCAAACUGUGAUCAUGAUGUGGUGGCAUCAUAGUAUCAUGGCAGAAAGUUGAUAGGAACAGUUCACAUAAUACUUGAAAAUUAAGAAUUGGAAAAUUGGGGAACACAAAGGGGGACACAAAAAACCUAUUGGGGGCAGAUGUGACUCAUAGGUUAGGCACCCCUGAUUUACCUAUGCUAUCUUCAGAGCAUAACAGAAGUUUCCUUACAUCAGAGCUAGAAGUUACAAGGCUUUGGCUUCUGCUCAUUUGUCUAAAAAGGCAACCCAGAAAGUGUAAGUACUUCAGAAGCUUAGUGAAAAGCUUGUGGCACAUUUAAGAGGUACUUAGUGGUGCUUCUGUGUUGUGUGUGAUCUGUGAUUAGAAAGAUAAAAGCCACAGAGUAGGGAGAGUGGUCUUUUGUAAUACCAUCCUCCGCAGCAGUCUUGUGUAUUAGUGGCAAUUUGGCUGGCCACAGGUGCAUCUUCUGCAUGCUUUAAAUUGCUGCAUGCAUUGCUUAGCACAGAGCCCCUUCCAUGAGGGAAUGGAAAGGGAUCUAAAGAAGUGUGAGCUAUUCCUCCUUCUGAUCCUUCUCCCAUCGAGGGUGACCUUAGUUGCUCUGUCAACAAGCCAGCAGGGCUUGAAGAGCUUUUGUUUUCAUACAAGUUCAGGAAAUCCUGGCUGAUGACUCUGCCUUCGUUCACAUUACCAUGACCUGGUGGAGUUAUUCUAUCCCAGUUCACAUUUUCCUGAAAUCUCAGUGCAUCACCAACAUAAGACUUAGUUGUCCAAGAGGCUUUUGGAACUAACUGCUUUGCAUGAGGUGUCAGGUGGUGGGGGGAGGCGAGGUAUAAAUAAUGAUUAUAAUGAUGAUGGUGGUGGUAAUGUGGCUCAUCAUUGAUAUGAAAUCAUUGGGGGGAGUUUUAGGGGGAUUUGGGACAGAGUGUCAUUAAUGUGCUGAUGACCCCCAACUCUUAAGUACCCUUCGCAUAAUUCUCCUUUUUCUCUAAAUUGUGAGUGCUGCUGGCAGAAGUUUUAAACCGAUGUCCUGAGUUGGUAUUGAGCUGGUUGAAAGCUAAUAAGCUGAAAAGCAAUUCAGAUAUGACUGAGGCACUGUUUGCGGGUGGUCCAACUCUCAUAAGGGCAGAUAUUCAAAGAGUUCUGAGUGGGCUGGAACGCCCCUUGCAGCUUGCAGGAUGAUUUUAAAUCCAGGUCUCACUUUGGCUGUCCUGGUAGCAUCUGUGGCAUGAAGUGCUUUUCACUAGUUUAGGUUGGCUCCUUGCCAAUGGAACCAACCACCUUUAUUCAGGUUACUGCGAUGCAUGGUGUGUGGGGCUGCUUUAGAAAAUCAUUCAGAAACCUCAGCUGAUCCAGCACACAGUUAACAGCUUGCCUGGUUGCUGUAAGAUGGCAAAUGGAACAUUUGUUGUCUGUACUUGAGUCAUCUUUUAAGAGCAGGCUAACUAAAACUCUGCUGAGGCAUAUCAUUGCAAGAGGACACUCUGACCGCACAGGUCAUCUUAGAGGGAAAAGCAUUCUGAUAGUGACAGUGUAUAGGCAGAAUAAACAUAAUGUUGUGCAUUCUUCUUAAUAAGUUAUCAGCGGACUGAGUGCCAAGGUAAUGGUGACAUGCUGAAGUCGCAGUGACUCUGUAGUCAUGUUAAUAAAUUAUAAAAAAAAAAUAUCUGCAUAGUGAGGGCAAAACCAUAAUUUAUAAGCGACAUGGAUGGAGGAAUUGAGGGGAUGCUUCUCCAAUUUGCAGAUGACACUAAUCUGGGAGGGGUAGCUAAUGCCACAAAAGACCUAAUUGGGAUUUAAAAUGGUCUUAACAGAUUGGAGAGCUGGGCCCAAACUAACAAAAUGAAUUUCAAUAGGGACAAAUGUAAGGUUCUACACUUAGGCAGGAAGAACAAGGUUCACAACUACAAGAUGGGGGGCACUUGGCUUACUAGCAGUACAUGUGAAAAGGAUCUAGUGGUCUUAGUGGACCAAAGUUUAACAUAAGUCAACAGUGUGAUGCAGCAGCAAAAAAAAGCUAAUGCUAUUCUAGGCUGCAGCAACAGAAGUAUGGUGUCCAGAUCAAGGGAAGUAAGAGUACCACUCUAUUCUGCCUUGGUCAGGCCACUCCUGGAAUGCUGUGUCAAAUUCUGGGCACCACCAUUUAAGAAGGAUGUUGACAAACUGGAACGUGUGCAGAGGAGGACAACCAAGAUGAUCAAGGGUCUGGAAACUAAACUUUAUCAGGAAAAGUUGAGGGAGCUGGGUAUGUUUAGCCUGGAAAAAAGGAGAAGAAGCUAUGAUAGCUGUCUUCAAAUAUCUCAAGAACUGUCACAUGGAAGAGGAAUCAUGCUUGUUUUCUCCUGCUCUGGAGGUUAGGACUCAACGGCCAAUGGCUUCAAGUUGCAAGAAAGGAGAUUCCGACUAAACAUUUGGAAAAACUUUCUGACAGGAAGAGCUGUUCAGCAGUGGAACAGACUCCCACAAGAGGUGGUGGACUCUCCCUCCUUGGAAGUUUUUAAGCAGAGGUUGGAUGGCCAUCUGUCAUGGAUUCUUUAGCUGAGAUUCCUGCAUUGCAGGGGGUUGGACUAGAGGACCCUUCCAAUUCUAUGAUUUUAUUGAUACAGCAAGCUACUUGUCUAGACAUUCUGCCUCACAAUACAGUAUCAGCAUGUAAGACCUGGGUGUGUCAAGAUCUGGAGGAGGGAAGAUGCCAUGCUUACACUGUUACCUUCUGGGAGAGUCAUUUAUCUUGCUAACUGUAUUGCAUUGCAGAUCAAUUUCACAAACAAAUUUUACUGCUUGGCACAGUGUCAGCUAUGUUCCACAUGACCUUAUUAGCACCUUCAUUUCAUACUGGUAACUCUUUCACUAGUUUCAGUUGUGGGAUGGGAGACAAUCACAUUAGUGUAGGGGAGCAAAAACAACAGAUCCUUGUGACACCUUAAAGACUAACCCAUUUAUUAUGGCAUAAUAUUUCACAGACUACAUUCUGCUACAUCUGAUACGUGAAAUGUUAUUGUCUGUGUGUGCAUGCACAUGCUCACACACAUGCAUAUAUGGUUGGCGGCAGCGACUGUAAUCAGUGAAGUCCAGUCAGAGAGAUGUGUGCAUGUGCGUUACGUGAACUGCAACCCCUUCUUCUGUUCUGCCUGCUUAGGCAGCCCACCCUAUCUCUGAACAGCCAGUGCUGAUGCAACCUUUUUGAGAUACAUUAAUAUGUGGUGAUGCUGUCAUUCCGCAAACAUGGUCCCCAUCUGCAUGGGCAUCACUGUGAAUGCUAAUUGUGUUGGCUUGUUAAGCACGAAGUCACAAGGAAGCAAAGCAUGAACAGUUCUGGGUUCAUGCAGCUGCCUUAUUAGCUGCAAGGCUGCGGGCGCUCAGCAUUUAACGUGAUCAAGUUUCUCUUUUUAUAUAAGUGUUCUUGUUAGGGAUGCAUGACGGACUCUGUUUCUGCUGGCAAGCUUUCUAGCCACAGUUUCCAAUAGGAAUCUAUGCAGAAGGAACUGAGAUUGAAGCACAGCCUAGACUCUAGAGCAGUGAUGACCAGACUUGGGACUACAAUUCCUAUCAUCCCUGACCACUGGUCCUGUUAGCUAGGGGUGAUGGGAGUUGUAGUCCCAAAACAGCUGGAGUGCCAAGUUUGGCCAUCACUGAUCUAGAGUAACAUGCUAACGUGUGUGUGUGUGUGUGUGUGUGUGUGUGUGUGUGUGUGUUUUCCGGUGGAGAAGGAUUUCUGUUGUGUGACUCAGGGUGAUGCUGGGAAAACUCUUAACAAAGGCUACCUGGGCUCUGACUUGAUUCACACACACAUUUGUUGCUUGAUGACUGCAACCUCAAAUCUUGGCUUGCAUAUAUGAAUGAGCCAUCGCAGAUAAAAUGCUUCAUGGAAUUUUCACGUUCCGUCACCUCGCUUUACCUUGAGUACAAUGUAUUUGGUUUACAGUCUCCUCAUUUCACCCUCUGAAUUUCUGCAGAAGCAUGCCUUGUUGGUGAAAUUCAGAGGUCUAGAAAUUUUCUGAUUCAUUAAAUCUCUGCACUCUGCCCCCCAACCCCUGCCAAGUACCGUACUUUUCUGUGUAUAACACGCCCCUGUGUAUAAGACACCCCCUAUUUGGGGGGACUCCAAAUUAAGAAAAUGGGGGGAGAUUGCCCGGAGUUGUUGAGCUUUUUUUAGGGGGGAUUGUUGAAAAUCGCUCACCUGACUGUCCUACGCUGCCACUCGCACGCGUCACACCGAUUGUCUGUCCCCUCACCGGCAGACACCAAUCAUUGCUCGCCCAAUUGACGCAGAGACACACAAUCAAAAACAGCCAUUGCCACAGCCACCAAUAACAUGCCCGAUAGCCGCUGACAAUCUCCUGCUCAUGGAAGCAACCAAUCCCACGUCCCCCCUAUGUACUAUCCGUGUAUAAUACAACCCCAAAUUUUAAACGUCCUAUUUUAAUUUUAAAAAAACCUCGUCUUAUACACAGAAAAGUACAGUAAAUAGAGCAAUCCUUUGCUAUGUGAUGUAUCAGAAUCAUGCAUCUUUUUUUGAAGUACUAAUAAUUGGCUCUUAUCCUGGGGUAAUAGUGGCUAAUGUAACCAAUUGGUUGAGGCAGUGGGAGGAGGAAGGGGGUAGAAAGUUCAUCUAAUAGAUGCAAAUUUGGCAAACAUCAAUAUAUAGCACUUCUAUUUGAAGAAAGGGAGCCUACACAUCACAGCUGUUAGAGACAGAACUGACAUAAGGUGUUUAGAAAGCUUUCAGAUGGGUAAAGGAUCUUCAGUGAAAUAUGAGUUUUGAAGCCUUUAGAUUUUAUGGUUUCGCUAUGAAGAUCAAACUGCUGUAAAGCUAAAGGAGAAAGAUCUGUUCGGGAGGAAAGUACGAUGGGUAUACGUGGUCUAGAGACAAAAAAAGAUGAAGAGGGAAGAAAGCAGAGUGGGUGGUUACUAAAAAGAGAUGAAGGUUCAACUAUUAUGUAGAUACCAAAGGAAGGAAAAAGAAAUAAGGUGGGAGUAGCUAUAAAUUUAAGGGACGCGGGUGGCGCUGUGGUCUAAACCACAGAGCCUAGGGCUUGCCGAUCGGAAGGUUGGCGGUUCGAAUCCCCGCGACGGGGUGAGCUCCCAUUGCUCGGUCCAGCUCCUGCCAACCUAGCAGUUCGAAAGCACGUCAAAGUGCAAGUAGAUAAAUAGGUACCACUCCCGCAGGAAGGUAAACGGCGUUUCCGUCCGCUGCUCUGGUUCGCCAGAAGCGGCUUAGUCAUGCUGGCCACAUGACCUGGAAGCUGUCUGCGGACAAACGCCGGCUCCCUCGGCCUGCAAAGCGAGAUGAGUGCACAACCCCAGAGUCAUCCGCGACAGGACCGAACGUUCAGGGGUACCUUUACCUUUACCUAGCUAUAAAUUAGAUAUUAGCUAAAACCAUCCUGACAGAUAAUGGGUUGAAAAGGUUAUGAUUUAGAUUGGGUAGCACAAGGAUGAUGUUGGUUUUAGCGCUUUGUUAAGGGAACGGCUUGAGGUAUAUGCCCGAGUCAGGGAUGCUAGGCUGAUUUAUGUACAAGUACAACAAAAAGCCACACUUAGCUGCGGUUUGCCACAUGGCAGUUUUAUUUACAUUUGAGGAAUGCAUUAUACAUAAGGCAAAGGAGUACAAACGUUCGAUCAGUGUACUAUUAUAUUGAAAAGGGUCAUUUCUGUGUUAGGAACUCAUUGGUUCCCCCCCCCCCUUUUAAAGCAAGUUUCAUGGAUCUAUAAUGAGCCAUAUUUAACAUUAUGGUCACCUGUCUUGAAAAGGAUACUGUAGUACUGGAGAAAGUGCUGAAAGGGGAUAUUCAAAUGACCUGGUGGUGAAGGCAGAAUGUAUUAAUUAUGAACAAUGGUUUAGGAAUUUGGGAGGGUGGGAUAUUUUAAUUUUAAUUUGGUGGGUGAGGAAUAUGACUCCAGAAUGUAGGAAGUGCCUUGCUAGAUCAGACUCAAGGCUCAUGUAGUCAGGCAUGCUGUUUUCACUAACAAAGAUUAAGUGGUUAUAGUACACCAUUAUGUCUAAAAUUCACUCAAGGCAGCUUACACAAUAACAGAUAAAAAAUGCAAUUCCAUUUAUGACAAAGUAGAAUACAUUUUUUUAAAACUACAUCCCGUCAAAUAAGAACAUUAAUGAAACCUUUAAUAAACAGACAACCAACUCAAAGAUAAAACUCAUUCCCCCCCACAAAGGUUUCUGUGUCUUGAAUUACAUUUUCCUUCUUUUCUCUCUCUCUUUAGGGCUGAAAAAACAGAAGUCCUAAAUGAAGAUCUCUUGCAGGUACAGUGUUUAUCUUUCUGACAUCUUCUGCAAUCACUUGAUAUUGUACACUACUCCAUGCACAAAAUACAAAACUAAACUUUGAAGAGGCUGGUUUAGCAGGGGCUAUCCUCUAAUAGGAAAUGAAAUCAGCAUGCUUAACAUGAAGUUGGUAAUAACAAAAUUGGAUGUAUGAGAAAUCUAUCCAUCAAGUCUCCACAAUGAACGUUGGAGGAUUGUGGAAUGCAGUCUCACUGGCAGCCUCUGAAGGUCAAAAAAUUUCUCUUGCUUACACCAAGGACCAAGUAGAUCCAGUUUCAGAGAAGCCUCAAGCUGUAGCACCUCCAUAUUGACUUAGAAAAUAGCAUGAAUGGGGGUGGGGGUGAUCUCUUUCAGAAUUCUAUAGUAGCAUAUAUAUGUAGAGAGGAUACCAAAUAUAAUAUGUGCCUCAUCAGCAGAACAGUUGCCUUUUGUUCAUUUGUGUUCCUUUGGUGGUGAGAGAGGUUGGGGUUGGCCUAGGGUGUGGUUGUUCAUUUGUGAUUGGCUGUGUUGAACUUUGUUUUCGUGUGUGAGUGGGGUGGGUGGGCGUUUUGGAGUGAACAGCAAAGAACCUACACAAGCAACGCUGACACCAAACCCUACAUACAGUAAGUAAAAUAGUAACACCGUUGCCUGACCCCACCCCCACCCAUCUUUCCCCCUCUCCACCUCUUUCCCCCUUUUCUUCCCAAAGUCUCAACAAAUGAAACUGAUUUGUAAAAAUGUUACAUGGGGGGGAGGAAUACGAGAGAGACAUUGCAAACACUUUUGUAAAACAAGAAAAUCUUUAAUAAAAUAAAAACUAACCUCUCCCCCCCCCCAAAAAAAACCAACCAGUUGCCUUUUGUGACUAGCUUUCAAACAGGUGGUCGAUGACUUUUUACAGGGCAGGUAGUCUCUAGUCACUCUUCAUUUUUAAUAAGGAAAGUUUGGGGCAACUUCUGAAUAUAACUUUUCACUGAAGUCAAGGAUAUUUUGCACUAAAAGUUGGCUCGCAAUUGAUCACUGGAGACAUUGCAUACAGCUCAACAAUCCAAGUCUAUGUUACUAAAUAAAAAUGCAGAAUCUCUUUGAAAUGUGAAACUUGAGAACCUAAACGUAAAAACCUAAUACCACCGUCCCUUUCACAUUUCAAAGGGAUUCUACAUUUUUAUUUAGUAUCUUUGACUUGGACUAUUGAGCUGUAUGCAAUGUCUCCAGUGAGCAAGUGAGAACCAAAGAGCCAGCUCCCAGUUCCUGGAUGUGAGCAUCUGCCAGUUUAUUUUAUUUUAUUUUAUUUUAAAGUCUCAGUAGCAGUCUCUGACAUCUUCUCUUUCCAGGCCCCCAAAUCAAUCCUGGGAGACCUAAAGGGGUCCCACUACCAUUUUUGCUAGAGUGCAUGCCAGAUGAGCUGUCCAUGCCUAUUUUCAGAAGAUAUGGCAUCUCCCCUUAUGAGAUCAGCCAGAUAAUUAUGCCAUUUUCCAAAACUGACUAGUCUCUAGAAGCCAGUCAAUUACAGGAGGUAUUUCAACAGUGGCUUCAGGUAGCUAGCUACAUUCUUCAUUUGAACAUUCACUUUCGGGUUGCCUCCAUAAUUCCAAGCCUUUAUUUUGCAGUUGUCCUUUUAGCAUCUCAUUACGUUGCUUCCUUUCUUAAUACAGACACAGUUACUUAUCCACCAUAUCUCCAUUCAUUCCUAAAAUAGGAAUCACAACAUUUUAUUCUACUUAAGUUCCAGCUUUUGUUUCAGGAUAUUAAAUUAAAAUCAACACUAAAGCAGUUGUUUUUCCUCUCUCAAACUUUUAACCACAGUGGUUUGUCUGUAAAUUACCGUAAUGGGAUUAGAAUGGGUAAGCACACUUAUUUUUGGAUUACUAAUUCACUUCCAUAGCUAGAGAGUGGUGUUUGGGCUUGGUAAACCAAAGAUGGUACAAACCAAACAUUGUACUAAGCGCAUCAUUCCUGAAUGCUGAAGUAACAUAGGGUGACUGAGGAUGCCAAAGUUCAGAUUUUGCUGGCAUCUUGAGUGCCAUUUCCUGCAUUUCUGAGGAUGCUCAAGUAAUCAAGGAAGACUGGGAAGUAUAGUUUUCUAGAAUACUCAGACACUCAAAAGUGCCCCUUGAGCAUUUUGGAAAACUAUAUUUCUUGGAAAUCCUUUUGCCUGGGAUGUAGUUUCCAGAUUGCCUGGCAUCUCUGCUAUCACAGCUUAUGGGCCUGGUUUUUAUUUUAUGUUACUUGUAACUUUUUAAUUUAAACUCUAGUGAAAUCCUAUCCAACUCAGAGUACCCUUCUUUGUAACUUCAUUUCGGAGCCUGAUUCAGAGUGCUCACUUUGACAUUUGAGUUCUUUCAUGACUUGGAGCCACAGUGACUGAAUAACCAUCUCUUCCCAUAUGCACCUAAACGUGCCCUGUGGUCAUCAAUGUGGGCUCUUCACCAGGUUUUCCUACUAGUUGGAAUAUUGUGUAGUAGCAACAGGAAACAGGUCCUCCUCAGCAAUGAUCUCACAUUUAGAGAUUGCCUGCCUUGUGGCAUUAGGCAACUAACUCUUCAGUCUCACAGAUUUUAUUAAACCCUCUGUUAUGUGGUCUUUUAAUGUGUCUGUUUUACUUUCUGGAGACUUUUAAGGUCUGUAGUGCCUGCUGCUUGGUAUGAUCUUUUAGCUUUUUGCCCUGUGUUUACAAUGAUGGUUAUCUUGGUGUUGUCUAUUGAAUGUAUUCUUUUUGAAUUGCAUUAUCUUAAUUUGCUUUAAAUACUUGUGUACUUCACCCUGAAAAUUAUCGUUGUUGGGUGACUAAGAAAAGAGCCAGGAAAGAAAAAAUUGUGAAGUCUGAUAAUGUUAAUCAACUAUUUAUUGUGUCAUUUGUUCCUUAAUUGUCAUAUAGUCCAGCGUGUUAAAAUUGGCUGCUGAUGAAUGGAGUAUGCAAUUGGACACUUUAAGGGGACCCAGAGGGCAGGGCCUACAUGAACUGAAUUGUUUCUCUCUCUUAUGUCCAGAUAGCUGAGAGUUGAGGACGAGCACCUCUGAUGUGAUGCCUUCUUGUUGUGUUCAUCCCCAGGUGGAGAAGCGUUUGGAGUUGGUGAAGCAGGUCUCCCACAGCACACACAAGAAACUGACAGCGUGUCUUCAGGGUCAGCAGGGAUCGGAUUCUGAUAAGCGCUCGGUGAGAGAUUCCAGCACCCACCAGACAACAGAGCUGGGUUCAUGUCUCUACGUGUUUCACAUGGAGAAGAGGCAGGAGGGAGGGAAUCAAGCUGAGAAGACAGCACAACUAGCUUUCCUCCCCUCCUGUGUGUAAAUUGUAUGUGAGCAUAAGAGUUAGUAAAACGGGUUCGUGGGGUUUUUUUAUAAACAAAUAAUAUUGUUUGGAAAUAGUGUCAUUUUCUGGGAAUGAAGUGGGCUCAAACUGUGAUGUGAUGGAUUUAAAAACAAACCCUAAAUUCAUACAGCAGUUGCUUUUGUUGCAGAAGAAAUUGCCUUUGACAUCGCUAGCCCAAUGCUUGAUGGAAGGUUCUGCUAUUCUAGGGGACGACUCCCUGCUUGGGUAAGAUUCUUCCCAUUCAAAAUACCCACCUAUUGGGCAAGAUACAACUCUCUCUCUUUUUUUAAUCUGUUCCAGUCACAAUAAUGUUCCUCAGCUGAAAGGCCACUUCAGUAGGAAACAUGUUGGUGGAUUUAUUUAAAAUAUUUAUACCCUGCCCUUUCCUUUAUAAAACAUUUAAGGCAGCUCACAAACAAGAACUGUAAAAUGCAUUAAAAAUAAAAGGAUCGCAAGUCUAGGGUUGUAAUGAAAAAUCCUUUUGCCUGAACCAAUUUUAAUAGCUUCUUGCUACUUUUCAAUUGCCACCCCCUUUUCCAACUAACCUUUUUCAGGUUGGGUCUCCUCAGUCUUAUUUCAUGUGCUUUAAACAUUUAGAGACACCCUUUCAUGUAAAAUAGCAAGGUGGUUUAUAGCAUAAAUCAAUACAAAAGACAAUAAAAAGAUACUAGGUGUUGCCUCUGCCAUGGCACCUUCGCAGGAUGCAGCAAUAGGUUGUCGUUUCACACCAGCCUGUUUUAUUACAAAUAAACCAAAGCAUGUUAGUGGAAGGACACAUUUUGUGCUUCAGGUGAUAUAGAAGCCUCUUGGCCUGCUGCCUUACAGAGCCUGCAUGAUUAGUGCUUCAGAUCCUCUGUCUGCCACACAUCAUCUGUCUCAGGUCCAUGACCAUCUCUGUACCUCUCUCUGUCUGUGUCUCUUGCUUGCCUUUCCAUCUCUGCUGCUUGCCGUACCACUUCAUUGCAAUUGUCUGUUUUCAUGCUCUGCAGGAAGAUGCUGAAGUUAUGUGGGGAAGCAGAGGACAAGCUUUCUCAAGAGCUCAUCCACUUUGAGCUGGAAGUUGAGCGGGAUGUGAUUGAGCCUCUCUUCGUACUGGCUGAGGUGAGAAAAAACACAAGCGGUGGCAAUUAAUAGCUGCAGUGAGCACUGUUUUGGGUUGUUCUGAUGUGUUGGUAUAAGUCAGGCAUAGGCAAACUCCGGCCCUCCAGAUGUUUGGGACUACAAUUCCCAUCAUCCCUAGCUAACAGGACCAGUGGUCAGGGAUGAUGGGAAUUGUAGUCACAAACAUCUGGAGGGCCGGAGUUUGCCUACGCCUGGUAUAAGUGGUAUGACCUCUAAAGUACGGGGGGACUUGUGGCACACCAGACAGUAUGCACUUUUAACUCCCUUCAGCCCCUGCCAGCUUAGCCAGUGAUCAGGGAUUAUGGGAGUUCAAGCCCAGCAAGUUCCCCUACCUCUGCUCUAACAAAAAGGGCCCAUGAAGCAAGGGGGCAGUUCUGAAGAAGAUUCAAGGAUAAGAACCACAUUUGCAAUGAAGGACUUCUGGUAUUUGGCCCAUUGGAAGUUGGGUGCAGGCAGGGAGCAGGGCAGUGCCAGCUCAACAAGUUCCCGUUAGGUGAAAAGACUGGGCAGCUAGUAAAGCUCAUGGGCAGGUAGAAAGACUUGAGUUUGGCUCUGUGAGAAAAACUCAAGCUCUGGGUUCAUUAAGCAGCAAGGCUGGGAGGGGUUGUGAAGCAGGAACAGGGUUAUGCAGGGCCAGGAAGUAAGGCAAGAGUAAAAGAGAGGCAACUCUGGGAGCCAAGAACAAAAUUUUCUUCAGGUUUUAAAGUGUGUGUGUGUGUGUGUGUGUGUGUGUGUGUGUGUGUUGCAAGGAAUAUUUAAAAAUCAUGUCAGAUUUUGAAUGCUGCUCUCUCUAGGUAAAUGUAUCCCAGCCUACUUUGAAUUAACUGAAGGGAUUUCCUUUAAAAAAUCAUUGUGAACUUUCUCCUCACAGUGUGUGAAUCCUGGUAUUUUACACCAAAACAUGGUAGCCAUUUUAAGUUGCUCCAUGUUGUCAGCCUUUUGCUGCUCCCUAUAUUGUCAGAGGAGGGGUGUGUGUGUACUUGUUUUGCUGUUACAAGUUCACAUGCACAAGACCAAACAAGGAAAUACUCACUUUGCAGAAAUGAAGCCAGACUAUUUUUUAAUGAGAGGUUGAGUGUAUUCCAGAGGUGCUCCUUGUUCUUGUGGGUCUACUUUCAAAUCAGGCGUUUUGGAGCUGAGGGGAUAGUAGAUACAUGCACCACUGGCUAAUUAGGUGUUCUCUAGGAUAGGGACACCACAAUCAUCACCUUCGUUUUUUUCCUUUCCUCCUGUCAUAUUUCUUUAAAGUGGAUGGGCUAAAAGUAUUUUUCAGAUCUACUAGAUUGAGAUAGCUGCCAAGCACUGCUGCCUGUUUCUUUUCCAAUUUUCUGCUUUUAACACCAGCCAGAGAGCAUUGACGGCAAGUUGUUCUGGGGGCAGUAUGUGGCUUCUUGUCAUCUGGGAACUGUCCAACAGUGGUAUAUGCCCCUAGCUGCUGGUGUUGACUCUAGGCUCCGAAUCAGAUGCAAAAUCCUGAGAAUUCACUUUGACCUUGCUUGGAUUCAGUGACAGGGAUGUUUAUUGGAGUUCUCUGCAGAAAAUACCCAUGUUACUAUCAUUUAUUUUAGGUAGAAAUCCCCAAUAUCCAAAAACAGAGGAAACACUUAGCGAAAUUAGUUCUGGACAUGGAUUCGUCAAGGACAAGGUAAGAAGCAUGUUAGCUUUUUGUCUGCCCAUCCUUAAAGUACCAUGUCCCUUGCUUCAUGUUAAAAAUUCAUGCAUUUUUUAAAAAAUAUAUAAAUACUAUUGUUUAAUGUACAUAACAAUAAUAAAAAGCCAUAUCAAGUUCCAGUGGGUUAAGCAGCAAAUCACAGAUAAAUGCACUAGUUUUGUUCAUUCAAUUUAUGUGUUGCUUUCUAUGAAUGAAGGUCUCUCGAAGCAACUUUAAACCAUAAAAAUGCAAUAUGUUUCAAAGGAAUUGUUUAAAUAAGCACUAAAAAGUUCAUCCGCCAGCAAUCAAUUACAAAAUCAUCAAAAUACUGUAUCCCACCCAGCAACAAGACAAACACCAAGAUAAAAUAAAAACAGGCACCGUUAUCAGAGCACAAAUUAAUGCCCAAACACCUGGGAGAAUAAGAACAUCUGCCUGGCACUGAAAAUAUGGCAGACGUUGAUGCCUGGUGUUGAUACUUGGGAAGAGCAUUCCACAAAUGGGGGCUACCUCCAGAAAGGCCCCUUUUUUUGUUUCCACCCUCUAAACUUCUUUUGGAAGGGUCACAUAGAGAAGGGAUUGAAUAGGCUCAUACAGGGGAAACUGCUACUAUUAGCCUUUGAACUACCAGUGAAAACAGAAUUUUAAAAAUCUGUCCCUGAUGGAUUUACUGCUAGAAUGACAUAUCUUGUCAUUUGUUGCUAUUUGCCCAUCAGGCUUCUUGCACUGCCCUCAGUCUUGCCUGCUCAACAGCAACACUACGCCAGCGUGGUGUAGUGGUUAGGAGUGGUGGACUCGUAAUCUGGUGAACCGGGUUCGCUUCCCUCUCCUCCACAUGCAGCUGCUGGGUGACCUUGGGCUAGUCGCACUUCUCUGAAGUCUCUCAGCCUCACUCACGUCACAGAGUGUUUGUUGUGGGGGAGGAAGGGAAAGGAGAUUGCUGGCCGCUUUGAGACUCCUUAAGGGGAGUGAAAGACGGGAUAUCAAGUCCAAACUCUUCCUCCUCCUUCCCUUCUUCUUCUUCUACGCGAAGAGGCCAUGUUUCUGUUUCCCAUUUGGCAAAAGAAGGUUCCCUGGAAGAUGGGGCGAGAGCAGUCUGAGAUACUUUCAGCUCUUUCCACACACAUAGAUGGAGUCAGUGAGGGCUUUGGAAAUUCCCCCAGUUGUUUGAUCCUGUGUACUCCUCAGUCUGUCAGAUCCAGCUAAAAUGUCCUACAGAAUUCCCAUGUCUCCAGAUCUUUUUCUGUCAGAGAAUCCAAAAGAGAAGGCAGCGCAGGAGGAUUUACAGUCUCGUACAAUGGUCUAGUAUUAAAUUUCUGUCAGUGUCAUUCAGUGAGGAGUCUGCAUUUACUCUGACUCUGCUGUUGGUGAAAGAGAGAAGGGAUUACCACAACAUAUCUUAUUAGCUGGUAUACUGUGCCGCUGAUCAUGCCCAAGGAAGAGCUCUAUUUCCUGCCUCUUCAGCUGUGAAGCAGGUGGCUGAGACUCUCCCUCACUGGGGCAAACAGAUAAUCUGAAAGCCAAAUCCUGUCACUAUCACUAUGCCCCCAAGCCAGCCUAAACAGCAAGCUGGUAUUUCUGAUCAUGUCUGGAAAAAAUGUAAAUUGUGUUUAUUUCCUUCCCGGUGCUCCUUGAAAGCAAGCUAUUUUUGCCUUGCGCAAGCUGAUCUCAUUCCCUGGAGGUGCCAUUGAUAUGUUGCCACAAAACUGGAGAAAUCAUGAUGUCUGCAGACAAUUGAACUGGUAUUUCCAUGAAGUGGAAAAAAAUCUCACCACAGCCACCACCAGGCUUGUUUUGUUUUGAUUAUUACAUUUAUGUCCUACCUCUUCAAGAAGCUGCAGGUGGUUUAUAUGAUUCACCACCUCCUCCUCCCUGUUUUAUCCUCAAAACAACCCUGUGAGAUAGGUAAGGCUGAGAGACUGUGACUGGCCUAAGAUCAUCUCGUGAGUAGGGCAUUGAAACCCUGGUCUCCAGGUCCUAGUCUAACCACUCUACACCGCAAUGGCUCUGUUCCUCCCAUCGCCAAAAGAACAUACACUUUCACGCAUCUGCCUAGAAGAAGAAGAAGAGUAGUUUGGAUUUGAUAUCCCACUUUAUCACUACCCAGAGGAGUCUCAAAGUGGCUAACAAUCUCCUUUCCCUUCCUCUCCCACAACAAACACUCUGUGAGGUGAGUGAGGCUGAGAGACUUCAGAGAAGUGUGACUGGCCCAAGGUCACCCAGCAGCUGCAUGUGGAGGAGCAGGGAAGCGAACCCAGUUCACCAGAUUAUGAGUCCACCGCUCUUAACCACCGCACCAAAGAGAAGCUCGUGUUUCAGUAAAUAAGCUCAGCUUUAAGAUACAACAAGAUUCUUGGUCUUCUCAGACAAAUCGGUAGGAAACCAGGGGAGCACCCUGAACUGCCUUUUGCCCACGAGAUAGUGCGAUGCUGCUGCAGUCAGUAAAAUAACUUUCAGCUGGUCCUAUGUCAGUGUGAUCAUGGGAUGAAGCCUCUUGGGUGUUGCAGCAAAAGGAAACAAGAUUAGAAGGGAUGAAUUUACACAUGUGGAAGUCAGAGGGAGGAAGAGGCAGUGUUCUUGAUUCCAUAGUGACAGGUGACUAUUUUCUCUGUGCCAUAAAGGAAAAUACAUUGGAGAUAAAGAUGAACAGCUUCUGAGAGAUUUGUGUUCUCCCAAAGUUGAGAGAGCCUGAUGUGGAUGGCACUCACCCUUUCACUUUAAUUCCACUAAGACUAUGGAUGUGGUCCACCCUUAAACACAUAACGUCUGUGUCAGCAUUUCAGCACUGCAAGAACUGACAGCGUCUGGCCCUCAAAGGUGGGAGGGGAAAUGAUUUGAGAGGAGCCAGACGGCAUUUCUGUUUUCCCUUCAAAUUAGGUUUGCUGAUCUUUGGGAAUAAUCUUCUUAUUUGAAACUGGUUAUAAACAGCUGGUUACUCUGACUAGAAGUAUUGAGUUAACUGAGGAUUAAAAAAAAAAAUCCUCCCUGAUCUCAAGUGGAGGACAUCUUCCCACUGCUGGCCACAGAUAUCUGCCUUAAUCCUACAUGAGACAGAAUGUGCUGCUGCUGAAUACAGGCUGCUCGUCCAUGUCAUGGAUUUUGGGAUGUCUGCCAGUUCACCUGGGAAACCUACUGAUGGCUACCAGCCAUGAUGGCUGCGUUCUUCUGCCACAGUUGGAGGUAGCAAUGCUUCUGGAAACCGCAAGAGGGGAGAGCACUCUUGUGCUCAUGCUCUGUUUGCUGGUUUCCCACAGCAACUGUGAGAACAUGAUGCAGAACUAGAUGGGCCAUUGGCCUGAUCCAGCAGGCUCUACUUAUGUUCAUUCAUGGCUUUCAAGGAUGGGCCCUAAGUUUUUCAUCAGGCGAAAUCUAUGUUUAGAAAUAGCUGCACACCUGGUGUCAAAAAAGGUUAUUUAUGUAUGCCACUACUGCAGCCCACGUUUUGUUAGCACAAAAAUGGAAAACGAGCGAGGUCCCAGACAAAGAAGAAUGGCAAAUUAAGUUGACCGAAUAUGCGCAGCUUGCAGACUUAAUGUAUAGAGUAAGAGAACAAGAAGAACAUGCGUUUAGAAAAGAUUGGAAAACGUUUAUUGAAUAUAUGGGAAAUAACUGUGUACAGCUGAAAACACUGGCAGCAUUAAGAUAAAUUCAACAGUGUGAAUAAGUUUUGAUGGAUGUAAUAAUGGAAUACUGAAUGGUAUAGUUUUUUGUAAAAUAUGCAGGGAUUUGUGAUAUGCAAAAUGAACCAUGGAAAGAGAAGAAGGGAAGUCAUUGACAUCUUAAGGAUGUAAAAAUGAGUACUUUAAAUUGCAAAACAGAAAAAUUAAGUAUGUAUAUUAUAUAUAAUUAGAAUUAGAACAGAUUGAAAUAGCUGCACAAUUAUUUAGGCCCAGUUCUUGUGGCAUGGAAGUUGCUUCAGGGGACCAGCUUUGCCUGAGCAGUCAGGGUAACGUGAGAGGAUAACUUUUAAAUCUUGAGCAGGUGCUUUUAUUGUACUGUUUUUAACACCUGCUUUAAAACAAAAAAGCAAAAAACCCUCUUAUUUAGGCAGGCUGUGGUUUAGAGAAUAAGACAGCUUGGGACGUAAUAUUUUGUUAGAAGAAAGUGGGGAGUUGGAACUGCUCCAGUGGCUUCAUUGCUGUAGGAAUGGCCCACUAGGCAGCUGUCAUUUAAGCUGACAUCCUGUUCAUCCUCAGAUCGGAGGCAUGAAUAGAGACAGCUCCAUUCUGAGCUGGCCAGUGAGGUCAAUCAGUGGAACAUCUCUGUCUCUCCUCAGCACAGGACUUUGCUGCAUGCUUUUUAAAACGUUAUCUUCAACAAAGCAGUAUCCUAUUAAGUUCCAUCACAGGCAGAUGGCAGUAAAGAUAAGGAUGCAAGUAGCAGAUUUUUAGGCUCCAUAAUGGUGUUUAUUGGGUUUAGGAGGUUUCCAUCUUAAGGGCAAAUUACUCCAUAGAUUAUUGCAUCCAUUGAGUAUUGCUUGCAUUUUGGAGUUUCCCAGGUCAUUCUUUCCAAGGGUUUGCUAUUGUUGCUUCUUCUGAUAAGAGAAGCAGUUGUUCAGUGAAUAUAUAUGUGAAUUUACAAAUGGUGAUUGAGGGAGAGUCUAAAGACAACCUGAGGAAAGGGCGGGAUUGAAAGGUUGUGUGCCUUCAAGCUGAUUGUGUGCCUUCAGGCUCUUGUACUGGUGACUGCCCUUGCUAAAAGUUCUGCCCCACCCACAAGUAGGAGUCCUCUCAUCUGUUGCUAAUGUCAUUUAACUUCUUUCUCCGGCAGGUGGCAGCAGUCAGCCAAAUCUUCAGGUUUGUCAAGCAACUUGCAGCCUUCGGGCGCCAAAGCGGAUGCUCUCAGGGAAGAGAUGGAGGAGGCAGCAAACAGAGUGGAGAUUUGCAGGGUAUCUAUCAUCUAUCUAUCUAUCUAAUCUAUCAUCUAUCUAUCUAUCUAUCUAUCAUUUCUUUCUUUAUUUCUCUCUGUCUUUCUAUUCCUGGUGAAGCAUCAUUUGUGCCAUCUGGAAUGUGGCUCAGGUGAUGGCUCCAAAAGCCACUGUUCUUAGCCCAUUGAAGCCUAGUAUUGUUGGUGCAGUAGCAAGUACUAUCGCUUGGGGAGGAGAGUAUUUAAAACUGCAAUUUUCAGCCAUUUGCCCUAGUUUGAUGAAUAGAACUUUGGGCAAGAGGUAGAUCAAUGUGUGAAUUGUGAUCCAAUUAACAUUCUUACUAUAGGUGUGGUUUUAGUUUUUAUCUGAAUUUCUGGAAAGGAAAUGCAUUUUGCAGCACUACAGCUGUUGCAGUGAGCUCGGCUUGGCCAUUUUGCAUCCGUGUAACUCUUGUCAUUUCUGUACUUCCCGCAGGAUCAGCUCUCAGCUGACAUGUACAACUUUGUGGCCAAAGAGAUAGACUAUGCAAACUAUUUUCAGACUGUAAGUAGCAGAAAACUUGGCUUUUCAUGAGGGGGGUGGGGCACUCAUGCGCCUCAACUUCCCCAUCUCCCUUUGGAAAACCAUAAUGCUUUCCAGGGCAUGAGUUUUCUUACCAGCUGCCUCUUGUUUCAUCUUUCUCCCAGUUAAUAGAAGUGCAAGCAGAGUACCACAGGAAGUCAUUAGCACUUUUGCAGAAUGUGUUGCCUCAGAUCAAAGCACAGCAGGGUAAGUGUGAUGCAGUGUCUCUUACAUUACCAUUUGUCACAUAUUACAUGAGAGACGUUCAGUGCUGCUCGCUGAGGCAACGUGACUACCAUACCAAGCAUCAAAAGUCAAGGUGAUUCUACCCAUCAAUCCAGAGCCCCCAGCCUGCUAAUAGUUGCCUUUGUGGUAGAUGAGACAGUGUGACAGCUUAGCAGUCACAAAAUGAAGUAGGUCUGUGGAUUGCAGCCAGCCAGAAUACUAAAAAUAAGAAUGCCACCAUAUAUAUCAUUCCUAGAAUCGUUGCCAGCACCUUACUCUAAUCAAAAUGUUAGGGCUCAUUUGGGCCUACUCUUGAGCUCACAAAAACUAUGAGGAAUCAACAAGGCUAGCACUAUAGGAUGUUAUCCACAUUAAGGCUCUUUUCCGGGUGUGUUUUGUUCAGUUUGCUAACCACUCUUCACCAGUGAGAUCCUAGGAUAUUAUACCAAAAUAUAUUUGAAACCUUAGCCAAUACUUUAAACUGACCAAAUCUCCUGGAAGAAGAUGUUCCAUAGGUCGGCUGUGACUGCAGAGGAGGGGCCUAAGUCAUUGAGGUUUUUUGUAAACAUCAAAACCGUGAAUAGUGCCCAGUAGCUUCUUUGCAGUCAGUGCAGCCUGAGUAGAAUCAGUGUUAGAUUUUUACCAGCUGGAUAUACCCCUCAGCGCUCUGGAGUCUGUCUUCCACACUAGCUGUGGGUUCCACCCCAUCUUCAAAGGCAGCCCCAUGUAGACCACAUUGCAGUGGCCCUGAGGAAAGUGGAAGUCUGGGUUCUCAACUGUGUUGACGUACCCCCAUGGUUCUGCGGGUUCCUCCCUUUAAUCAGGCAAGGGGCCAAAAGGAGGUGAGCACAAUCCCAUGCAGCGAAGUUAGCUGCAAGUCCACGCUGUACCCUAAUUGCCUCUUAAGGCACUGUUAAGGUGAUGAUGCCUGAAAACGGCUUUAGACAUGUAAACAGAGGGUGAUCUUCCAGUCUCAAGGCACAUGGCAUUAGGGACAGCUCUGCAAACAAGCCAGGAGUGUGUAGAAGUCUGGCUACUGCAUGUUACCAAGAGAGUGAGUUGUGGGUACAUUGUGAUUGCUUCUUAUUUGGACUGCCUUCCACAGAAGCUUGGAUUGAAAAGCCCUCCUUUGGGAAGCCCCUGGAGGAGCACCUAGCUGUCAGUGGCCGGGAGAUUGCUUUCCCCAUCGAGGCGUGUGUCACUAUGCUCCUGGAGUGUGGCAUGCAGGAGGAGGUCUGUAUUGGGCAACUGAUGCCCCUUCAUGCUAAGGCCUGGGAGUGCUUACCACCACCACCCCAUAUUCCCAUCCCUAGCCCCAAUGCUGUGUUGCCCACACUACCUUCCUUGGGAUUUGCAGGCUGGACAGACAUGUCAUUAUCGUCUCCCCCCCCCCCCCGCCCCACAACCACACACACUUUUAUUUCACAUCUUGUGUUUGCAGGGCCUAUUCCGGGUGGCCCCUUCAGCCUCUAAACUAAAGAAACUUAAGGCAGCUCUUGACUGCUGUGUUGUGGAUGUUCAGGAGUACUCAGCUGACCCACAUGCCAUUGCAGGUAAGAGCUGCUCUUGUCUUGGCAUACCAGACUGGUGUUGUAGUGAAUACUAUUAGCUUGAACAAAUGGAAGAAGGUUGCUUUCAGUGGCAAACGUUGACAAUUAAUCAAUUAUACACACAACCCACUAAGCAUCCUUAUCAAACCAAAGGCAGAAUUGUAACUUGAGUCAAUGAGUCACUCACAAACAUAUACACACCAGACAAAUCCUCAAACACACCAAAACUAACAUUAAUAGUUUUUAAAUCUAUAUUAUAUUUAAAGCUAUAGGUGUAUAAUUACUGCAGUUUUUAAACUCUUUUCAAAUACAGAAAUAGCACUUGGAAUAAAAUCUGAAAAGCAGAGAAAAUAUUGUCGUCCCCCCUUUAAAACACAGCUGUAGUUGUGAAACUCCUACAGCACAAGGCAGUCCACCCCCCUCACACCAAUAUGGAUACAGAGAGUCAUCUAGCCAUGUGGAGAAGCCUUGCUAUUUAUUUUAAGAGCAUACGUACACACCGCUCUUCAUCAUAUGUUGGGAUGAGUAGCAAAAAACCUCCUGCCCCAUUUACUUUAAUACAAAUGACCAAGUGGUAGGAAACUCUACCAUGUUGUCAGAUGGUCAUCUAUAUUAGUUCUUGUGUCCAGAAAGGGAAAUAUUGAUCUCAGCAUUAGAUAGUACAGCAUUUUUGCUCCUGUCAGUUAAGGGCUGGUUCAUCGACUUCAGCUGUUGCCCCAAACCAAAGAAAGUUCAAUGAGGAAAAAAAUUCCCUCCAAAUUAGGAUGAGGCUUUCUGCUUUGGUAAUGCAUGUUCUGUGUUUCUAUGUCUCUUGCACAGGGGCACUGAAGUCCUAUCUUCGGGAAUUGCCAGAACCGCUCAUGACAUUUGAACUCUAUGAAGAAUGGAUCCAAGCCUCAAAGUGAGUUGUUCACCGUUGCUUGAGCCCUGCUUCUUCACCUUCUGCUAUAAAAAUAGAAUAUCAAACAAGGUUGAAAUUCUGGACGCUUCUUUCAGAAUAAGUCCUAUUGAAUUCAGUGAAAAUUGCUUCCAAGUAAACAUGCAGAGGAUCAGGCUGAAACUUGUACCUUAUCAGAUUCACUCAAAAUUAUUGUUUGUUUAUACAUAAAUUAUAAAUUGUUUAUAUAUAAAUUACUGUUUGUUCCCUGACAAGACUCAAGGUGGCUUACAGAUAAAAACAAGAACUGCUCAAAACACAGAAAAAUCAGUCAUUAAAGUAUAAUUAAACAUGGAUAGAAUUACAGCUAUGAGUAGUGAUUUAUGGAAGUGAGAGCUGGACCACAAAGAAGGCUGAUCGCCGAAGAAUUGAUGCUUUUGAAUUUUGGUGUUGGAGGAGACACUUGAGAGUGUCCAGCUUCACUGGAAGGGCAGAUCUUGAAGCUGAGGCUCCAAUAUUUGGCCACCUCAUGAGAAGAGAAGACUCCCUGGAAAAGACCCUGAUGUUGGGAAAGAUGGAGGGCACAAGGAGAAGGGGACGACAGAGGACGAAAUGGUUGGACAGUGUUCUCGAAGCUACCAGCAUGAGUUUGACCAAACUGCAGGAGGCAGUGGAAGACAAGAGUGCCUGGUGUGCUCUGGUCCAUGGGGUCACGAAGAGUCAGAUAUGACUAAAUGACUGAACAACAACAACACAUAUAUAGAAUCUGUUUUAAAACUUACCAGUGGUUACAAUAAAAGCAGCACGGCGCCAGCCCUUUAAUUAAAACCAGUUAGUUCCCAAAUGCCUGUUGAAACAAGAAAGUCUUCAUCUGCUGGCAGAAGGACAGCAAGGAGAGAGCCAAUCUAGCUUCUCUAGGGAGGGAAUUCCGAAUUCUGGGAGCCCACAAUAUUUGCCAUGCAGAACCAGGAACUUCAUGGGACAGAUCAAACCCAUUUGGUGUAAUUUAUUGUGGGAAAUUCCAAUCCCCACCCACCCACCCACCCCAAAAUUAUUUCUCCAAGAGCCUCUGCCUAUGCACAUGUAUGACAUUAUCAUUUAUUUGUUUCUCUCAUUUAUUAGUCACUUUUCAGGGCCACACCCUCACACAUUCAGGGCUUCAUUCAAUAUGCAGAUAUAUUCAAAUUCAGGGCCCAUUGGUGAAAUGUGAAUGAGUCCCAAGCAACAGGUGUCUGCUAUGCAUAGAAAGGAGACUAUUCUCUGACAUAUGUCAAAGCUGUAUGUCUAAGGUUGCCCACCUUAGUUUCCCAAGGAAUUCCUCUGCUUCCAGAGGAAACAUUAGUUGCACCUAAGUCACAAUGUGAUCAAUCAGUUAGUGUUUCAGCAGGACUCAAAUUUAACUAAUUUCCUUUGGAUCCAGGGCCCAGUUCUGAAGAGCUUGUUGUUGUGUCCCAAGUACUCCAACAGAUUCAAACGAAUUGCCAUUUUCUUUAAUUGGUUUUGCUUCAAAUGAAUUGCCUCAGCUUGUCCCCUCUUGAGACUGAGUAAUGACAUCUCUGCUGCUAGGAAGGGGAUUUUCUCAAAAUUUGCCACAGCUAUAGUCUAGCCUAAAGCUUCCCUAAUAAGAUUGGGAAUGAAGACGUUCUUCCAGCCCUCAUCGCCUGACGUAAGAAAAGUGAGCCAAGACUGUCCCUGAUCUUACCAGGCAUUUAAAGUGGCUACACUUUUCAAAGGUCUGCUUUAAACAUUUACAUAAAUCUGAUGCUGAAGUGCGAUCUGGGGCUUGUCACUUCAGGAUAAGUGAUUGUGCAAGUAGGCCCCACCGCAACUGUUGCUUCCAGUACAUGACAAGGAGCAGAAGUCACAUUCCCAGAGAGGUGAAAUGUGAAGCGCAUUGGCAACUUUCCCAGCAGUGACUGUCCUGUCCUGUCUGUAGUGUGACAGGUUUCAAGUGCGAAAUUAAUGGAGGGCAAGGGGGCAGCUCCCUCGGUGAAUCGUCUGUUCACAACUUGUCUCUAUGCCGCUGCCUCAGCUCAGGCAAGCUUAGGAAAGAGAGGCUGAAGGUGCAGAGAUACAAAAUCCCGAUAUGUUUUAUCCAUCGUCCCACUGCUGAAUUAAUCCCAGACAUCUCAUUCUUGCUUCACAGCAUCCAGGACCAAGACAAGAGGCUGCAGGCCCUGUGGAAUGCCCUUGAGAAGUUGCCCAAGCCCAGCUACAACAAUCUAAGGCAGGUGUACGCAAGCCAAAGGAUAUACCUUCACUUCUUCACUGUCUGUCUCUUGCUGACAUUAGUUUUACAGUUUGCAAUUGCUGUGUGGCCAAAAGGUCCACCCAAAGGCUAUACAGUCAUACCUUGGUUCUUGAACACCUUGGCACUCAUACAUUUUGGCUCCCGAAUGCCACAAACCUGAAAGUAAGUUUUCCAGUUUGCGAACAAUUUUUGGAAGCCGAACAUCCGACGCUGCUUCGGCUUGACUGCAGGAAGCUCCUGCAGCCAAUCAGAAGCUGCACCUUGGUUUUAAGUUCAAGAACUAAGGUACCACUGUACCUUUAAAGUAAUGGUGGGUGCGUGGGGUGAAGGUUGAUUAAUGUUGAUGAUAUUUUGCAUUUCCUGGCCUGGAAAGUUUCUGAUGCAGCUUCAGUCCCAGCACGCAAGAAAAGAGAAAUAUGUGUGGAUGGGUAACCAUUGCUCCAAGCACCUAUCACAUAUUUUGUGCCAGGUCUUCUCUUCUCUCACAUGGCCUGCCUUGCAAAAAGAGACCAGCUCAUUUCAAGAGCCAGGCUGGCCUGAAACUUGACCUUGUCUGCACCACAGUAAAGGACUUGCUAGUUCUCACCCACUGCCAGCAAGAUGUUUUGCCUGUACUUGGGUGUUGGGGAGCCUCGGGGGAAAGCUUGUAAUGGCUUUGAAAGCUUGCUGUGUCUAAAGUUGCCACGUUGAUUCCACCAGGAGGCCUCUCUGCGACAUGGCAUUGCAGUUAAACAGAGUUGUGUCAGUGAGACACAAGAGUGCUUGGCACUGCUGACUCUUUGCAAUGCACCUCGAGAAAACUUUGCCUCCAGCUCACUGCCUUCUGAAUAGCAAGGGAUGGUUCCUACCUCAACAUCCAAACCAAUUUCACAAGGAUCCUCCCUAAGAGACAGGAGGGAGAUCUGGCAUGCUGCUUUGCUAGAAUGAUUAUACAGGAGCAGAGGAGCAGAUACAUGCAAUGUUUUUAUUUAUCAUUUAUUCCUUUCCAUUUAGGAAUUGCUUCCUAUGACAUUUCUCAAAUAAAUUCAACAAUACAAAAGCAUCCGUAAUAAAAACUUAUGUGGAACCAUUUAAUUUAUUAAAACAACUUCAAAUUUAAUACAGAUAUGGACCAGGAUUUUUUUAUUAUUAUUUUUAAUAUCCCCUUUAAAAGGCUCAGGAAAAAUUGGCACCAAAAAGACAAUAGCAACAGUGCCUGUCUGAUAUGUACUUCCAAAAGGUAGGCAGCACCAUGGUAAAGGCCUGAUUCCUAUACUGUGCAGAACAGGCCUCCAGAUGAGAUAGUAUCUGCAAGAGGCAUUCUCCUGCAGAGAGAAGUGAUUGAUUGGGUAUAUAAAAGGUGAGAAGGUCUUUUAGGUUUCCUGGUCGCAAUCUGUGUACAGGGUACGCCAUUAUCAGCACCUUGAACUUAAGGCCAGUAGCAGUUUUUCAGCUGCGGCAUAAUACAAUAGUGGUUGUCUGCCCCAAUGUCAUGCCACCAGCUGCAGCUUCCAAGCCAACUUCAGGGGUAGCUCCCACAUCGAGGUAUUGCCUACAAGUACACUGAUGAAACGGCUAAUAUAAGUCACAUCUGGUGCUUGAGGAUAUCAGGCAGCAAUGCCAAGAUACUUGUUGGGUGGCAGGGUAAAUCGCUCCUGCCCCUCUUGAAAUUCAGAGGCAGAGAUCUACAGGCGGUGUUGCAAUACUGUUUUUCUCCUCUUACGGACUACAGGAGCUGCACCAAGAGGGCUUAAUUCCUUAGUGGCAAAGUCAGUAUAUUUCUUGCUGGAAGUUAGAUGUGCACUGCAUAGAAGGGCUAGAGGAGGACUGCAGCAGCAGCAGUCACCAAUAAACCAUAGAGAGAAAGUGGUCACUACUGUGGCAAGCAGUGCAUUCUCCUUGGCUUAUAUACAGUGAUGUUUGAGGCAUCUUACAUUGCCGGCCUGAUACCCAGUAAUUUGUACAUUAUACUAGUACAUGUAUACUAGUCAAUGUGAGCUUCUCCCCCUGGUGGUUGGUACGUGUAAAAUGCAAAUAAUGGCACUUGCCCAUUUAUUCGUAUGAACCCCUGGGAAAGUAUCCACUAGUGCAUGUCUAUUGGUUAGCAAUAGUCUAAUGAUCCAGUCAGUAGCUGCUGAAUGUGCACCCACCACUCCAUUUUAACUCUAUUGCCUUCGAUUGCAGGUACCUGAUCAAAUUCCUUGCACAUUUAACAGAGUACCAGGAUGCAAACAAAAUGACCCCAAGCAACAUAGCAAUUGUGCUGGGGCCUAACCUUCUCUGGCCUCAGACAGAAGGGUAAGUGGUUGACAUCUAGAACACUGCAGUUCUGAAAUGCUAGAUAAAAUAACUUAAGAACAUACCGGUCCUGGGGCUGGCUUUUCUUACCUUCAUUUUGCAAGCCUCUUGUUCAAUUUUCAUGCUUUGAUCCAUUUGCAACAUCUGGAUGUCUCUCUCAGGGUGAAGAGCAGGGAUGAAGUGAGGGCAAAAUGUGGAAAAUGAGUUGCAGUAAGGCAUGAGAAAAGGAUAGGCAGAUUGCUGAGUGGAGGAAUCGCCCUUGCAGCACAAUCCUGUGCAUGCUUACUUACAAGGAUGUCCCAAUGUGUUCAGUGGAGCUUACACCUGUGUCAGCCUGCAUAGGAAUGUAUCCUUAGAACUCUUCUCUGUAUUUCUCAAUUAUUUGCAUUUCAGAAACACAAACACAGUUGAAGAGAAUGGGUAGUUACUGAGCAUCAGCAUGGGAUAGAUCACACCCAUUGCCACCAUUAAUGUAUACAAGUCUGAUAGUUUGUUUAACAAACACAUCACCACAAUGCAAAUCAUCACUUCUAGUGCUAGUGGGCAUCCGGUGAACAAAUGUAGAAUAUAGAAACCAAUCUGCCCCAAUUCCUCUGAAAAUGUCUGGUAAAGUAUCCAGAGCAGCAUCCUACCUUUCAUAGCUGACCAACCUUGGCAGGUUCCUGAGACAGAAGAAUCUGCAGGAGACAUGUUGCCUUAGAGCCAGGAGCUGGACUUUAUCCUCUAGUCCAGGCAUCCCCAAAAUCGGCCCUCCAGCUGUUUUGGGACUACAACUCCCAUCAUCCCCAGCUAACGGGACCAGUGGUCAGGGAUGAUGGGAAUUGUAGUCCCAAAACAGCUGGAGGGCCAAGUUUGGGGAUGCUAGCUCUAGUCCCUUCCAACCCUGUGAUGUUGUCAUUUUGUUUUGGCCUUCAGAAGGACCUGCCUUACUGCUCCCCUUACCUGUCCAUUUCUCUCUCCCACCUUUUUGUUUCAGAAACAUCACCGAGAUGAUGGCGACCGUCUCCCUGCAGAUUGUUGCAAUUAUUGAGCCCCUCAUCCAGCAUGCAGAUUGGUUCUUUCCAGGAGGUAGGACUGUUUUUUGUUUGCUAGAGCCCAACUGACCUAAGGCAAAGUGGGCAGGGCAGAACUGGUGACAGCCAGGCCACCGAUUUUAUCCUUUUUGGAUAGAUCACCUCCCAUAGGCACCAUUUGUGGUUCUUGCUGUUCCUUUCCCUGAUGGCUCACAUUCUCCAUAGUCUUGGCUAGGGGUCCUAGAGGUCUCAGCCUGUGCCUCCUAAACCAAAGGUCUGUGCUUCUGAUCAUUUGCUGUUCCAGACAAGAAUCUUUCCAUGGGCUUGGUUUCCCUGUUUAUGCUUUGCAUGGUAUUACUGAGAACAGUUGUUACCUAGAAAAACCUAUAUGGGGCUGCUAGGUUCCCCAUCCACAUUAAAAGUGUUUAUGAUGAUGAGUACAUCAUCGUUGUUGUUGUUGUUGCUCACCCUUCACAAGCAGGGUGGGUCACAAUAAUUUAAAAUCCAGUUUAAAACAAUUAAAACAAAUUACAGCCACAGGAAUAGGGAGGGUGCUGAAAACACAUGUCUCCGGUUUCAAAAAGCCAGGUGAACAGGUGCAUCUUCUGCAUCUGCUGAAAGCUGUAUAGUGAAGGUCCAGAUGCACUUCUGUGGGGAGAGAACUCCACAACUUAGGGGGCUGCCACAGAGAAUUGUCCUUUUCUUGGCUGCCACCACCAAAACCUAUGAGGGCAGCAGAACUACCAAGAGGUGUGUAUAUGACCAGGAACGUCUGCUUCUGGGGGGGUGUAUAUUUGAUUUACACUUAUCCUUGCCAAGCCUCUGUCUGGCCUCCCUCUGACUUCAAGUGGGAGCCACAAGCACUACUUGGCCAUUUUGCUCUCUCCUAACUAGACAUUGAGUUCAACUUGACCGGGAACUAUGGCAGCCCUGUGCAUGUGAACCACAACGCAAAUUACAAUUCUAUGCCGUCACCUGAUAUGGACCACGCCGACCGCAAGCAUCCUGACCAGGCCCGGCGACCACUUAGCGUGGCCACAGACAACAUGAUGCUGGAGUUCUACAAGAAGGAUGGGUAGGGGGUGCUUUUUAUUUUGCUGCAGGAGGAGUAAGGGGAGGGGAGCUGGGAAGGGGCUGUGCUGGCCUGGAGUCGCUGCUGCUCCAUAGAAGUAGUGCCCAUGUUUUCUAGGCGUGCAAACACACUUCACUGCCUUGCCACUAACAUCCCACUCCGCUCCUGAUGCCACACCAUCUGCAGGCACCUGGCCCGUGGCCUCUUUAAAGGGAAGCGGGGCUGUUGCACCUGGCCUGUCUGCCUAUUCACCUGGUAUGUGCCUGGCCCAAGCUAGCUGUAUGGCUCUGCGCAUUGACUCAACAAGCAGCAUAGGUGUUCCCCGGGACGGGAAGCUGAGAUCUACCUCACUGUACUAAAACUGGUCCUGAUAACUUCCAGAGUGAAACUUGUCUUACACUGAUUUUCUAGUGAUGCAGUGAACGUUUCAAAACAUGUUAUCAGUUGGUUGAUGGGUGUUUGCUGUCAUUUUCAAAGAGCCUAAAUAAUAGGUCACAUGCAUUUCUGGCCUGAUCAGCAUGCUGGGACAUUUGUAGUUUUUGCCAUCCAGAACUACUUUGGCAGAGAGCAAAAAAAAAGGGGGGGGGAGAGACUUGUCUUCCACGAUUGACAACAUACCACCAUAGCACCGUUUGCUUCUGCUGCCCAUUAAAGGAGACAUCUGUGCUGAGAUCAGGAGAGGGAGCAAUACAGCCAUGGGUGAAAAAAGAUGCUGAGCUACUGAGAUACCUAUUGGAUCCUGUUGACUCUAGCUUCGCAUGCAUAUUUCUUAGCAGUUGUUCCUUGCUGUGGUAAGGUUAGCACAGGUGAGCAGCACUCUGCCUGCUCGAUUGGCCUGAGCACAUGCAGUAGUUACAGUGCUGCUCCUUUCUCUACCAUCUGUAGACCUGAAGAGCUAUAGAUCUGGAAUCCAGGGCAUUGAUAGCUCUUGGUAGCCAGGGACUAGAGGUGAGAAUGGAGGGAGGGAGGAGACGCUUUCCACCUUUCAUACAUUACAGCCUGUCCUGCUCAGGCUGUGUGCAUCUGGUCAUGCGUCUACAGGUUCUCACUAACAUCUCCUGCAUCCUCUAGGUGUGAGCUAAUAGUAUUAAAUGUAUACUGUAAAACACUGAUGGUGGUAGCUUUACCAUUCUGGAAGAGGAGAGGGAAGAGUGGUUGUUCGUUUAGUGAGGUCUUGAAAUUAAAAAGCUGUCAUUCAUUGUUAGAAGAAAGGACAAUAUUUCAUCUUUCUUUUAAAUAUGGAAGAGAUCUAUUGAUAGGAAAGGGAAACAAAACAUCUCUCAAAAAUGAACUAGGUAAUGGACCAUUAAUGGAUUAACGGUCCAUCGGUUUUAAAAGACACAUUGGGUUGUAUUCAGCUGUGUCCGUCUCAGAGUAGACCCAUUGAAAUUAAUGGACCCAAGUUAGUCACAUCCAUUAUUUAAGUAAAAACUUCAUGUGGCAAGUCAUGCACUAUCUGCUACCUUCUUGUAAGUUUCUAUUUGUCAAAGCAGGCUCAGGGAAGAGGGGGAUGGUGUGAGUUUUGUAAACAGCUUUGAUGUUUUUAGAAUCAAGUGGUAUAUAAAUUAUAUGAAAUAAAUAAAUAGCAUGAAUUUUAUUGCGGGGCGGGGAACAAAGUGUAGCCUGCAUGGUGGAAAGUCAUCCAAAAGUUCCUAGGCCUGCAGUCCCUGCUUGUAUCACCUCCCCCAAUUAUUAUUUUUUUUGGGGGGGGGAUCUUAAUCAGUGAUUGAAGAGCUUAAUAUUGGUAUGCAGUACACCUUAUGCAUUCCUGCCUAAUCAGUUUAAAGCUCACUUUCCUAUAAUAAACAUAUGCCGUUUAAAACUUCCUACUUGCAAUUCCUCAGUUAGUUUAGUGAUUGGUUUUCUUUUCUUGGAUUUACGAAGAGAUUCUCAAUUUGGACCUUUUCUCUCCUGUGACUUGCUUUGAUCUCUUCAGAACGGCCAUGAAUGCCCUACUGAGUUUGCCAUCCAUAUGCAUAAAGCUUGGAUAGUAAGGAAUGCCCUUGCCUGAUGGAGACUGCAUUGUCAGAUCUUUGGUGUUUAAAAGGUCUCUUGAGGGUUGGACUUGGAACUGUUCUCAGGCUUAGUUUUAGUAUGCUUUACCUGUGUCGAUGUUAUAGUGAUCCCAAGGUCUAGGAAAGGCCUUAGUGAGAAAUCUCAACAUUUGUUUUUAUUUUUGCAUGAAGCAUGCAAAGGAAAUUUAGCUCUCUGUAGAAGGUUGUGGCAAGUACCUGGAGCUGGGCUGUGCAAGAGAAGUCAUAGGUUAUUUUCCUUAUGCCAUGAAAGAGCUCUGACAGGAAGGCACAACCUGGAAAAGAUCCCAGAUAGAGGCUUGAUACUGGCUCAGAUUAGUUUUGGAAACGUUGUAAUCCCACUCUUGAGGAGUUUUCUGUAUGUUGUGGAGUCUUACAGUGCUCAGUGUGGACAUCAAAUAUUGUUAGGUCUAAUUUGCAAAGCCUUUCUCCUCUGGAUCCCAGAAGAAGAACCAUGCAAAGAUUAUUGUAAUCCCCUACUAGGUUCACCUCUAGCCUGCUCUCCCUCUCCCGCAUUCUCCCUACACACACACACACACACAACUGCAAAACAACUGGUAUUGCUUUCACAAAAACCUUCCAUUUCCUCAAAUUCUAUCUUUCACUGAAUGUCCUGCUUCUCCACUUAGCAAUAUGCUUCUCUGCAGCCAAAUUGCCCCGAUCCCCCUGCUUUUUGCAAGCUGCGGCCUUGGACUUCCCAGCCCCUUUCCCAAAGGCCUGCCAAACUGACACAGCAGGAGAAGCAUUUGGCCUUAGUUUCUGUUACACUAAUACCUGUAUGUUUCUGUCCAUGCAGCCUUAGGAAAAUCCAAAGGUAUGGUAUCCUCUGGGUAGCUCUUGAACCAUUCCUACCUUCAGUGUCAAGACCCAGUCAAUUCAGAGCACCCACGGCCUUGCCAGCAGAAGCUCGCCCUUGCCACCCUUAAUGUCAGGGCAAGGCAGAGCAGAAGCCAGCUUCUCCCCGAGAGCACUGAGACGGGAGCCUGUCUUUUGAGUGCCCCGUCAAAAUUUGAAGCUGCCUUAUUACAGAGUCUGCUUUGGUGGACAGCGGCUUUCCAAGGUCUAGAUCAGAGUUUCCCAAACUUGGAUCACAAGUCCCAUCAUCCCUAGCUAGCAGGACCAGUGGUCAGGGAUGAUGGGAACUGUAGUCCAAAAACACUGGAAGACCCAAGUUUGGGAAACCCUGGUCUAGAUAGAAGUUUUUCCUAGCCCUUUUCCCCAAGGUGGUAGUGAUGGACCCUGGGCGCAUGUGCUCUGUCAUCGACCUAUGGCCCUUCCCCCUUUCCUGCAGGAUGUUGUUUUUCCAGUUUUUUAUCAUCUCCAAUGCAAAGGGCAUCAUUUUCCUCUUGGGAAAUUAAUCACAGGUGUCCUGGCUGCACGUUUUUUAAGAUUCUAGAUGCUCCCCUUGCCCCCCGCCGUAGAUGUUUUAUGUUUAGAUCUGUGGCUCUUUGGAAAGGCCUCAUGGUCCCAAGGCUCCCCGUUUUUGUUGAUGUCUGGGAGAACCUCCCUUAGAUACAAAACUUUACCAACCUUGGAAGGUCACUGCUUUUCUGGCUGCCCUGAUGAUUGCAAAUGGCCACUGGGUGUCCCAGCAGAGCAGCCUUUGACCCAAAUGACCCUCAUGGCCAUUCCUCUCUAGAGUCUACAUUUAAGUAAUUCACUCCCAUUAACUGUACGUGGAUCCUUUCAGAGCUUGGAUGCACCUAGAUGGCUUCCCUCCUUCCCCCUGCAAUGUAAAUGUGUGUGUUUAAUUCUCUCAAUGAUUGCUUCCGAGUUGGUAAGGGACUAUCUCUGUGUUCCCCCCCAUAGCAUGGGCGUCCGGGUGAUGGACACCUCAUGGGUGGCUCGCAGAGGCACCUCCAUAGUUCGUAAGGCAUCCUCCACCCCUCCUGCCAUGCAGCCCCCUGCUCCGCCUUCCGAUCUUGCUGCUACUCCUCAGUCACCAAUUCCUGAGCAAUCUCUUGACAUUUCAGCUACUCCCUCCCCUACUCCAACUAGCUUCGGUUUCCCGCCAGGGGCUGAGAGAGCAAGGUAAGUGCUGGAGGGCAGCGCAAGCAGCUGCCACUGUGUUCUGUGGUCCUGGAAGUCUCUGUGGACACGUCUGCCACUCCCACACCUGCAUGGGCCCUCUUUAGUUACGCUUCAGCUUUCACUUUUCAAGUGUGUGUGUGUGUGUGUGUGUGUGUGUGUGUGUUUGAAUGAGAGAGAAUUGAGGCACAAAAUAAUACUUUCCUGUGGCCCAGCUGAAUGUAAGCAAUUUAAAAAACAACAACAGACCUGUUGCUCCAAAGAUUUUAGGCAAGCAGGGAGACUGGCAUCAGGAAUAGUAACAUAGAACAAAAUUCUUUUCCUGAUUUUGCGCUACAGAGACUGGGCAGACCUUCCUAUUUUGCCACCUCGUCCUGUUGGAAUUCGGCACCAGCAGCAUGGAGAGGCUUAUUCUGACCCAAUAUUUUAUUGAUAUCCAUUUAAGGCAAAGGUCUGGCUCUGUUUUUAGGGCCCAGCUUCAUCCAGCUGCCAUGUUGUCAUUUUUAGUCCUGGAUUUUCAGACCUAAUGCAAGACUUGUGUUAUUUUGUGCUGGGGAUUCAUUCAUAAGGGUCAGCUCUGUGGCAAGCUAGAAAUGACUGAUCAUGUUUGCCAUAUUCAUAUGUGCAGAGAGUAGGGGGUUAUCCAUAGGGGGUAUCAUGCAUAUGUUUCUGGUCUGUGCUUCUGCCAUAGAUGUGCUCCCUGCUAAAAGCAAGCAUGGAAUUAGACGUUUAAUGCGUUGCCUGUCAACAUACCCACUAAAAGCAGGGGAGGGAGUGAGACAUGCAUGGGAAUAAGAAGCUGGCAAAACCAUCCACAAAGGCAGGCACUCUCACCUUUCUGUUGCACAUAUUCUCACAAAACAGGAGGAAAUAUGGGCUAAAUCUGAAUUGAGAUAAUAAUUCUGUGUUUACACUGGCAAGAAGAGAGAUUUAGUCCCACCCUUGCUACUUCUCCAGCCUGUGGGAUCCAAUAAUAGGCAGCAUUCAUCUUGUCCUGCAGGAUCCACCAUUUGCAGUCUUUUCUUUUGACUUUCUAUGACAUUCCUGGUUCUUUCUCAACUUCAGUUUUUCCAGGCUUGUUCCUUUCCAGUAAAUUGCCAAGCGCCAAUUUGGGUGGCACUUCUCUGUUUGUGAGCUCACAUUAGCCAGGGAAAGAGGCCAAGAAAGAAGGAUGGGGGCAAAGUCAAGCCCUUGAUAGGAGGACAUGCAACUUCAUUAGAACUCAUUCCAUGCUUCCUUGCCUCCCCUGGGGUCUCUCUCACCUGCAAUUGCAUACCUCACACUUUGGAAGGAGUCCAGGAGUUACACGGCAAACCUUGAUGCUUGCCUGGCAUUGCAUCUCGGUACACUGUCCCGCUGUUUUCUCUGCCAUGCUUUCCUCAGAUCACUAGUUCUCAAUCCAAUAUUCUGCUUAGGGUUGCCUGGCUUCCCAGUGUAAUGAGGCAGCAGGUUCUACUAUGCAGCGUGACCCACUUGUUUUGUGAAGGAUUAGUUUGUCCCAAGUUAAUUGACAAGAGUAAUCAAUUUUCUGAAUUGUGGGGGACCUUGAAUUCCAUAGUCAACCCUCAAGUGCCCCCUGGCUUGGUUUUAUUUUCAAAUUAGCACUUAUGGGUGAAAUCCAACCCAUAGAUACCCAUUUCCUUCAUAUGAAUGAACAUUUUCUUUGUGGGAUAUUCCUCCUCCCCCAAGCCCCUACACACACACACACACACACACACACACACACACACACACACAAGCCCCUGAGACAAAACCAACACUCAGGACAAAUGUCAUCUAGAGAUAUUUUCCAGAUCUCCCCAAACAACUGUUUAGGAAUAGGUGACGUUGGCAAGAUAGAUUUUGCACAGGCCUAGCUUCUGUUUUCCAGCAGAUGAAGUUUCCAAGUGCCAUUUUCUACAUUUGGGUGGCUCAUGAGAGAAAAGCAGAAACCCAGGCCUGGAGCUGUCAGCUCAGGAAGGUGGGGAUUGCUGCCCCAGCCACUGUGUACCUUGCAGUUGAGGAGCCCCUCUUGCUUUCCUUGAAUUUUUGGUUGUUGUUCUCUCUUCUUCUUCUCUCCCCCGCCCCCACCCCAGCCCUCUCCUGGCAAAUGCUUAUGGGCUGUUUUCGAAACUCCUGUUCGGUUCUUCCCUGUACAAACGCUCUCUGCUCUCUUUUUUUUGUUUUUGUUUUGUUGUUUUGGACAUUUGCAGCACGGAUGGUGUGUCGUCUAGUUGGUCGGAUUCCUGUUACAUCUACCCAUCCCCUGAGGACGACAAGCCUCCCCCAUAUCCCUGCUACUCAUCCUUCCACCACCACCACCCCAAGACUGGCCCAUGCGCUAGGCCGGAGCCCCCCUUGCCACUGUACCGGUGGCCAGGGUACAGCCAAACGCUGCCUCCCCCUUCCUCCUCCUCCUCUUCUUCCUCUCCCUCCCCUCAGCAGCUUGACAUUAACUCUAACCCAAAACCGUAUUUCCUGCACCUCCCUAAGCAGAGCUCCUUCACAGAGUUGCAUGGUCCUGAGACUAACCUCUCCUCCGUCUACAUGAAACCCCCCCUCACCUUAUCCAAACCCGAUCCGCCUGGCACUCCUUACAGCUCCCAUAUGUCAGUCUCUCCCCCCUGGGUCAGCUGCACCUGUGCCAGAGACAGAGGAACCGGGCUCGCUAGGUAAAUAACCUCUUAUUUGACAAAUGCUCUGGCAAAUUGGGCACGGUGGUGGAAGGGUGAGCACCACUUGCUUGCCACGUACCAGAGGUCUACGCACAGGGACGAUGCCUAGGGCCUCCACGCCUCCUCGGUAGAUAAAUGAGGCCUUCCUGUUGGCCUCCACAUUGCUACAGAUCUCCUGGAGAGAACUUCAGCUGUAUCAGCUGAUGGAGCCUGCAAGGGAGGGAGUUCCUUGAAGCCAAAUCCAGGUUUAAAAUAGGUUUCAUUGGUCACCUUUCUUUCCCUGAGAAGUGAAGUUCUGAGACAUGCCCAAAGUGCUCUGUAAGAGAAUUUUCAACACCAUCCCCAAGUUACAAUUCCCAAAAUUCCAUGGGGAAACUAUGACAGCCAUGGAAUCCCACAUCACACUCUUUGAAUCAUUCCGUCUGCACAAAUAUUGCAGUUUGUCAGAUGGAACAUCCCUCCCUUUCCUUCCCCCUUCCCACACACACUGGGGCCAAUUUUGACAGGCUCAGGGAGCCCCAUUGCACAAGCAGGAUAUGUUGCACAGAACUUCUUCUUAAAUGGCUAUUUAGGUGAAUCCCAUGCAAUAUAUAUAUCUGUAGCUUGAGUAAGCAUUUAGUGUCAAUAGCAUCCAAUCAACCAGCCCUUUCUUUGGACCCCAAGUUGCAAAGACUUACAUCAGAAGUGGGGAUUCUGUGGCCUUUCAGAUGCUGCUGUUUCACUACAGCUCCUAUCAUCUCUGUCAACAGUCCAUACCAACUGAGGCUGAUGGGAGCUGGAGUUCAACAACAUGGGGGGGGCACAUGUUUACCCAGCCUUGUAUUACAAGAUUUUGAGUUGGGCCCAAAACAGCUGUGCCAGUCCAAUAGCUUCUUUGGGUCCAACCUAUUUAGAGGCGCAGGGGGCACCUACCUCGGCCUGGCAAAUGUUGAGGCUUUCACCAUCCAGGUUUCCAAUUACUGCAUUGAGUUGCCUGGUCUAGCCAACCACCUUGAGUAGCACCUUUCUUGCCACAGAUUAUUUGUGACAAACUCAGUUCCCUCACUGAGGUAAACCAUGGCUUGCCACACUGCCUUGGGGUUGGUGGCCACUUGUAAGCUAAGUGCAAAGGAACAAACUUGGACAACUGACAUGGCCUCAAGUUCAGCAUAACAAGUUCACCUCUUAAAUCUGUGAGGUGCCCCACCCCAUCCCCACCACGAGGAACAGAUCGUAUUGCUGCUGCUCCUCCUCCUCCUGCCCCACCUGCCCCACAGAGUAGUCUCUCUGGAAAACGGCUUCCCUCCAUUUUGUUUCGUCUCAUUGCUGUGUACAGAGUGACUGAGAGGGCUGCAGUGCCAUUCAUGCUCUAGUCAUGCUCAGAUCUGCUUUUGAAGGUGGAUGUGCAAGUUUGUCUGGUCCUUUGGGCGUAUGUUCGGGAGCAAGGCAUCAAAACGCUUUGCUUUGCAAGCAUCAUUGGCUUAUCAUAGCGGAGGGUUAUGGGCCUGCACCCUGGGACUGUGGGACAGGAGGAGGGGGAGGCUAUGGGAGAGGGGGAUUUUUGCAUUUAAGAUGCCCUUCGUACAAAGGGGCUCAUAACUGCUGCUUCUUGUCCACCUUUUGUUUCUUUUUAGCACACUAAAAACCAAGGAACUCUCUCCUGUUUCUGGGCAGAAAGGGAGCCCGGUUUGUGGCCCUGCAGCACCAUGUGGGACCACACAGCAGUUGCCUGGUCUCACACAGCAGCUGUCCACAGAACAGAGCCCACACACCCUGCGGAAAGGUAGGUAUUCACACCUGAACAGGGCAACAGGAGUGGGUUCAGCUGGGUGAAAUGAACAAAGCAACAACUCUCUCUCUCUCUCUCUCUCUCUCUCUCUCUCUCUCUCUCUCUCUUUUAGUGUGUUAACCACACAAUUUAAUUCCACUAGUUAACUGACUGCUUUUUGGCCAGGGCUCCUGUUUUCUCUGUGGGCAACUGCAAAGACUGCAGAUUAAUAGUUCUCCUUUCUGGUGUCCUCAUAAGACUGAGAAAUCUGGUAGGAAAGUUCCUGCCACAAACACUUGAAAUCUUUUCUAAGAAAUAAAGUCACUAGAGUGAACAAGUAGGGUCCAUUGGACAGUUAACCUGGAGGACGUAAAAAAGAGCUAGGUUCAAGCCCUACUUCUGCUUUGCAUUCAGCAUAGCACUAAGGAGAUUGUUCUGUCAACGCAAGCAUUUCUAGUUUACUGAUGGAACAAUCUCUGCUCCCCUCGUACACUGUUCUAUGAGUUCUCCUAACCCUCUGGAACAGAUUUAAUGGAGUGCAAGGGGAGGGGAGGAAGUCCCAUUGCGCUAGCAGAGAACCCUUCUGUUGGCUUCCACUAGUACAAAGAGUUGGUUAAAUAUGGUCCAUGUUCCAGACAUGACUUCCCAUGAACACAGGUUGCCCUUAGGCCUGAGCUUCCAUUCACCAGGGCUCAAGCAGGCCUGAUGGUUGUAUUCAGAAAGCCAGUAGUAAAAAGCUCACCUGACCUCCCAGUGAUGAAUGACAACCAGCUGUAUCUGUGUGUUUGUAUGUGUGUCUCUUUCUCUCUUGUCUUCUGCAGUUUCAAAGAAGCUGACCCCCAUCCCUGCCAAGGUUCCUUACGGACAGUCAGGUGGUAUGUCCGAUCAGUCUACGGGGCAGCCGUCCCCUGCCAGCCUUUCUCCCACCCCACCAAGCACCCCAUCACCCUAUGGACUGAGUUACCCACCAGGCUACUCCCUGGGCUCGGGCCCACUCUCCCCGGCAGCUGCUCCUUCUCUGUCUUCUCCUCCUUCCCUGACGAGCACUUUAACCAAAUCUCGGCCCACCCCUAAGCCACGACAGAGGCCCACGCUGCCACCUCCACAGCCUCCCACAUCAAACGCAUCCGGCUCUAGUCCGCAGUCCAUGGAGCACACAGUACUUGACGGCAUGUCCCCCGGGGAGAGCAUGUCCACAGGUAACAAAGCAGUGGCAGAGGGACAGCACUCUAGGGGGGUGGGGGGUUGCUAGCAGAGACAGAGUGGAGGAGGGAGCAGUGUAUGGGCAGGGCUUGCCAACGUGGCGCCCUCCAGUUAUUGUGGGCAGAACUUGCAUCAUCCUUGAUUUUUGUCCGUGCUGGCUGAGGAUGAUGGGAGUUGUGGUCCUGGGUAUCUGAAGGGCACUGUUGGCUUAGGGGGAAGUUCCAGGUCUGCCUUUUGAUUGCUUAAGGCACAGUUGGCAAGAAGCACUGCAGAGCCAAGAGCAAAUGGUAGGAACAACUAGUACAGAGCACCAUAAUCCAGUCAAGAUUGAGAGUGGAGUUUCCUGGUGGCACAGUCCUUCGUUUUUUUUCUGUAUUCCACAGGCAAGUGGCAAAGCAACAAUUGAGCUAUGUUGUACAUAAAUUCCGGUGCUUGUCAUCUACUUAAUCACUCAAGCAGGAAGUGAUUGCCAUUCAAAACAGGAUUCUGAAACUACCUGAGAAGCAAGGCCAAAAUUCAAGUGUUGCAUUUAGAACAAAAUAUCAAGGGGUAAAUUGCAUACACGGUGAGGAAAUGAGGAUCACCUUCCGAUUCCAGGUCAUAUGUAGUGAGUUAAGUGAGCUGAGCUAAAAUGCUGCUUGAGGAUGAUAUGGAAGGGAAUACUUUGAACAUGAAAGCUGAGCAUAACACAGACCUUUUUAGCCAGGAACUUAGCUUUUCCAGACAAAAGGGACAUUGCGCAAGUGCUGCUAAUCCCUUCUCCCUCUGAAAAUGCAACUCUUUCUCCAUGUUUCGCUCUGGGUCCUGCUACGAUGGACAUGGGUCAUUACUUUCUGAUGUGAUUCAAAUCUCUUGCUCUGCGUAGCAAGGCCGGGGAACCUAUUUCAAGCGGAGGGCCACAUUUCCUUCUGAGUGACCUUCCCCGAGGGCCACCUGGCAGGGACAAAAGUAGGCACAGCAAUGAAUGCAGAUUCUGCCUUUGUACAGGAAGCUGAUUUCUACACACGCACCGCUCUCUCUGUCCUCCAUCCAUGGAAGCAAAGAGGCAUUGUCAGAGUUCAAGGGCCUAUUCCAGCCAGGCAAAAGCCCUCGAGGAGGGUGUGAAGCAAGGCUGGUGAAGGAUGGAAAGUGUGCCCUGGGAAGAGUUCCAAAGGCCAAAGAAAAGGCCUAGAGAACUGCAUUGGGCCCCCAGGCCAAAGGUUCCCCAUCCCUGCUGCGCAGCUAUUUUGCCUUUUUUUAACCCCCUUCUUCCCUUCCCCCUCGCAGGCUGUGCAUUCAUAAUUUCAAAUGCUAGACUGCACAUCUUCAGUAAAAAAAAUUAGCAGUAAAUAACCCAACCAGUAGUGCUCUUUGGUUAAGUAGUAAAAUACCACUGAGGGGGAAAUAUGUAUAUUACCCUUGGGAAACCAGAGUGUCUAGAAAGGCCUUCCACAUUCCGGCAGAGUCUCUGAGAGAGGCAGCAGUUCAGCCUUCAUUUGGGAAUUUCAAAUAUGGCCAGAAAUGCAGGAGCAGAACGAAACUGGUCCACUCUUUGGCACACCUGUCUCCGUGCAGGGCUCUAUUCCUUGGGUGGCUGCAGCUUUUGAUCAGGAGGUCAGUAGUGGCCAAUCUUUGUGUCCCAAUGGCAGAGUAGAGGCACAGCUAGCAGGCAAAGUCUCAAAACUCAGGGGUGGUUUGUGCUUUUGAUCAACUGAUCCCUGUUCUUUUGAAGACCUGGGGCCUCCAAAACAUUGGGGAGGGGUCAACUGCAGUCCGUUCUGGAUACGUGGGCCGAUCGUGGCUCCUGUUGCUACAGCUUGUGCUUUGGGAAUGGCCACGCCUGUGUGGUCAACAUUUGAGAGGGGUUUUGUGUCUCCAGCUUGCCGCUGGUGUUUUUUUGGUAGGCAGGUGCAACUGCUCUGACUUGGAGGUCUUGUUGUGUACUAUUUUUUUUUUUUUUGUCUUUGUUGCUUUUCCUGUUUCUCUUCUGUUCCUUUCUCCCAAUCCUACCAUUGUGUCCCUGCAGCUGUUUGAGGCUCGUGAUGCAAUAUUGGAUAGGUGUGAGGGGAAUGCUCAGGGUAAGCUGGAGUCCCUGCCCUCCUCCCUGAACCUUCUGCCACUACUACUACUACUACUACUGCUGCUGCUGCCAAUGUCACCCCCGCCACCCCUGGCCCCCAUGCCUUUCCUCACACCCACCCACCCACCCACCCACCCCAUCUCGCUGGCCUUGCAUGGGGCACGCUGUUCCAGAACUGCAUGGCUGCUCGAGCCUGCUCUCCACUCCCCAGCUGACUGAUAAUGAUGUCAUUAGUAAACUUGCGGGGAGGGGUGCUUCUCACUUGGCCUUUCAUGCCUGACAUCCGUGUGUGUGUGUGUGUGUUUAAAUAUGUGUGUGUGUGUGUAUUUAAAUAUAUAUAUAUCUAUAUAUGCAGGCAUUCAACUAAUUCCUUUCCAAGCCACGGAAUUCACUGGCUCCUAACCUUGCUAGCCCCUUUUUGACCAACGUGACUUUCUCCCUCUCCCAUUCCAUGUGUUAUUUCCAAAGGGAUGUCAUGAUAUUGCCAUUAAUGGAUAUUAAUGGCAGUUGUUUGUUGUGGGUGAGGCCAAAGGGGCAACCCAGGAGCAGGUGAUGGUCAAGGCUAUGUGUGCCACUGCUCAAAAGGAUACAAAGCUUGCGGGGUCUUCUUCUCACCCAAGUAAGGACAGCUGCCUUUACAGUAUCAGUGGGAGACUGCGGCCCUCCAGAAUUUGUUGGGCUCCGGCCCCCAGCAUCCCUGACCGCAGCUGAAAUCCAGCAACAUCUGGAGGGACAGAGGUUCCCCACUCCUGCUUUUUACACUAUGAAGGUCCUCAGCUCAGCUGAAAAGCCUAACGAAUCGCCCCUUGUUCUGAAGUACAUCUCCCACAGCUGAUUUAGAAUUGCUUCCCCAUUCCCAAUUCAUGGGGGAAUGCUCUCAAGAGUAAAAUCAUAUUAUGAGGGUGAUUUUUACUCAGUAUGCAAGGAUGCCAUGCAGCUUGCAGGUUCUUGACAUACAAGUUCACUUCCCCUGUCUCACAAGUAGCCAUGUGGAAGCUAUUCCUUUGCUUCCGAGAGAAGCAGUGACUUUCAUUGCUUAAAAUUAUACAUAGUGUGACAUGCUCCUCCCUGGCUAGGUAGGGACUGUCUGCAUCUUAAUUGAAAUAGGAGGUUUGUCUGACUGGAAAGGAGGGGUGAACAGGAUGUUUUGUCAUAGCCUAUUUGUGUCUUGUGGAGCUCUGGGGAUAGGUCAUGGCUGUGCAUGGGAUGUUGUCGUUUUGAUAAAUCUGGAGGCUUUUGUUUAUCAACAGAUAAGUAAGCCUACUCUGUCCUAAUUGCACAUAGUCUUCAAAUCAUCUGUUUGGAGGACUUGUCCAUCAAAUCCUAGCCACUUUUGGCCGCACCGUGGAGUUACUUCAUAUGAUUUGUGAAAGAGGCAUUUAGAGUAUAUCCAUCAUGGGGAUGUGCUGUGAACACUGUAUCAUCCAGAGGAGAGAUUUGUGUGUCUACUUUGGCUGCUGGGCAUGUGCUUACCUAUGUCCACAAAUAUUCUUGUCUCCUUCAGAGAUAUGGGGAGAUUUGGUAGGCACAUUUUGAACAUCUUUUUCACAUCUUGAGGAGUGGCCCCAGAUGAGAUUUAGGAAAGAGCUGCCUUUCCUUUAUUCAAUGCCGCCUCUUAGUUCAUUGGAUUAAGCAAGGACCAAAAAUAUUCUGCUCUGAGAAGACAUGUAUUUAACAAUAUCCCUUGUCAUUUCUGCAAUUGACUAGCUCUUCAGGAUGGUUUUGCACAUUUAUAAGCCAACCUGGUCAUUUGGUCCCAAUGUGCAAAUAAGUUAAAUAUUUUACUUAUUUCUGAUAGCAUGUCUAUGGAUAGUAAGCCACCAAAAAGCAUGUAAUAGAAAAGUGAACCUUGAGAAGUUGAAUGGGAUACUUGCCACUUAGGGGGAUAGCAGAGGGAACAGAGAUGCUAAAUUCUAAGUGUAAGUUGUACUGAAGUACUGGCUGCCUAGAUUCCUUCAUUGGAGGGAACCGUUUUCAGCAAGGCUGAGCUAAGGGGGACAGCAAAGGUGUCCAGGAAGCUUUGGCAAAUUUUGUCAUGGUGAUACCCCCUUGCCAAAUGAGAUUGGGGUCUUGGGGUCUUUCCCCUAAAGACAUUUAAAGCAACUUUGCAAGUAACUUCUCAAUUCAGUAUCCUUCAAGUGAUUUGCCUGCCUGCCCACGUACCUGUACGCUAAGUCAUUUGUGGCACAUGGAUGGUGAUAAUGGGAGGAGGACUGGAAGGGAAACUGUCCUCCCAUUUCCAAACUCUUUCCUGCAUGGUUGCCUGGACAUUCUCUCUCACAACAGAUGACAAUCCAAGUUGCUAUUUACAGGCCCAUGGUUAAGACUAGGUUCUGAAACUGCAGAAUAUGCUGCUGUCUGCUGCCAUCGGCCCAGUUUGCUGAGCUGUUGUUGAGAUUAAGAAGCAUGUGGCCUAGACCCCGAUUCAUGCGUGCUUGCGGGGAAGGGACAGCUGUGAAGAAUGUUGCAGCAGCAAAAGGCACAAGCCAAGAUCAUAUUAUGACAUCCCUUUCCUCUGGCAUUAACAGGCUCCGAGAACUGUACUUCCUGCUCAGUUUUAAGUUAAAACGUUGACUAUUUUUGUCUGUCUUAAUCUGUAUAUGAACGGGUGGGCAGACGUUGCCUGGAGCAGCAUGGUAAUUCUCUGUCUCCCUGUGUGUCUGUGCCUGAUUGCAGAUCUUGCCCACCUUGAUAUCCCUUCCAUCCAUGUAGAGGUUGAUGCCACACUCCACCUGGACCCACUGGGACAAGUCCAGAGACAUCCGGUACAAGGAAAAAUCAAUUCAGAGGAGGAUUCAGAAAGCACCGCCCUAUGA